CAUUAAGAAAAGCUGUGAGGCAUUGCAGGAGGGUAACCCUGCUAGGGCAGCACAUGAGGGCACUAAGUCAUUCUGUCCUGAGUGACCCACUACCCUCCUCACCAUAGCCAGGGCUGUCAGUGACAGCUUCACCUUCCAUUAUGGUUACUGGCAUGUUUCUCAAAACAAAAAUGACAGCUCUGGCUCCUCCUCUAGCUCUGCCUCUGCACUUCUAACCUGCUGCCAGUGUUUCUUACAUUGAACACCUGGUGCUGCAGUGUCCACUGGCUGCCUGCUGUGGGUGAGUGAGGGGACUGACUGCUAGACUGUGAUGGGGGAAAGAGGAGGGGGUGGGAAAAGGUAGUGGGCUGCAAGGCAAGGCAUGGGGGUACACAUAAUAAGAAGCUUAUUUCCCAUCUCUAGGUGUAGUGUUAAUAAUGUCUAUCUGUGUCUGAGCAGUACAUGUCAAAUCACUGCCUCAAGUCUUGUUGCUGAAUCAAGGAGAAGACUUGAUUUAUUUAUUUUAUUUAUUUUUUCUUCAGUCUAGAAUAUUAUAUAAAUAUAAUUUGACUUGAGGUUCAGAUACCAGAGGAGCUUAGCAGUCACUGAGAGCUGUGCUGCCUUCUUAAAUAUAUCUGUACAUGUAUCAUGUUUCAUGUAUGACUAUUCUGCAAACUUCUUCUGAAGGAGCAUUGUCUUCAACUUCUUCAACAACGGAUGCCCACUAACCCUUUUAAUAACACUGUUUAGCACUCAUGACAAUGCUUUUUAUAUUUUUAAGAAAUAUUUAAUGCUUAUGAUGCCUGUAGUACCCCAGCUCAGUGUGAUGGAUCCCCCUAUCCCUGGAUUGUCAUCCUUUUUUAUUUUGACUUAUUUGUUACACUGGGUGGUUCGGUAUAUGGGAUUAACUGAACGCCUGGCACCCAUGUAGUUCAUAUACAGAAUAAACUGCUGAACGGCCAGACCACCCAGAGGAGUCGUGUGUUGCUCAUUGACCCUUUUGACCCUUGUUCUCACCUCGGUAUCCGCAAUUAUCACAAAAUUCUAAGCGGUCGGCUGGGUGGUCACCAUUCGUAUGUGCAAACACGUGGUGGCGGCCAUCUUUAGCCACUUACAGCGGUGUAUGGUCAUUGAGUGCAUGGAACUAUAAUCGGACACUCACUGGGACUGUUUAUAUUCGUGAUUGUAUUGUAUUUGGUACUUCCGAAAGAGACCGACCGCACAGCCUGAAUCUAUGGAACUCUUUUGGGCAGGAACCUUGUGUAUGUGGGUGCCUCGUUUGCGGUUGGUCUAAACUAUACCCUAGUAUGAUAUGUGGGGCUUAGAUCCAGGCUAUCCGGGGAUAUAAGACUUGAGGGGGUACCUACUUGUUAAAUAUGUAUUUUAGGGUAUUUUUGUUAUGCAUGUCCUGGACCUGAGAAUUAAUGUAAUUAUUUGUGUGCUUUUACUGUAGUCCCCUCGCAGAUCCAGUGGGGAAUGCCCCUGAAAUAUGUAAGCAGAAACCCCUUGCAUGGGGACUUGAAUAUAAGGCCAGUUUUGGCUUCCAAUAAAUCCGUUCCUGCUUACCGUCAACAUAGAGUCUCAUCUCAUGUUUGUAGAGAACAGCUAUACCAGCUGUUUGGAUUAUCAUGCUUUGGAUUAUGAUAGCAUCACUCUGAAUAGGGGGAAAGAACAUCCUUGGCGGCGAGACCCCUCUUCCUCUUGGAGUGCCUGCCACACAAUCGGUUUCCCUCUCGUUGGGCAAAUCAUUUCGUAAAGGUCUUACCUGGGUCCCUUCUGGCAUCUGAGAAUCUUUCCAUGUGUGGUGGCGUUCUUAUGGCUUCUGCAAAAUAAAGCAGUUUUAGUGUAUAGAUCAUUCCCCUGCAAUUUCACUGUCACUUAGGAGUUAAAUCACUUUUUCUAUUUAUGCAGCCUUAGCCACACCUCCCCUGGCUAUGAUUGACAGAGCCUGCAUGAAAAAAAAAAAACUGGUUUCACUUUCAAACAGAUGUAAUUUACCUUAAAUAAUUGUAUCUCCAUCUCUAAAUUGAACUUUAAUCACAUACAGGAGGCUCUUGCAGGGUCUAGCAAGCUAUUAACAUAGCAGGGGAUAAGAAAAUCUUAAUUAGACAGAACUUGCAAUAAAGAAAGCCUAAAUAGGGCUUUCUGUACAGGAAGUGUUUAUGGAAGGCUAUGCAGGGAGGUUUUACUAGGGUUCAUAAAAAAAGGGAUUUAACUCCUAAAUGGCAGAGGAUUGAGCAGUGAGGCUGUAGGGGCAUGUUCUAUACAGCAAAACUGCUUCAUUAAGCUAAAGUUGUUCAGGUGACUAUAGUGUCCUUUUAAAAUCAGGAUAUGCAAUGUUUAAAGGGACAUUAUAGGCACCCAGACCCCUUCAGCUCAUUGAAGUCGUCUUAACCCUGCAAUUGUAAUUAUUGCAGUUAUUGAUUAACUGCAAUAAUAACCUUUUGUGGGUUAAUUCCACCUAUAGUGACUGUCUACCAAGGGUGGUUAAGCGACAUUUGGUCGCCUAACUGACGCUGGAUGUCUUCACGACGUUUCCAUGUCUGGAUUACCCUUUUAACUUGGGGUGAGCCAAGUUAAUGCAUACAAGCAAAAAGAAAGAAUGAGAACUUUGAGACUUGAGUAGGGAUUUACCAAAGGGCAAGCUAUCGAGUCUCUCUAAGCUUUUGUCCUUUCUCAGAGUUUUCAUAUUUUUUCUUUUUGCUUUAAUGCAUUAACUUGGCUCACUCCAAGUUAAAAGGGUAAUCCAGACAUGGACACCAUGCUCACUGUGCCUAGAGGGUACACACCUCACUGAAGAGGCUCAAAAGAAGGCCAAAACGAUCGUCUGGGGUUGCUGUAUCUCUAGUGCUGAGGGAACUUGCUGGCAUUUUGAACCUGGACUGCCCUUAUGGGUUGUACCAGUCUGAUAUGGUUCAGAUAUGUUCUCUCUGUAAUGGCACAAGUUAGCAAAAACUAUUUUGAGACCUGAGGGGGGAUUUCCGAAGGGCAAGCUAUCGAGUCUCUCUAAGCUUUUGUCUGUUCUCAUGUUUUUCUUUUUGCUUUAAUACAGGCACCAUGACCUCUUCAUAUUACUAAAGUGGUCACGGUGCUUGGAGUAACGCUUUAAGUGAAUCAACUCCAAGAGGGUGUUUGUAAAAAGGGCUUUAAAGCCUGUAGGGUAGCAUAGAAGACCUUGCAUAUUUGAUGUAUUCAGGGUUAAACCUCUGGUCACUCCGCUAACCUCAGUUAUCGAAGAGGUGCUCAGACUUUGCAUCAUAAACACUGCUUUGAACUAUUGUGGAUCUGGUGCUUUGUGCUUCUUUAAUGCUUUAAUGCUAUUAGGUGAUUGACAACAAUCAUAUCACAGUUUGACCUGUCAGGGCACAAAAUUAAAGAUUACUGUAUUUUUAGAUUGCAAGCUCUUUUGGGCCGGGCCAUUUUCACCUUCUGUCCCUGUUAAAAUGCUUCGUCUUGUUUUACCUAUUGUACAGCGAUGUGGAAAAUGACUAAAUAAUAGUGAUUACAAAUAUAUUGAAUUUACAUUAUAAUUGGUAAAUAAAAUGUGCAUAUCUGAAUGGUGCAAACAUAAGAACUUUGAAGCAGGAUCUUGCUAAUAAAGUCAGUACAGAAAUCUAGAUUGCAUAACAGUUUAUCAAUAAGAUCUGUGUCAGCAAAUAUACUGCUGAUCAGUAAACCAUUAGGUGGCCUUUGAAGCAAACCUGUACAAAUACGUAUAAUUCAAACCAGCUGUGUAUUGCAUUCUAAUCAAAAGUUGAAUAAUAAUUACAAAUGGGCAAUUAUAGUGCUGACUGUUAUCACAUUAUCAUAAGUAGUAGUAUGUUAAGAAACAAUAGAUUGAACUUCAGACUAACUUCGACCUCUAUUUUUAUUGACCCUUUAAAGACCAAAUAUCUAUUCCUAACCGUAUAGUGACCUCUUGUACCCUAUACCUUUAAUUCUCCCCCCCCCCCCCAUGUAAAGGGAAAACUUUAGUCACUUACCUGAUUCCAAUGUCCCUUGGCACUGGGUCGGUGCACUGCCUUUGAGGGGGGUGGGAGGUGGGGAGAAAGACUAAUACACAUGCGUGGCGAAUGCCACAAACACAUUAGGCCCAACUCAUAGGAAAGCAUUGCUUUAAAAAAUCUCUUUAGCGUAACAACCCUUUUUGGAAAGGGUUGUUCAACAUACUCUUUACAUGGGGGGCAGGAGGAAUUGACUAAAAAAUCUAAAUGUCCUAUAUACAUCCUCCUGUUUAGCUGGAGAGCUCCAAAAUCAAUAAAAAAAAAUACUGCACUCAAAUAUUUUUUUUAUUUUAUUUUUUUAUUUUUUUAAGCUUAGAAAACAUUUUUAGUUUUAUUACUUGGAAAAAUAAAUAAAUGAAAAAAUGCAAAGCAGAAAUCACUCUUGCCAACAAAGUAGACUGCAGUAACUACACUUCAAUCAAGUACCGUGUACUAAAUUCAUCCAAAAGUAAUAGUGUAUAUACACCUAAUAUGUGUUAAACAAGGAAGGAUUGGCUUAUUCCAUAAAUAACUUACAAUCAGUACACACCAGUAGGAUAAUAUGCAACACAUACAGAAUCAAAAAUGAAAAGCGUAUAUCCCUGGUAGAAAGUCCAAUACUGUAAGUCCACUUAGAUUAUUGAAUAAUAUGCUCAUUGGUAAUAAGCGAUAGUAAGUCUGUUCAAUGUUAAGUAUGCAUACCCAAGAAGAAGAAUCGCACAAAAAAAAUAAAAAUGUAAAAAAAGAAAAAAUCACUGAAGGGGGAAAAAAAGGAAGUAGGUAUGUAUUUGAAAAAAAUAAGUCCAUUAAUAUUGGGUAGAUCUAAAAAAUGGAAGCAGUAUCAGUGUAUCAGAAUCCCGUGCUUGUGAAGGUAGUUGAUCCUUUCACCACUUUUGCUGUACCAAUACCAGCACCACCAGAUCUAUAGAGUGCCGGUUUUUGGAUUUGGUUUUUAAAAUCCAUAAGCAGGGAUGGAGAGUUGUGGCACUUAAUGUAAAGAAUGGACUUGUUCUAAAAAUUGGGGUUACAUUUGACGCAUUGUGGUUUGAGUCCAAGGUGGGUGAUCAAAGAGUUGCCUAAUAGGUUUGAAAUGGUGGUGUAAUUCUAUUGAGAAUAUCAAUCAGGAUGUCAAAAGAAUUAGAUUUUUAGAAACGUCUGUGUAAACAAUAAUAUAAUAUGCAGGUUAAGAAAAGUCAUUCAGAGCAGUGACUGAUUAAAUGCUAUCAGUUAAAUUCUCUAGAUAUGUUAGCAAAAUAAGAAAUAAAAGGCAAAGUCCUACAUGGAGUGGAAUACAGCAUUUGAUUACAAGGCUAACAUUUCAGAAAAGUGAUUUCUACCCUUGACUUUUGUUCUAUUUUUUAAGGUAUUGCGAUAGAAGUCAUUAGCGACUGUGAGCCCUGUCUAAUCUGUGGGUAUAAAACAAAACACAAACUGUUAAAAUGGAGGUAGCUUUAAUGGAUCACUAUAGGCACCCAGACCACUUCAGCUCAAUGAAGUGGUCUGGGUGCCAGGUCCCUCUAGUUUUAACCCUGUAGCAGAAAACAUAGCAGUUUCAGAGAAAUUGCUAUGUUUCACAGAGGUCUAAUCCAGCCUCUAGUGGCUGUCUCACUGACUGAUGCUAGAGAAAGGUAAGUGGCUGAAGGGGUUUUAACCCCUUCAGCCCAGCGGGAUGGGGGCCCUGAUGGUGGUUGGUACCUAAUGACCUUAUAGUGCGAGGAAAACGAGUUUGUUUUCCUGGCACUAUAAUGCUCCUUUAAGCCAAUUUGGUAUUCAAGUAUUGUUCCAGUAUUUGCAUUUGUACAGUCAAGGCUAAUGUAUUAUAUGCAAAGUAUGAGAUAUGACCAACCUAUAAAGGAAAAUAAUAUAGCACUGUUAAUGCAACUGUAAUUUUAUUUUUGGAGCGUAUUGCAUAAACCGUGCAAUACUAUACUUUGUUCCAUUAUAAGUUUGCUAUAUCUCAUUAUAUUUUGCAUGUAGUAUUCUGUGUCUCUGGAGUGCGGCUACCUGUGAGAAGUUAAUCUCUCAUUUCUACGAAGCAUCCAAAUUCCAUUUUUUGGGGGUGUUUGGGUUUAAGGUAUGUUUAUACGAAAACAAUACCUAAUGUAUUAUUUAUUUACUCCAUGGGAUCAUUGAAAUAAGUUUUCACAGCUUUUUUGGGGAUUCUGCCCUCACCAGCUUUGAAGCAAGAAAUCAAAUAAACAUUUUGGCACGGACAAUUGUAUUUGCACCAAACUCCAUUGAAAAUUCUCUCCGUUACCUUAUACCAUCUCCUCUCAUAAAAACAAUGGCUACCAUUCUAGACUAAUGUCUCACUCUCCCGCUCUCUCCAACGUCUCUAAUCUCUCCUCUUCAUUAUGCUGGAAGCUCCUGCUAAGUGCACCAUAGGAUUAGGGGCAGCAUUGACUUCCCAUCUUGCAAAAAAGGGUUUCAUAUUUUACAUAUAUUCCAAAGCUGUGUAAUUUAUGUGAGUUGGGAGUUGGACAGCUUUGACAUUUUAACUAGACAAGGACCAUCUCUCCUGGUAUAAUUGCCAUUAAUCCUAUCUAAAAGGAAAUUCAUGGUAAGUGAUACUUAGGUUGUUUUUUUUUUUUUUUUGCCCCCAUAUAACACUGACUUUUUUUUCAGUUCUGCAAUUAAUAUGAAGACAGUACAAAAUAAAUAGCUGGUGUAAUUAGCAAUAUAAAGUAUAUGGUCUUUAUUGCAGCAUCAAACAGCAAUCUAAUACUACUUUAUAAUUAUAACUACUACUACUGAUAAUAAUAUUAUAAUAUAUACACACACCUUUCUGAAAUCAUUGGGGGUCAAUUGCGUGAGAGACUGGUUUCAGGGCAUAAAUAUUCAGACCUGGAAACUGUGUGCAUUGUAUAGUCUAUUUAAAGAGAAUAAGGCCUUCCUUACACAGCCUUGGAGGGUAUAUUUUACUUUCCAUGUGGACAAUUUUCAGCUGAAAAAGUGAACGCUUGAUAAAACACAGUGAGGGGAUCGAAAAAAAGUGUAUAUAUGCAAUGUAACUUGUUUUGUGCAUAAAAAUGUCAUCGUUAAACUAACAACCCUUGUUCUGUAGAUCUACGCCUCCCACUUGCUUGCAUAGUUGAGUGGCGCAACCACCAAUAAAAACAAACAAAAAAGCCCCAGGUACAAGCCUCUUUCUGUCUGUUCCUUUGCCCACAUUACCUUGGCAAACAACUCCCAAUGCCCAUCUCUGUAGAGACUGGCACCUCACAUUUUAUUCAACAAUCCAAAUCGGGUAACAAAUGUUAUCCAAGUAUAAUGUCGCCUGUCCUUUAACUUAUUUUAUUUUAAAAUAGCUUUUUCUUAAAAACAGGGAAUAUAGAUUGUACUCUCACCACUUGGGUAAGGGAGGUUGCACUCUGGUAUUAACCAACAACAAAAAACAACUAAAUUACAUAAUUACUCUUGAAAACAUCUAACGAUGGAAGUCAAUGUGCACAGAGCUGUAUUUUAUCUAUAUAUUAAAAAAAUAUAUUUUAACUGUAAUAUCGGUAUCUUAUCAACAAAUAUACUAGAUCCCAAAGUUUGUUCAGAACUCCAACUCCCAUGAAGUUAGAAAGACUAUCAAUACAGUACUAUCAAUAUCAAUACAUUGAUGAAACAGCCCUCCAGACCAUUUGAAAGACUCUAAUGUUAUUGCUGCUGGGGUGAGCAAAUCAAUCAUGCAGAUACAUUACAAAGCAGGUUUCAAGAUACUUACAAGUAAGUCGAAUUCAAUGAAUGAUAAGGGUAUGUUAGCAAAGCCCCAGUUUUUGGAUAUGUGGAUUUAACAUUUCUUCAAAACAAAGCAAAAGCAAGGGAGUUUGACAACAGCCUAAUUAGCUCCAAUUUGUCAUUAAAGCGGACAAAGGAGUUCCAACAUGUGGUCCAUUCUGUCCCAACAAUUGUCUUGUAAAAGAUUUACCCCACAGGAUCUUCAUUAAGUGGGAUAGGGCUGUCACUUGCAAAACUGUAAGUCCUAACAAUCACGUUCCCAUUUUUUAGGAAGGUUAUUAUGCCUGAAAAAACUUGUGUACGUCAUGUGCUCCCAAUUCCAUAAUCCGUUCAUGUAUUUUACACUGGAAUUAUAUGAAUCCAAAAUACUGCCAGACAGCUCUUUCAAUACAGUUUUUAUUUAAAUAUCGUUUUAUUAAAGUGUUUGCGAGGUGAACAAUUCGCAGUGAGGUUAUGAGCAGUGCGAAACACGCAGGUUUCAAUCAGUUAGAAUCUCGUUUGAGGUCUUGAGAUGCGCAGAUCUCUGAGGAUGCAAAAGUGAUUGAGACUCGCAGGUCUCCUGACACAAUAAAUCUCUAUUUACGAUAUUCACUUAACAUGUUGUAGAUUGAUUAAUUACAGUCUGUCAGGUGCGUUAGCUAUGGUCCUGUGGUUUGAGAUCGCUCACUCUGCGUUAUGAUAUUAUUUGUUGUUUUAGGUCUUGUCGUUCGCUUGUCCUUGCAGGUUGUAAUCAUCUCUCAGUCUUUAAUGUCGUUCGUCUGUAAUGUGUCUAGAGUGUGGAUGAUGGGAUGGGUGGGGGGUGGUCGGUGAGCAUGUUGUGUCUUUCAGUCACCUUCUUCCCGCCUGUAUCUUCUAUGGCCCCGUCUCACAGUGCCUAUUGGCAUGAGUGUGGGGUUGUGGGGGGGGUGUCCUUGCGUCUUAGUGUAGUCCUGUUUAGGGUUUGAUCCCUAGUGUCAGUGUGUCUGUUAGUUCGUUUGAUAAGUUCCCCUCUCAGUCUCCUCCAUCCUCUAUAUGCAUUAAUGUUUCAGUGUCGCUGGGGUGGGUGCAGUGUGUUGUUUCCUCCUAGCGUGGCUCCCCCAACCUCUGGUUCUUGUUUAGCGUGCCCCCUGGCCGUGUAGAUUUCAUUUGUAACUAGUGUGAUUCUGCCACUCAGGGGUCCUAGUGUGAUUCCCCGGGUACUGGGCUCAUCCGCAGGGGCUCUGAGGCAGGGUGGGGGUGUGGGAGGGCUGGAGGGGGGGGUUUUACUUGGGUUUUGGGACGUCGUGCGUAUCUCGGUUCCCUAUGUGUCUUGUCUCCCUCCUUCCCUUGUCGGUGUUUGUGUUAGGUACACGUACCAGGAUCCCCACAUUUCCGCAUGUUUGUCGCUUCUUCCCAGUAAGUUAGCGUAUUUUGCUUCUGCUGCGUGGAUUUCUUCUACUCUUUGAAGCCAUUGCGUGAUUGUGGGUGGUUGGGUGCUUUUCCACAGUGUCGGAAUCAAGGAUUUGGCUGCAUUCAGCAGGUGUCUCAGGAUAGAUUUCUUGUAGAGUGAGAGUGGUUUUUCCGUGAAGUGAAUCAGUGCGGCUUCAAUGCUUAGGUCUGGCAUAUCUCCUAGGAUCUUGGCCAGUUCUUGUUGGAUCUCUUCCCAGAAUGGUUUUAUUAUGGCACAGUCCCACCAGAUGUGUCUCACUGUUCCUGAUUGAGUUCCGCAUCUCCAGCAGGUGUCUGGCGUCCCCGGGAAUAUUCUAUGUAGUAGCGAGGGUGUUCGGUACCAGUGUGAGAUCAAUUUAAAGUUGACUUCUUGGUAUCGUGAACUGAUCGAGCUCUUGUGCUGAAGUAUGAGUAUUUGCUCCCAUUGGGCAUCUGUGUAUGUUCUGUCUGUGAGGUCCUCCCAUCGCCUUUUGAAGGCUAUGUUCCCAACUCGGUCUCCCAGUAUAAUCCGUUGGUAUAGUAUGGAUACUCUCCCAUCCGCUUCUGGUUCAUUCACACACAGGUUUUCGAACCACGUGGUGUCUCUGUGUACUGCUAAUCUGUGUGGCAGAUUGUAUGAGUAUUUGCUCCCUUUGGGCAUCUGUGUAUGUUCUGUCUGUGAGGUCCUCCCAUCGCCUUUUGAAGGCUAUGUUCCGAACUCGGUCUCCCAGUAUAAUCCGUUGGUAUAGUAUGGAUACUCUCCCAUCCGCUUCUGGUUCAUUCACACACAGGUUUUCGAACCACGUGGUGUCUCUGUGUACUGCCAAUCUGUGUGGCAGAUUGUAGUAAAAAUGUCGUAGUUGCAUGUAUCGAAACCUGUGCAUGAGUGUGGGGGUGUCGGUUCCGGUCCAUUCACGUAUGUUCUUCAGUCCUGCGUUGGUUAGCGCCUCCUUCAGGGGUAAAUAGUCAUCGCCCUCUGUUGUUAGCCAUGCACUCCUCGGGAGGCCGUCUCCUAGGUCGAUGUUAUAUGUUAGUGGGAUCAGCGGGCUCGGUUGGGGGGAUAUAUAUGUUUCUUUUCUCAUUAUGGCCCAUGUUUUCAGCGUCUGUUCUAUGGGCGAGGUCUUGUCGAUAUUUGGGGUUGCCCUCUGGGUGUGAUGCCACACCUGUGAGUGUAGGGUUUUGUUUGUGCUUUCUCUAUCUAGUGCCGCCCAGCGUUUGUGUUGAGGGGCCGUGUGCCAGUCUCUUAUCCGUUGUAGGGUAGAUGCGUAGUAGUAUUUGCGGAAGUCUGGCAGUGCUAAGCCGCCCCACGCCUUGGGUAGGCAUAUUUUAUCAUGGCUAAGCCUCACUCUGUUCCCCUUCCAGACAUAUCUGCUAACCGCUGUCCUCAGAGUUGCGAAGAAUUCCGGUGGUAGGUGCCAGGGUAUGGUGUUGAAGUAAUAGAGGAGUCUCGGUAGGAUGUUCAUCUUUACUACAGCUAUGCGACCAUGCCAUGAGAUGCAAUCGUAAUUCCAGGUUGUCAGGUCUUUCUGUAUUUGAUUGAGGAGUGGAGCGUAGUUCCGUGCGUAGGUUUCCGUUGGGUUGCUGGAAAUCCAGAUUCCCAGGUAUCUCAUCUGGUCUUCGCAGCUAUGAAAGGGGUAUGCUCUUUUGACGUGGUCCCAGUCAGGUGUUUGGGCUGAGAUUUGUAUUGUUUCGCAUUUCGUGUGGUUUAGUUUAAGCCCGGAUACUCGGCCGUAGCUAUCGAACUCAUCCAUCAGUGCCGGUAACGUGUGUCUCGGGUCAUCUAUAAAGAAGAGCAUAUCGUCUGCAUAAGCCGCAAUUUUAUGUUCCUGAUCUUUAUAUUGGAAUCCACGUAUGGUUGGUGUUCGUCUGAUCCUGUCUAGGAACGGUUCCAGUGUUAGGGCAAAUAGGAGCGGGGAUAAUGGGCAGCCUUGCCUGGUGCCGUUGCUAAUUAGGAAUCCAUCCGUGAGUGCUCCGUUGAUUCGGAUCCGCGCAUUGGGGUUGCAGUAAAGUGUGUCUAUCCACGCGAGCAUCCCUCUCCCUAGUCCAGCUUUGUUGAGCGUCGCCAUCAUGAAUUGCCAUCUCACUCGGUCGAACGCUUUUUCGGCGUCCGUGGAGAGCAUUAGUAGAUUCUUAUUUUCUCUACGAGCUAGGUGUUGGAUGGUAAACGCUCUCAGAGUGCAGUCCCUAGCUUCUCUUCCUGGUAUGAAGCCCGUUUGGUCCGGGUGUAUCAGCCUGGGCAUGUAGGGUUGGAGUCUGGUUGCUAGGAUCUUGGAGAAUAGUUUGACAUCCGCGUUGAGGAGUGAGAUAGGGCGGUAGUUCCCGCAGUUUUCUGGGUUCUUGCCCGGUUUUGGUAUGACCGUGAUGGUGGCUGCCAGUGUUUCGGGGUGGAAUCUGCCUCCGUCUUGGAGUUGGUUUAGUGCGGCGGUUAGGUGUGGGAUCAGGGUAUCGCCAAAUUUUUUGUAAUAGCCUAUUGAGAAGCCGUCUGGUCCCGGUGCUUUGCCAUUUUUUGCGGCCUUGAUUGCUGUCCGUACUUCGUCUUCUGAGAUCGGAGCUUCUAGGGAUUCCGCUUCUUCGUACGAGAGCGCGUCGGGUUGGAAUUCUUGUAGAUAUUGUUCUACCUGCCUGUUUUCUUCGCUUUGUCGCGUUUCCGUGUGGUUUGCGUGUGUUAUAUAGUUUUGUAUAAUAGGAGCGGAAUUCGUUAGCAAUUUCUUCCGGGAACUGUGUGAGGUGUCCGUUUGAAGUCCGUAUCGCCUGUACCUGUGCUCUCGCUUGUUGGCCUCGGAUCAGACGGGCUAGCAUUUUGCCACCUUUGUUGGCGUGUAGGUAGUAGAAGGCUUUAGAGCGUUGUAUUGCUCUGUGGUGUUUACGGUCAAUGAGCUCCGUAAGUUGUCUACGUGCUGUCAGGAGUUCCCGGUAGUAUGUUUCCAUCUGGCUGCGCUUGUGGAGGGUUUCGAGGUUCGCUAUUUGGGCCGUGAGGUCCGCCAUUGCUUGUUGGUUUUCUCGCUUUUUGCGUGACGCAAUCCGAAUAAGGUGUCCCCUGAGGACGCUCUUGUGCGCCUCCCAAAGUGUUAUAUUCGACAUAUCUUCCGUGGUAUUUUCUGCAAAGUAUUGGUUCAGGUGUUCUGCUAUUUGCGUUCGGAUCGGUGUAUCCAGUAGGAGCGAUUCGUUUAUCCUCCACGUCUUUUGGGUGGGUCUGAAGAGAGGGGAGUCGAGGUGUAUGGAUGAUUCGCUGUGGUCUGCCCACGGGGUGGGUCUGAUCGCAGCCUUUUUCAGGAAAGUGAGGCCUUCCUGUUGUAUGAAGAUGUAAUCUAUACGUGAAUAUCGACUAUGGAGGGGCGAGUAGUAGGUAUAGUCGCGGUCAUCUGGAUGGAGUGUGCGCCAGGUGUCUACCAGUCUCAAGUCCUGGAGUGUCUUGCGAAUCCUUCUGAUCGCUGCCUGUGCUAUGGAGCUGUGUCCCGUGGAUGAGUCAGAGAGAGGUUCCAAGGUUAUGUUAAAAUCUCCUCCAAGCACUAGGAUGCCUUCCGUGAAUGCGGCUAGUUUUAAGAGUGUUCUGCAGAGGAAUUUGGCUUGGUUCUUAUUCGGGGCGUAUACCGAGGCCAACGUGUAUGUUUUCUGGGAUAUCAUUCCCUUCACAAAGAGGAAUCUGCCAUUUGGGUCUACGACCGUUUCGGAGUGUGUGAACUGUAGAUUGGUGUUUAAGAGGAUCGAGACACCUGCUUUCCGAGCUGUUGGAUGAUUACUGUGGAAGGUGGUAUGGUAGUGCUUGUUCCGUAGUCUGUGGUUAUCCACGUUCCUGAGGUGUGUUUCUUGUAGUAGGGCGAUAGAUACUUGGCGACGUUUGAGGUCCUGCAGUAAGUGUGCUCUUUUUUCGGGUGCGUUCAAGCCCCGGCAAUUUUGUGUAAUGAUAUGGAAGGGUGCGGCUGAAUAUGUCAUCCUGUAGGGAUGGGCCAGUAUCUACCGUGUGUGUGUGGAUAGGGUCCUAUGGGGUUAGCUUCCGAGUUCUGUGUACUCUAUCCGGGUCAGUAUGCACUUAUUGGUAUUUCAGUCGGGGGGGAGAAUCAACCGGGUGUGGCUCCCUGCUCUUUUCGGGUGGUAGCUGUGUCAAAGGUCGGGUGUCGUGAGUAGGGAAUGGGACGGUGUGGCGGUCGGGUAAUGAGGUGAGUCAGUGGGUAUAGAUGAAGGGGUGGCUGCCCCAGAGCCCCUGCGACUUGGCCUCCUGCCCGCUUCCACUGGGUGUUGGCUGGCCAAGGGAUUCUCCUGGUAAGCUUUUUAAAGGGGCCUUGCUGUUUGCAAGUGUAUUUACUGGUGUCUAGUGGUGGUUCGGAUGUUCUCAGUGAAUGAUGAGUACCUGUGUAACUGGGUUGGUUAACAAAGCCAAAUCGCCACUUAGUGUAUACUAGGGCGUCAGGGCAGUGUUCCCCCCAGUAGUCUAUGUAUACACAGGGUUGGGUUGGGGUCGCGGCCUCCUAACCGUUUACGUUUUCCACUUAAUAUGUGGUGAGUUGGUUGUGGUAUAUAAUGUGGUCUGGUUUCGUCAGCCGUCCUGGGUCUCCCGUCUCGUUUGCAUUCAAUUGUAUUUGUUACGCUAAGUCGCUACAUAAGUCUGGUCUUGAUUUGGGUGGUAUGAGUUCUCCUCUUGUGUGCUCCCUGGGCUCCCCCUAGACUUCCCAGGUGUGAUCCCGUGGCGUCAUGUUCUUGUGGUCACAUGGGCGUUUGUGGUGGGCAUAUGGCUGAAGUGGCCCGUCCUCCUCGUCUGCUACGUUCGGGUGAUCUCGUGAGCCAAGUCCUGACCAGUUGGUGGCAAUGCUUCUUGUGAAGGGGGAGGGUACACGGGGGGGGUGGGGGGUGGUAUAGGUCUUCUAUAAAAUCUGUCAUUUAGGAACUCUGCGGUGUAUGGGGGUUGCCAUUGUGGGUAUUGUUUCGAGCCCCCUGCCACCGCCAGUUCCGUAGUCGCUGCGGCCUACCUUCUACCUACGGCAUCUCCUGUCGUCUAAUGCUGGGUUUUGUAGCUACCAAUUUCUCCCCCCGUCCAGUUCCGUCCCAUCUAUGUCUAAUCGGGGCCUCCCCAUUGACCUGUUUACGUGGUGGCUCAUCCCAUCCCGGUCUCUUACUCCGACGAUAUGGGCGUCUCUAUAGCUCUAUUACGCAGGUCUUUCGUGUUUAGGUAGGUUGUCACACGGGGCAGGCGUCUAGCGUCAAGGUUUGAGUUGUGGUCAUGUCAUCGGGGGGGGGUGGGCCCAGCCUGCUGUGUGCUUGCCUUGUCAGAACGUGGUUCACCCUGUAAUCAGUGCGUGGGUCUUAGGCAAUUUACUGAAUCUAACAUGCAACAUUUGGGAACCUUAUAACAUUAAAACAUUAGAACAUUAAAACAUUUUCCCCUUUGUGUCUCUCAUUGUGCUUGUCCGCCUGUUCGGAUAUAGGUAAUGACCCAGAGCAGUGUCCCACCUCCAUCCCUGCAUCCCCUCCACCCUAAAUGUAGUGUUAUCCCGGUAGCCCCAUAUUAAGUGCGGUAUUCCCCGACAUUUAGUCUCAGGUUCCGUAUGUGCGCGGCAAAUAGCGUAGUACUUAUCUGGGUCUGUCCUUUAACUUAUAACUGACUGUCGCUUUUGAGAGGAUAAAAACUCUCCACAUACAGCCUCUUUGGCAAUUCUUAGAAACGUUUAAAUUAACAAAACAUACGCAAGUAGGCAGGUGUGUUAUGCUAUUAGCAGGGAGGACGUUAUUGCAACAGUUUCUCUAUAUUACAAUGUAUUCUGGUGUUUCAGUAUAUAAUUGUAUUAACCUUUCCUUAGUAUGUAACUUUGUUUCUGUAGGAGAUUUUUUUUACAACUGUAUGCAAGGGUUAUUAAAAGACACUUAAGUCAUCAAUACAGCUUUAGCAUAAUAAAGCAGUUUUUGGUAUAUAGAUCAUGCCCAUGCAGGAGUUAAAUCACUUUGUUUAUGCAGCCCUAGUUACAUUUCCCUGCAUGUAACUUUCACAGCCUUCCUAAACACUUCCUCUAAAGAGUCAUAUAAAGUUUAGACUGCCUUUACUGUAAAUUGUGUUUAAUUUAGAAUUUUGUACAUCCUUCUCUGUUAAUAACUUGCUAGAAUCUCCUGUCUGCAAAUAAAGUAACAUUUUUCAGAGCAGGAGAUAUACAUUUUUAAAGUGUGCAACAGCUGAUUGAAAAUUAAACCUUUUUUUUUACACACAGGCUGUGCCAGUCACAGCCAGGCGAGGUGUGGCUAGGGCUGUAUAAACAGAAACAAAAGUGAUUUAACUCCAAAAUGGCAGAUACUUUAGCAGUGAGACUUCAGAUGCAUUAACUAUGCAUUCAAACUGCUUAAUUAAGCUAAAGUUGUUUUGUUGACUAUAGUGUUCCUUCAAGUUAUGCCAAUUAUUUUCAGUCUAUACAUUUAUUUCAUUUUUAUGUUGGGUAUGAGUAAUUCUAUACGUGGAUUAGUGUUAAUUUGGGAUAAUGCUAUUUGUACUGUGACUUGAAGGGUUACAUGAAAUAAUGGGGUAAAAGGUGUUUUUAUUUAGUUAAUGCGUUAGCUUCCUUUGGUGUAAAUGAUAAAUUCCUAUGAUUAAGUGCAAUUUUUUUUCGCAAAAUGUGUUUUAGGUUUUAUUUUAUGCCCACAGUGGGGCUAUAUGCAUUUUAACUUUUGUUCAGUUUUAUAAGUAGUCUGUACAGCAUUAUUUUUUUUUUUUUCAGUUCUGUCUUCGUGCUCUGGGACAGAUGUAGUAAAGACAGUCCAGUGAAACUUUGGCCAUGCAAUACGAUAAACCACUUAUUACCUGGCUUAUCAGCUGUGUUGUAUCUAAUUUGUUACCUUCAUACUAAAAUCAUUAUUAUAUCCCUGUUUUAUUCUAGAAUAGAAAUGUCAUGAUUAUGUUUCAUUAUGUAUGUGCACAUGUAGGGUUUAGUGUAUACUGACAUUAAUUUCUAAUGUUUCCAGAAGGCUAAGAUAUUUCCUUGCAAUGAACUCUCUCAGGUCAACUAGCAUACAUGACCAAAGUCUGCUGGACGAAUUAUUGCCAGAUUUACCAAAUGGGCCACUGUCUGAGUACCGAAAAAAGGCUUCCUUUAACUGGAAGGAAAUGGUGUUCUUUUUGGAUGAUGAAGAUAUAGUCCAAUUUAAGGUUUGUUACAAGAUGUGUGAAAUGUAUAUUAUAGCAAAAUGUUGCUGUUUCAAAUGUUGCAGAUCUUAAUAUAUUGAGCUUGUUUUUAUAAAGAAAAUAUUGAGAAGGCCAGUGUUGCAGUAGAUUGGUGGCUUGGAUCCUUCCUGCUCACCAAUACGCUUAAUUAUAUAAAACAGACUUACUGAGCAACAGUAUGCAUGCUGUUAAUAGGUGUCAAAUAGUUACAUAUAUGUUGUUCAUUAGAAUAGACCUCAAUGUUUGUUUUUAACCCUCCCACCCUUACCACAAUGACCUAUGUUUUGGCCGUGACAUCUUUCCUGGGCUCUGGUUUUUCUCACAAUUGCCUAUUUAGCCAUGCUCUUAAUUCUACUACAUCUGCCACUGUCAUACUUGCAUUUAAUUGACCACAACCAGACAUGUGCACAUAGCUAACCACUCAUUCAUGCACACACACACAAUUAGGCAAUCACUCACACACACAAAUGCAGAUGUACUUGCCAAUCACUCACCUCUGCAUAUAGUGUUAUGUAGACAAUCCUACGCACAGACAUAUGCACACAUUCAUAAUCUAAACAUAUUAUACUCGCUGAUGUAAUUACUAUUCCUCUCCUGACUCUCUGUUGCUCAUGAGGAGCUAUGGCUCCAGCUGGUCCCUGGCGUUAACCACAAUUUGUUUCACCUUAAGAAACAUACACAAUGACAUCACCUCUUGGUGCCACUGCAUUAUAUUCAUAAGUAAAUUGUUUGUCUAGUGAGUAGUUUGCAUCAUUAUUAAUGUUUUUCAUGUUUGUUUUUGAUAUGCAGAACAAAAUCUUUUCCACUCUUGAAAAUGACCCCCUUUUUUAUCGACAACCUGGUGAAGACUUAUCUUUAGAAAAGUACAGAGAGCUAACGUUCCAACGGUGCAAGAGGAUCUUUGAAUAUGACUUUUUGACUUUGGAAGAGACUAUGGGAAAGCCCCAGAAAAUAUUGGCUCUAAUUAACUGUUUGGGCAUGUACGACUGGUCCUUGGGUGCAAAAUAUUUUCUAAACACACAGGUAACUUUUAUAAACAACGAGUUAAUGUAUUUCUAUAUAAUUUUUUUUCAUUAUUUACUCAUAAAUGAAAUUGUUGUUCAAGGUCUGAUAGAUGCUAAUUAAACACAUGUGGUCAGAUUUCCCCACAAUCAUAGGUCAAAUAUUUAGGGGCAUGGAGCAUUCUAUCAAAUACAAAAUCAUAUCUCAACUGCAGUGUAAAGAACUCUAAAAAUGGUUUAUUUGACAGAGAUGUGCCGUUUUCAAAGUAGUUGCUUUAGCGGAAUUCUCAAAGUAUGUUUUAGUCUUUCAUUUGUAUGUCACAUUUACAUUUUUAUUUUAGGUAUUUGGCAGUGCUAUUGCCAAUGGUGGCUCAGAACGACAUCAGGCAAUUCUUCAGAAAACAAGAAACAUGGAGGUUGGUACUCAAACACACUCUUCUCCCCGGCGUGCAUAUCAAGAAACAUUAGAUGUUACCCUAUCAUACUCUGAUUGAUUUAUUUAUAUAUAUAUAUAUAUUUUUUUUUCUUAAUUAAAAUAGUUUGGUAGAGCAUAGAUAGAAAAUCAUUUAGAACAUAUACAAAAACCUGUAAUCAAAUCCAAUUUUCGUGCUCGUCAUUUUUAUAGUAUAUAUUUUUAUUCUAUAUUAUUUUUUCUUUGUAUGUCAGUGGUCGUGUGAUUGGGGUUUAUUUUGUCUUUGUUUUCCAAUACAGAUUCUCACAAUCACCAGAUUCAAACACAUAUUGUUAUCCAAUAGGUCUAGACCGCAAUUAAAAACUCAAUUAGCUUAAAGAACCACUAUAGGCUCCCAGACCACUUCAGCUCAAUUAAGUGGUCUGGGUGCCAGGUCCAUCUGUGGUUAACCCUGAAGCUGUAAAAAUAGCAGUUUCAGAUUAUUUUUAGGAUGAGGGGGGUUGGUAGGGGUUAUUUUUUUGGGGGGGAGGAUGAGGGUGAAGGGGAGGGGUGUAAAUUUUUAUUUAGGGCCCCCACUCAUCGCCCAGUGGUGGGGGCCAUUGGGGAGGACAAUAGGUCUCCCUCCCCUUAUCCUAACUUGGGGCCCCCACCCACCGCUCAGGGGUGGGGGCCGUGGGGAGGACAAUAGGUUCCCCCCCCCCUUAUUCUAACUUAGGGCCUCCACCCACCGCUCAGGGGUGGGGGACGGGAGGGAGGACAAUAGGUGCCCCCCCUUUAUUCUGAAUUUAGGGCCACCGCUCAGGGGUGGGGGCCGGAGAGGAGGACAGUAGGUUCCCCCCCCCCAUUUUACUUUAGGGCCCCCAAAUGCCGUUCAGGGGUGGGGGCCAAUAGGUUUUUAUUUUUUUUACAGUGAACAGCCAUAGGCUGCUCACUGUUUAAUAGACAUGUCCCUACUCGCGUUAUAGUGAGUAGGGGCUGAAUUUACUAAGUAAUCUUUACUUAGUAUUAGUAAAUGUGGCUGAAAGACCAAUUUAGGUCUUUCAGCCUUUUGGUAGAUAGCUCACAUGCUGCAUUGGCCAAUCAAAGCCAUGCCAUUAGUAGGCAUGGCUGUGAUGGCUUCUAAGGGCACACGAGUCAAACACUUGUUGAUUGGCUGCCCUGCAGCCUUUCACAACAUGCCAUUAAAUCGCCAACUCCAACCCGAACAUACAGUGAAAUGUCAGUGUUCGGGUCCGGGGUACAAAAUUCGUAAUGUUCGGUACGAACCCUAACUUUUCAGUUCGGGUUCGCUCAACUCUACAGAGGGUGUGUCUCAAACUGUAGCUGUCUGUAAACCUGCAGCUUUGACUGGGGGUGGGGGUGGAGAUAACUUUGUAUAUAUGCUAAAUAAUUUUUUAUAUGCAUUAUCUUUUAAUAUUUACUCAGGUAAAAUUCACUCUUACUUCAUGUGUUACCUGUAACCCAUUGAGCCUAAAUAAUACAUGUCUUUAAUGUCAACAUAUUAACCCAAUACAUGUUUUACUACUAUUUCUUUAUGUAUAGAUUUUUGGAUGUUUUGCACUGACAGAGCUCAGUCAUGGAAGCAACACCAAGGGUAUUAGAACAUCUGCAACCUUUGAUGCCUCUACUAAGGUACAAAGUAAAAGGAAAUAUUUACAAAAAAAUUAAAUUGCCCCAAGGGUCAUUGUUUGAACAGUACCGUUUGUAUAUCUAUGCUUAAAAAUGCUUGUUUAAUAGAUGGGUGAUAGAUGAUAGAUGUAUCACGCAGCUUCACUUGUGUUUUGCCAAAGGAUAAAAACUGAAUAGCAUUUGACAUCAGGUGAAAUCUCACACAUCGGCCUAGAAAAUCAAUAAACUUAACUGAAAAUCAAUAAACAUCAAAAUUGUAAAGCUGCUUUUUGCACACUUUGUUGUGAUAUACAAUUAGAUUUCUUUUUCAGGAAUACUUUUGUCCAGGGCUUCAAAUAUCAAGUCCUCUGCUACUGGCCAAGCCUUAAAGGUACACUAUCGGGUCAAGAACAUAAACAUGUAUUCCUGAUCCUACAGUGUUAAAACUACCAUCUUGCCCCCCCUUUUCCCUUCCAUUGUCUCGCUAAAUAUAGUAAAAUCUUACUUGUACUCAAGUCUGCUGCUGGCUCUGCCUCUCACCUGCCUACAGGUCAUCAUCAGAAGUGAUUAUGUGAGCCAAUCACAAUGCUUUCCCAUAGGACUGGCUGAGACUGUCAAGGAGGCAAAUCGGGGCAGAGCCAGCACAAGUCAAACACAGCCCUGGCCAAUCAUCAUCUUCUCAUAUAGAUGAAUUGAAAAGACAGUGUUUACUGCAAAAAAGCUGAAGGGAAUGAUUCUACUCACCAGAACAAAUACAAUAAGCUGUAGUUGUUCUGGGGACUAUAGUGUCCCUUUAAAACUUACUUGCCAAUGCAAGCCUGGAUAAUCCAUGGCUUACACACCAAGGCCCUGCUUUUGACAUCACAUCAGCAUACUAACCAUUACUCUAUCUUAGUUGCAAAUAUUAGUUUGAGAUCUGUUAUUGUUAAUAAACUGAUUUCCAUAGGAAUGCAGAGCUUUCACCAUUCUGAGAUGUUAAUUAGCAUAUUUCUGGAUGGCUUGUAUUGAUCCUGAGCUGUAUACUCCCACCAACACCUACAGCAUCAAGCAAAUUGUCAGCACGUUACUUUACCUUUCAUAUUCCAAUGAGAUUGUUUGUUUGCAGAUCUUUAUCAAGAGAAAAUUAACAAAGGUCAAAAACCUAUCUAAUUUUUAUAAGUGUAAAAUCCUUGAAAAUCCAUUUGCCUCAUUUGUAACACUACAACUGCAUUUGCUGUUAUUGUUUACUUGUGUUUGUAUAUGUUCUUUCUUUUUAUAUUCAGGGUCAAGUUAUACAACUUUAGGAUGGGGAGAAUAAAUGACUAUUGCAUAUUUGUUCUCCCCAUCCAGAAAAUUGACGGACUCUUUAUUACCCUGUAUAACAUUCUAACGUGCUUCCCAGGACAUACCUGAGUAUGCGAUCGAUGUUUCAAUGUAUGAAUUCUAGUCAAACACAGAUACUGAAAAACUGCAAAUUGGUGGCACCAACUAAAUAGUUAUCACAGAGAAAUGUAUGAUUUCUACUUAUCACGGCAUAUUCACCUUCAUAAAUUAUUCAGAAGGGUUUUACUGGAAAUAAAAAAAACAACAAAAAAACACCAAUAAUCUUACAGUGCUUUAUACCCCCAAAUGCUUGUUAUUUAAUGCGGACAGUGGAGGAGAUUUAUGAUAGUGUUAAUUAUUUUUUAUUUUUUUUAAAUGGUUUAUAGGAGGUGAAGUCACCAUGAAAAAAUGCUGUGUUUUUUUUUUUUUUCAUUUUUGUAUCAAUUUUUAGAAUAAAACUUUGAUAAAUUUCCUCCAAGCAUCACCAGAUUUUUCAAUAUAAAUGUUGUGGUAUUGUCCGUAUCGGGAAUAGUGCCAUAAAUAUGAUCUAUAAGCAACCAACAGCUAAAAUUAUAAAAUGCCUGGUGUGUCUUUAGACACUGAAAAUAAGGGAACCCAAAUUCAGCAUGGUGGAAAGAAUAGUUGUUCAAAGGAAAUUAUAUGACAAAAAAAAAAACUCUAGAGUAAAUGGAGCCACAGAAUAAUUUAAAAAAGAGAAGUUUAAAAAAGUAACCAGAUAAAGAGAACCCUCUAGAAUGAUCAAACCCAGUGAAGGGUGUCUAAACAAUCCAAGUUGCAAUAUAUUUUUGUAUAUAUUUAUACAUAGUUUGUAAGCUCAUUUGAGCAGGGCCUUCUUUACCUCGUCUCUGUUAUAUUCCGUAUGUAAAUUACUUAUCAAAUAUCCCUAUUUUUUAUAAAUGUAAAGCACUGCGGAAUAUGUUGGCGCUAUAUAAUUAAUAUCCAAUGUAUAUCAAAGAUUGAUGAAGAAGUAAAGUAGAGUGUAUGUCUGUGAUUUUCAUCAUUUGUAUAGUGGCAUUUUCAUUAUGGUAUAAAAGCCUUCGUAAUAAAAAAUAAAAAAAGUAUGAGAAAAAGAUUGAAAAAAUGUUAAUGUAUUUGCAUAAUAUAUAUGUGUAUCCGAAGACAAUAUGCCUGGAGUUGUGGGGAGGGGUUUUGUCCGGCCUAAAUCUACCUCCUGACCUUCUGCCGACUAUUGGAACCUGGUUACUAGGUUACCGCAUACAACUUCCAUUUUGCAGGCUUUGCAGCUGAUGAAGGUGUUCCAGUAUCAGUGGAGGAGACUCUGUUCCAGGAGUUGGCAGCCUGACUCGUGGAUCAACCUCCUCCAGUUCUUUUCUUUUUGACCUUGUAUGUUCGGCCACUCUGCAUAUCCAGUUUGGUGUCAGUACAUUCGGCCUCUGUUUAGUCCAGCUAAAUUUUCUUUGGUUCAUGACAUUCUGCCUACAUUUGUGCCUUCAUUACUUUACUUAUUUACUUAUGCCUCCCGAAUGCGCCGGUUGGGAGGCAAAUGGUUUUAAAUAUGACAAUAUAUAUAGUAUGGAUAAGUGCCAGUGUGUCAACUGUAGAUUACUAUAGGCAGUAAACACUGAAAUGAGACGAGUCCCGAAAUUCCCAAAAGAAAGUAACAAUACAAUAUAAAACAAUUUGUGCCAAAAUGGAAUAAAUAAAUCUUAUAUUCUACAUGCGAUUAUGAAACAAAGUCCAAAGGGGACAGUCCAGUCAUCACCAAAUGCUCUUGAUUCUAUUGAGGCUUGGUGUUACGCUUCGGGGGUAUAUGAAAAAGAAAAGAAAGAGGGGGCCUAUGGGGCAAUAUUUCCAAGCAAGUGAGGACAUACAACAAUCGUGUAAGUAACCCAAACACAUUCUGUGGAGCUACCAACAAGCUCCGGGUUAUGCUUGCGUUUAGUGGUAUGAUCCCAUUAGUGGAUAUAUCGUAUGAACGUAUUUCUGGUAUCCUGAUCUUGGCUAGUUUUAUGAUUACCCUUUCUCAUUUUUAAAUUAAACCCGAGGUCCGAUAAUACAGCCCGCCUGUCUUCAUAUUCCUGAAAUCUACUUGGAAGUUGGGUAGUAUAGCGAUGACACCUCGCUUCUUAGAGCAGUGACUUGCUUUAUAGGACUUUACAUUUAGUUUGGUCUGGCUGUUCAUGUUCCUUAGUCGGCCCUAGGUAGUCUUUCAUCUGCUUGUGCUGCAUAGCUUUCCUACACGGCCAACUCUCAACCUCAUCUACAGAGGCAUAUCACCUCUCAGCCCAAAGCAUAGUCACUUCCUCACAUCUCCACCUUCUUGGCAAAGCAGUUAGGGCUUCACGUGUCCCGGCCAAUCUAUCUCAAUUUUUCUUAUUGUUCACGAGAGGCCACUACCUAACCACAAAGCUUGGUGGCAUACUUGCCCAAUUUAUAGGUACCACCUCUUAGAUGUUUUAUCCGGCCUGCAUCUACCCCCUCCCAGAAACCUCCUGGUGUUAUGCUGAUGAUUGGAACCCCAUCCAUCUCUCUUUCAGUAGGUGGGCCCUCCCUUUUUUUAUUUUUAAACCGGCCUACCUGGUCAUCUGUUUCAUCACACCUCAACCGACUUGCUUUUAUUGGUAUAGCUCACACUUGAUUGAACAUGAUGUCCCAUCUGGAAUCUGCUGAAGCCCCUCUCCCAAGUGCUCCUAUCACAACUGGGACUACUACAGCCUUCACUUUUGGUAUUUAUCCACUUUAUGUUCCUUCUUCUUGAUGUCACUGGGUAUUGCCACAUUCACCACCUUUGUAGUCUUUCGUUCCUUGUCUACCACCACUAUGUCGGGUUAGUUGGGCACUCUUGCUUGUCUGUAUGAUGGUGAAAAUGGAGACACCUAGAUCACCUAGACAAAGUUAUAUUUAUUAGCAUCAUUAUGGCCUCUAUUUCUCCCUCUACAAUCAUUUACUAUUAAUUAUAAAAAUUGGUAUUGUCUUUCAAAAGAGAGGCUGUUUUUUGUGUUUAAAGUGCAGAAAAAUGCCUUUUAUGGAUUAGUCCAGUAGCUUGUGUUCGGAAUACAGCAUUAUGUAUUUUUUAUUUCUCUGUAGGAAUUUGUGAUUAAUACACCAGAUUUUGAAGCUGCCAAGUUCUGGGUGGGUAACAUGGGGAAGACCGCCACGCAUGCCCUUGUUUAUGCUCAGCUGUACACAUCUGAUGGGAGAUGCCAUGGUUUACAUUCCUUUGUUGUGCAGGUGAGCCUGAUCCUGUAAAAAGAUACAAUUAUUUUGUGGUUGUUGAGUAAAGCUAAAACUGAGCAUUGUUUGAGUGAUUUUAAUACUAAUGCCUGAUAUAAUAUUGUUGGAUAAACUUUUCAAAUUAUGGAAUAUUAUGAGAAAUAAUAUUGAAGCAGGGGGACAGUUCAGUCCUUGUUAGUUUAACUUCUUCUCAAAGGACUACUCCAGUUUCCUCACCAUAAAGCUAUGCUCUGUUAAAGUCCUAGUGGAUCAAUAAUUUGAGUUUGCUUGCAGUAGUUCUUGAAGAAUUUGUGAGUGGAUCCGUUAGACUUGUAGACAUGCGAAAUAUGCCUGUCUCACGGACAACUGAUCUAGGCUAAGUCAAAUCCUAGUAAAUAAAGACUAAACUACAAAUCAAAUCAAAUGAGCUGUGAAUUCCCUAUUGCAACCACAUUUAUUUAUAUUAUUUUAUAUAUAUUUUAUUCUUUAUCAUGCUUGCCCCACUAGUCUGUUUUCUGUUGUGAAUAGGCUUUUUAGCGUAGAAAAUGCAAUGCCAGAGCUGGUCUAAAUAUGAUGAUAAUAUCGUAGUAUAAACUGAAACUCAAAUACUGAACACUUGCAUUAUUAUGUGUUUAUUUAAGGAAAUAUAACACUUAUUUAUGCAGUUGCAUUUUUCUGCAACUUGGGAAUAAAAAAAAAAAAAUUCUAGCAUUAUAAUCAAUACUAUUGAUCAGGAUGUUAAAAGAUUGUUACCUAAACACCCACACAGUAUAGACUUUCAAAUAGUGUUUUUAUUUUAUUUUUAAGGUUGCAUAGCUAAAAUGUUUUAAAGAUCGCCUAUCGAAACCUUUUUUUAGCUACAGUAUUUUUUUUUUUCAUGCUAAUGGUCCAUUUUUCUUUUGUGAGCUUGCAUGUAAUGGUAAUUGCUCUUAAUGUUUGAUAGUAAUUGCUAUUUAAUUGAGCUUCACAGCUGUUUCUUAACUUCAGUGAACCACUGCAAUUAACUGUCCUUGAAAUCCAGGUGACAGUUUUGUUUGAGUCCACUCUGUACACAGUUGAUUGAUUAGCUGCACUUGUAAAUCUGUGUUUGAACAUUACUACCACAGUGCCACGUUGUUUUUUAGAUUUCUUUUUAUGGACUUCUAAAAUUAGGGUAAUAAUGUCUCUAUUGUUUGCUACUAGCUACUACCACAGAUUUAUUACGUUUUUACCACCCUUCAGAUCCGUGACCCCAAAACACUUCUUCCUAUGCCUGGAGUGCUUGUCGGAGACAUUGGAAAAAAGCUCGGCCAAAAUGGGUUAGACAAUGGGUAUGUAAUAUUCUAUUUACUAUUUCCAAGAGCUUAUAAAGUGGUUAUGAAUAGUCAUUUGCAAACAUUUUCUUCCCUGCCCACCUCCCCCAACACCAAUAAAAUCUGUGGAUCAUUUUAUUAAACUUAAUCCAGCAACCCAAAAUGUCCUGUCUAGCUUUCCUGUUUUAUUUAUGUUAUGAUCUAAUUUGAUUAGGCCUGCUCUCUUUUUGAACACUUGUUGAAUUGUUACCUUGCUCUCAAAAUUUGAGAUUGGUUUGUCUAUGUUUUUCAAAAUGAUUUUAUACUAAUACUUUUAUAUGCAGAAAUCAAUGGGUGACCCUAAGCACCAUAACCGCUUAAAGGACCACUAUAGUGCAAGGAAAACAUACUCGUUUUCCUGGCACUAUAGUGCCCUGAGGGUGCCCCCACCCUCAGGGACCCCCUCCCACCGGGCUCUGGGGAGAGGAAGGGGUUAAACACUUACCUUUCUCCAGCCCCGGGCGGGGAGCUUUCCUCCUCAUCUCCUUCUUCCUAGCGAUGUCAUCAGCUGAAUGCGCAUGCGCGGCAGGAGCCGCGCGCGCAUUCAGCCAGUUCAUAGGAAAGCAUUAGAGGCUGGAUUAACCCUCAGUAUAAACAUAGCAGUUUCUCUGAAACUACUAGGUUUAUUAAAAAAAAAAAAAAAAAGGGGUUAAACCUAGCUGGACCAGGCACCAAGACCACUUCAUUAAGCUGAAGUGGUCUGGGUGCCUAUAAUGUUCCUUUAAGCAUUCUCUGGUCUGCUAUAACCCAAAAAAGGAGAUCCUUGUGUGGCAUGCCCUUACUGCAGCUUUCAACAGAAAAACCUUUGCACAGAAUGCUCAAUGGUAAUGACAGGUAAAUAAAAACAAAAAAACAAAACAUCAAGGCUGGAUAAGCUGCAAAUAAAACUGUAAAUAAAGAGGCACCUAAAAAGAGACAUUCCUUUUCUAAUGCUAGGAAAGGUACAGAAGAUGACUUUGAUAUGCCUGCUGGAAUGAAGCUUUCCUAGUCCGGUAUCUAAUGAAGCUGGAGGCAAAAAGAGCUCUUUUACCUCAUGGUAUAAUUAAAGAGAUAUAAAUACAAAAAGUCCUGCGCUCAAACUCCCACUACUCUUGGGCGGCAGCAAUGACCAUAGUACACAUCAGCCCCAAUACAUACAGUAAAAAGCAAAGAAAAAAGUUAUCUGCGCUCUCUCCCAAAUCCUUAUGUAUAUUUAAACAAAUGGAGGUUAUUUAGUUACUCCAAAGACCAUUAGAGGGAAAUGCCCACUUGCCAUGUCAAGGUGGGUCCUACACUAACCAUUCGCCUUGCUUCUUAAAGAGAUAUGCUGGUACUUGGAGACAGAAGAAGCCUCCUUUUGCUUUGCACCCACAGCAUACAGACUGGAUAGGGGCUUGUCAGAUGUGGGAGGAAUAUGCAAGAUACUGGAAGGGAGUACAGGUAUCUUUUAUUUGUGAUAGUAAACAUUUUCAAUUUUAAAGUAUACCAUUUGGGCUCAGUUCACCUUUCAGAGUGGUUCGUUUGAUUAUUUUCCUGCAAAAGAAAAGAAAAACAAAUCUCACCACAAUAUUCUGAUUAUCAUCAGUCAACACGAAAAGAAUAAUGAUUGCCUCUUUGCAUGAUUUCAGCUGGAUCAUAAACGUUAAAAAGGGACAGUAGAAACCAUCUUAGGAGCUAGCCGUCUUGGUAUCUUUUUAUAGACUCCAAAACAGCUUGGGUCUCCUUUUCAGAUCACCAGAUACAGACUUCUAUAUUAAAUAAGAAUUCCUGGUCUGCAGGAGAAGGUCUCCGCUUCAGAGUUCAUGAACUUCCUCGAGGCUCUCUUUUCCAUGGGCCUUGUUCGCUGGGCACAUUGGAACAUUAAAACCAGGGCAGAUACGUUUCUUGCAUUAAUUCUGGUCAAGGCCUUUUCAUUUUUAGAUAUGAGACUAAGUUUAAAAUGAUGAACCAACAUGAAAAUCUUGUGAGAGAAUGCCUAUCAGAAGUCUAAAAUAUUAAGGAUAGAUGCAAGCAGAAGAGUUUCUGGAACCCAACACAAAGGUCUCAUGGCUCAUCUUGUUCACUACACAAAGGCAACCAUAAGAAGAUGGUUCACAACUGCUGUUCAGAAAGCUUACACAAAUAAAUAAUUUACACUUGCAGGAGAGAAAGGGUGUGUAUGAAAGAGAAGGGGGAAAAAAAUCAGAAAACCUAUAAAUCAGGAGGAAAAACGAUUUCCAAUGGUUUCAAGAUGAAUUAUGACAGGCCUUUGUAUCCUGGACAGUGUUGGUGAAGGUUUGUAUGGAUGAUGCCUGAAAACAGCAACUUGGUCCUUCUCUAAACCCAUUUGUUAAAGAUGAUUGUCAAUCACAGCAAUGGCUUGUGCUUCAUUCAAGACUAUGUUUGCUUCAGUUCAUGCUUCAUUCGUUUCUAUUUUUGUAUCAGAACAUCCACUUAGUCAUCUUUCAUGCAAGUUGUUUUUCUUCUUUUGCGUGAUUAGAUUCCAAUGAUUAUCAUGCUAUGAGUAGCCAGGAAAGAGAUAAUGCUUUGGGACAUGACUGCAAAUCUUUAGGAGGAAGAAUUUCUUAUUCCUCAUGUAAAUAAUUGACUAUUUCUGUCCUAACCAGCUUAUGCCUUGGAAGUUAGCCGUAAAAUGAAAAUUCUGAUAAGUACACUAAAAAUAUCCUCUUUUGUGAAGCUUCCAUCGAACGGAUCUUGUGCUGAUUGCAGCUUAUUGAGGCUGUUAUGGAUUUCAAUAGUCACUGUUGAAAGCAAAAACGUAUUGUCUCAACUUACUCAGCUGUCAUUUUCCAUGAACGUCAGAAUCCUAGCACUUCCAGAUUCGGCUAAUGUUGCUCAAAAAUAUACACACUCCACAAUUGCAGAAACACAUGGCAAGUUAUAAAACUGCAUUCCUAUAUUAAAGAUACCAGUAGCCACUCAAUAUAAUUAUAAUGAUAUAACCUCGUUGUUCCUUUUAUGCACUCUAGUCAUCCGUGGACACGAGCUGCAAUUCAGCAUGUUUUAAUGACGUAUAAUACACGGCAAUGUGCAAUAUCAAUUGCUAUAAGCUUAUACUGCCUAAUAUAUUUCACACCAAGAACGAGAGCAGGUUUGAGACCUCAUUCAUAGUAAAACUAAUUUGCACGAGUAACUGAUCAGUAUAAUAAUAAUUUUUUUUUUUUUUAAUAUAUAUAUAUUAAAUUUGUUUGAAUUUUGGGGGGAGAAAGUUGAAGUAUCUUUUCACAUGUGUAAUGCAGAACUUGGACCACAAGGUAGCGCUAGUGGAUCAGAAAUAACCCCUUUUCCAGUUAUUUUUAUUUUCCUAGGACAGCUAUACAAAUGCCUGCCAAUACACGAUGUGACUUUACCAAUUAUCAGUAUAUAACAAAAUCCUUUAAUGUUAACACAACAUAGUUGCCCUUCAUUAUUGAAUACUGUAAAUUUGGUGUUAAAUUUUUAUGGUAUUUUGUAAUAAUACAUUACAAACUGCAUGCUAUGGUACUCAUUUUGAUAUGGUUAGAUUGUGCAUUGUUAAUACACUUUAUGAAGAAUGUAAGCUUGUUUGGCCAAACGUUUUUUACUUGGAAGUUUUGUUUACUCGUUGAAUAGCACUGUGUCCGUUAUUUAUACAACAUCAACAUACUGCGCAAUGUGAUUUUAUAAAAGUCCAUAUCACUGCACUUUAGCAGCUAAGCAAUUAUAAAUGUUUGUAUACUACUACGAAAUUGUAUGUGCUGUGUAUUUGGCUGCGAAAGAUUCAUGGGAGUUGUAAUUUGUGAAGAGCUAGUGAUAUAAUAUUUGAAUACAAUAUGCAGGGCCUUAGAAGGGAAAGCGGUUCACAAGUGCGCAGUCCCCAAUGGCAGGUAUCCGGUGAAAAUUCCGUAAAUAGCACCCAGAACGCCAGGUUUCACUUUAAGGACUAACGAGCCAUGCCAGCUCCUGUUAUUAACCUAAACAUUCUGGUGUGAUCCAGCCAUAGCAAAAUGAAUGCAGGUCUGAUGACUCAAAUUGGGUCUGGUCACCCUGGGUAUUAAUAUAUACAGGACAAUGCCAUGUCUUAAGAACAAACACAUAGAAAAGGAGCUGCUUUGAUUAGAUCAUUUUGGAAAUUGGCGCAUUUUCUAUAGAUGUCUCCACAUAAAUUCUGGCUCUAUACAUAACCUUGAACUAUUUGAAUAUUAACAAUGCAACAUGUUUUGUUUUCUAUGUAGCCAGGACUUCAUAUGUUCCAAUAUUGUGUUUGUAGCACUAGUAUUUUUUACAUUUGUUUUGGAUCACUUUUGUUAAUAUUUUCUUGGCAUUUAAAUUGUUGUUCUUUCUGUUCCCUUAUAUUGGUGGGGAAUACAUAUGUAUUUUUAUGUAAUUAUUUGUGUAAUACAGUUUUUUUAGUUGUCGUGUCAUGUCCAAGUACUGUCCAAGAUCUAUAGCAUUUUUUUUUUUUUUAAAGGAUCACAGUAAAGAUAUAAAUACAUCAUGUAUUCCUAAUGGUAGACUGUUGCACUACCUGUUUAAAUGUUUUGUCGAGACUAAUUUAGCAAAAAAAAAAUUCCACAUGCGUUUAUUCUCCCAGUGUCUCGGCUCGUUGACUGAGUUAAUCAGUCCUGAAGAGCUCCGCCAAUCCAAUGCUUAUCCAUAGGGAAGCACUGAAAGGAUUAGUGCACGUAUGUGAAAAUUGAGGUGCACCAUCCAGCAUCUCCUCUUACAGAUUACUUGACCCUGCAUUUCUAUGGGGAGUGUUCAGCGUCCACAUGCAUGGCAUGGAUAUGGUUAAUGUCGGUCCUGCAAUCUUUACAGGACAAAACCCAAGAAAUCUCUUGUGGCUGCUGAGUGACAGCCAUUAGAGGUGGUGUUCUACAGCAGUGUAGACAAUAUUAUUUUAGAAAAAAUAUCGUUUACACUGCUUAGCCUGCAGGUGCAGGCAAUUUGUCCCAUAACUACUACAUUAAGCUGUAUUGGUUCUGGUGCCUGUAGUGUCCCUUUAAAUGUUUUGGUUUGGUUUUGUAUAAGGAAAUCUUUGGCUAUCCUGUUAUGUUAUUACAUUAGUAAAAUUUAUUUAAACUCUUCUACGUAACUUAAAUGUUUAAGAAUUAAUGUAUAUUAGGAAUGGACCAAAUUAUUUUUCCAAGAGCCGAUGCCCAUACUGAUUAUCGGUCGUAUUUCAGUGUUUAUUUUCCCGCUCUAGAAUUCUUUUGCAGACAGUUUGAGGUUUAUUUACUGUCUUCUAACAGUGGAAUCCUAUCUUAUGGGUCACUAAGCAGUACAUUCUGACUGUGUUUAUGUAAGAGCUUUUUUACUGCUUAAUAAAACUCUACAUUAACCCGUCUGUGUUUGACAAAAUUAAAAUAAUCCUCGCACACAUUAUGCAGUUUGAUAUUUUGAACAUUUCUUGCAAUUUAGUCCACAUCCUGCACGUUAACAGUUUAAAAAAAAAAAUAAAUUAAAAUAAUUGCAUUACAUGAACAGUGCAAACAUGCAAAUGUUAAAAAGUGUGUCAUCUUUAGUGCUGUACUUAAAGGAUCACCAUAUGGUCAGGAAUACCUUUGUGCAGCACUGACCCAGGAAGCACCUCUAGUAGCUGUCUGAGUGACUGCCACUUAAGCUGUAGUUGUUCUGGUGACUAUAGUGUCCCUUUAAUAAAUGUUUUUUUUAAAAUGUCUUAACUCAAUAACAUGAGCUGUGUCGUGUACACAUUCUUCAUAUGAGUUGUGGAUAUUUUUAUGAAGAAAUUACACUUAGCUACCAUAUAAAGUAGUAAGUGUACAACCUGUAUAACAGUGCAAAUUUUCUGUCCACUUAAAAUAACUCAACACACAGCAAUUAAUGUCUAAACCGCAACAAAAGUGAGUACACCCCUAAGUGGAAAUGUCAAAAUUGAGCCCAAAGUGGCAAUAGUUUGUGUGGCCACCGUUAUUUUCCAGCACUGCCUUAACCCUCAUGGGCAUGGAGUUCACCAGAGCUUCACAGGUUGCCACUGGAGUCCUCCACCACUCCUCCAUGACGGCAUCACAGAGCUGUCAGAUUUUAGAGACCUUGUGCUCCCCCACCUUCCGUUUGAGGAUGCCCCACAGAUGCUCAAUAGAGUUUAGGUCUGGAGACAUGCUUGGCCAGUCCAUCACCUUUACCUUCAGCUUCUUUAGCAUGGCAGCGGUUGUCUUGGGGUUAUCAUCAUGUUGGAUUAAAGGUGUGUUUAGCCCUGCAAAGGAAACAUUGCCAUACCUCCAAAAUAUUAAUGUUUUACAUUGCAUAACCAAAACAAAAUGGCAAUUGCACCCAGACCAGUUCUUUGAAAUAAAAUGGCUUGGGUGAGUACUGUGGUCCUUUUAAAAAUGAAGAUAUAUUUCAGUAAAUCUUUAUUCUACCUGACAGUUUCCCCUAAAUAGUUUCUUGAACCUGACUAUACAAAUACAAAUCUUAUUUUAACCAUAAUUCUUACUCAGCCAUGUAUUAUAAAACAAAUACCAACUCUAACCUUUAAUAGUAACAUGCAUCCUAGUUCUACAGGUCUAAACCUAGACUGUUAAUUUCGACUGGUCGCUACGAUUGCCAAUCACAGUGAUCACAUUGCCUUAGCCGUCAGCUAACAUGUGAUUGGCUCUCGGGUAAACACAGGGCAUGGGAACAUUCAAUCCCUGUUGCUGGACUGUCUUGCUGAACUAGGUGCAGCUUGUCACAGCAAUCCAAUGUUUAGGUCAGUCUCUUUCACAGUAUUGAUGAAUACCAAGGCAGCCAGCAUUGACAUAGCAAAACAUGGGGGUACAUAUAAAAACAUGACAUGUACUAUCGACCUGUGAUGCCAUUUAGCAAAGGACACCUGCACUUAAGGCAUGGUGCCACGGACAUUGGAUGCUUGGUGAGGAUUCAAUCGCUAGCAAGAGCUCAUCUGAUUAUCAAUAUAUAUUUAAAAUUAUACAAAAGCUACCAAUCCAAAAUGAUAAAAGAUUAACAAAUGAUACUUGCUUUUUAAAGUUUUGGUGUUUUUUUCUUUUGGCAAAUCCAAAUACAUUAUAUCAUUGGCCCUGAGCUUUUUGUUGCAAAUAUCAUGUAUGCAAAUGAGGAAUAGUAACAGUAAAUUAUACACCGAGUGUAGUGUAAAAUUAUACACAAAGGGAUGUGUAAAAAAAAAAAAAAAAAAGUUAGAUUGAUGGGAUUAUUUACUAAAGUGAGGAUCAAAAGUGAAAUUCAUAUCGUGAAAGUCAGUUGCUAUGCUUUCAUUUUGGCUACUCUGGCCAAGAAAUCUCACUUGAGUAAAUAUUGCUGUAAGUAAUAUUAUAUGAACACGUCAUGCUUCUCUUCUAUUAUUAUUAUUAUUAUUAUUUUUUUUUUUUUAUAUAGCACCAUCAGAUUACGUAGCGCUGUUCAACGGGUGGACUAACAGACACUUAAUUUUAACCAGAAAACUGGACGCACAGGAACAGAGGGGGUGGAGGACCCUGCUCAAUGAGCUUACAUUCUAGAGGGAGUGGGGUAUAGUAACACAAAGAGUAAAAAUAGGGGUACGAAGUAAGUUGUUAGAAAAGUAUUCGCUGAGGGCUUAGUUGGUAAUUUUUGACAGUUGCAGGAGAGGAGUCAUGUGGAGUGGGGGAUGAAAACCUGCUAACAGUUUAAUUGAUAUGCUUUCUUGAAAAAGUAAGUUUUCAAUGAUUUAUUGAAUGAGUGGAGACUGGGUGAAAGUCUUACGGAGAAGGGAAGGGAGUUCCACAGAAGAGGUGCAGCCCUGGAGAAAUCUUGGAGGCGAGCAUCAGAGGUGGGAGUACGGACAGAGGAUAGACGUAGGUCUUCGGCAGAGCGCAGGGGCCUCGACGGGACAUACUUGUGUAUUAGGGAGGGUCGUUAGGUUGGAGAAGCAUUAUUUAAGGACUUGUAAGCAAGCACCAGAAUCCUAAAUUGAGCCCUAUAUCUAACUGGAAACCAAUGCAGGGACUGACAGAGCGUGGAGACGUGGGAGGUGCGAGCGGACAGGAAAAUGAGCAUCGCCGCCACAUCCAUUAUAGAUUGCAGCUGUGCUAUCUUGGAAAUGUAAGACCACUGAGAAGGGGAUUGCAGUAGUCAAGGAGAGAGAGAACAACAGCAUGGACCGGCACUUUAGCCGCAUAUGGCUUUCUAAUAUAAUUGAAUCCAAUCAUUGUAGGAAAAACUAGAGUUUGUACAGUGGCCUUGCAGUUCAGUGCUAUGUGACCACUUUGGAAUACUUCAAAAAUAAAAAUGUGCAUUUUCUUAUUUUUGGCAUUUUCCCCUUUUAUUUCCUUUUUCUUCUUUUUCUGGUUUAUGUUAAGGACUGAAUAAUGAGUUUGAACUGUGCAUCACAGUCAUUCUCCUUAGAUCACACUCUUAUUUUAGUUUUGUGGAUAUUUAUAGAAAAUUUAAAGUAUGUGGCACAAAUAUUAUUCAAUCUAAAAUGUUCCAUUGUUUAUUUUCACUUAAGGGAAAGCUAUUUCUGAAGUUAUCAACACGAGCAAGCGUUCUAGAGAGUAGAAUUAGGAGAAGCAAACAUUUUAUUGCUUUAUGCUCGUUUGAACUUCACUUUCAUAACACAAGAGUUCUUUGAGUUUAUUCAACAUAAUUUAUUUAAAGUUUCAUUAAUUUCAGUGCGUACGUAAAUAUUUAGAACAGCCAUAAAUAUUUGCCAAGCUUUUUCUGCGCACAAAUGCCAAAAUAAAACAAACGAGGAGCUUUUUAGCAGAGGUGAGAGCUGGCAAUAAAGGGAGUCACGGCCAGCCAACUUUCUAGUAUAUAAUCCUUUACACAUACUUGGCUGGUUCGUUUUAGCUUAUGUAAAUCACAUUUCUAUUUUGCAGAGAAGUGCUUUAAGCAAUUUUUUGUAGGAAUAGUAUAAGAAAUAACAAUGUUAAAACCUAUUAAACAUGUACUUAAAUAAUUCAAUUAUGUGUAUGUUUGACUUUUGUGAUGGGAAGGUUGACAUCUGUGUCAUGUUCAGUAUAUGUUUUAAAUAGGGUUACUAUUAAUCAUUUAUAGCUGGCCAAUUUGGAGAAGCUGAUGGCAUUUUUUGGCACAUCUCCUCUUUACCAACCAGGAGCUGCUCUGCUUCUCGUGGUCUGAUCUUAUCCCAUAAACAGCUGUCCACCAUGCGCUUACGGGAUAAGUUGUUUGUCCCCCAACCAUAGAUCCACUCAUUACACGAGAUGAGUAAAACUGCUCAAUAAAUUGAUGGUGGUUAUUACUGUGACUAAUCGUUUAUACGCAGCCCAGUAUACUGUAUUGUAAACCAGGAUGUGUGCAGAGUUUAGCAAAGACACUUACCCGACAUGUGCAUGAGGUCACCGUGUGCAAUAGUGAAAACAUCUCUCCCAUCCGAGCACAAGUUAAACAAAAGUAAAAUUAGACUUGUGCAAAAAUUAAGUGUGUUAAAUAGUGUAUUUGUUUCUAAAUCUAAAAUGGCUAUAAACUAGUUACUUGACACAGUAGCUAAGUUUCCUUAAUGUGCGUCUAAAAGCUGCCUCACUAUUGCCUAAUCCUAAUGCAUUUAAUUUUAAUUGCCUUCUGUAUCUGUCCUAAUGGUUUUAAUUCAAUAUUUUCAGGUUUGCAACGUUCCACAGCGUUCGGGUUCCUCAGGAUUGCCUUCUCAAUCAAACUGGUGACAUUUCGUCAAGUGGCACCUACACAAGUAAAUACAAGGUAUGUGUGUGCCUGGUAAGCAGGACCUGUGUAUCACAAUCAGGUUGGUCUGUUCCACUUUCUGCAGAAAUAGUAUUCUUCUAUAACUCUAAUCCACAAUUUUCUAUUACAGUUGGGCAUACUAUCAUUAAUAAUUCAUUCUGCUUUUAAAAUUCACAUUUUUAAAAAAAAAAAAUUUUAAUUUUUUUUUUUUAUAAACUUAUCCUGUAUUCUGCAAAAUAACUAAACCUUUUUUUUAAUAUUGUUUUGAAGCAUACAUUACAAGGUAGUCUAAUUCACAGAACUGCUUAUGAUGGGCUUAACCAUUUAGUUUAUAUGCUGUUUUGCAGUUAGUUGUAUCCAAAAGUUUCUAAUCCAGUAUUAAUUAAAAUGUUCUCUUGGAAAACCUAAAUGCUCUUGAAGUGUACGUUUAAACAAAUGUAAGGGCCUUUUUACUAAAUAAUUAAUUAAAACUUAAAUGGAGGAAACAAAUCACAUUUGAAAUAAAAUGCCUAAAUUUGCUAUAGUCACAGUUUGGAUAUUCUAGCCUGAGUUUUGAAAUUUUGUUUUCAAUACGCUGGAAUUUACAGUCUAGUUAACACUAUUUUGUCUUUUUCUCCAGUACAAUUUUCAAAAAUGUGAAAAUUGUCAGGAAUUCAAAGUGAAUUUCAAAUUUAAAACCAAAAUAGCGGAGUUGUAUAAAUUCUCCAAGUUAGCUAUGCUUCAAGUUCAUUUAGUUUGGUCUUAAAUUUGAAAUUUACUUUGAAUUCACACCGACUCUCACUUUGGUUAUUAACCCUGAUGGUGUUUUUGAUUCUUGCAGGAUCCCAAGCAACGUCUCGGAGCUUCUCUUGGUACCUUGUCCAGCGGGAGAGUAUCUAUUAUUGGAAUGGCAGUGGUGAAUCUCAAACUUGCAAUAUCCAUAGCUAUUAGAUUUUCUGCAACACGUCGACAGUUUGGACCAACUGAUAAAGAAGAGAUCCCUGUCCUUGAAUAUCAAUUGCAGGUUGGCUGUUAAUAUUAUUUGUGGUCGGUUCAUUAGUGACUGUAAAAUACCAUAGGAUUGGUUAAAGUCGGUGAGGUGUGCUGGAACCGACGUAGGGUGUAGGCCUGUAAAAAAGAGGCCUCCCACCCCCCGAAGGUAUUGUGUGAAUAUGAGAGGGUGCGGUGGGUGGGUUGAACAGCAUAUGUCACGGCAAAGGUAAGGAGAGGGGAGUAGCGUUUUAUAGGAACGCUAACUCCUCCCACAAAUACAGGCCUUAAACAUAUAUAUUAAUUUAUUUUUAAAAUGUGCACAUUAUUUGGACUACAACGUUUGACAUUUUUGAACAUGCAUCAACAUGUCAGCAAAUCCAUGGCAGCUAAUGGUCACACUUGAUUGACCAUUGUCAUUUAUUUGACUCUUAUGCUAUUUUGCCGUUUGCUGUCAUCUUUACAAAUGCCUACUACGUCACUGUUUUAGCCAUCUUCAUUUACCUUUAUUACUUUCAUUUCAUGGAAGCUGACGUGUCCUGGUAACCUUAGAGCUAGGAAAGCGAAAAAGGACAGUAGGUAAAUUUCAGGACUGAAUACAUAAUUGCAAAGUAUUCGUGAAAAUGUGGAAGUACAUGUGAGGUUGCAUAUUGGAAGGUUAUAGUGAAAUCAAAAUUAUCAAAUGGUUUAUAAGCUGCCUAUACUCCGUUACUGUGUUACUAUGUUUAAGGGGACAUUUCUCUAUUGAAAAAUCUCAAAAGUAAUAGGUCACCGUUGAUAAAGGACCAAGCAUAUCUCAUAUUUGACAACAAAUACAACUAUCACUAAAUAUACAACUCUGUACAUUCUAGAUGUCUUUUAUUUUCACUGGCUAGUUUGUAUUGGAGUGACUCAGCCGCUAAGAUUUGACACCUGCUGGUUGAGUAGCAGAGUUAUAGGGUUCUCCUUGCUGCUGUUUAGUGUGCCUUGUUACUUUUCCAUUGUUUCUGUCCUCCUGAAUUGUUCUUAUGUAAUGGAUAACUUCUGUGUCUUUAUAAACCACAUCAUAACUCAUAAGCGUAGUUGCAUCUUUGAUUUCAUUUUUGCUAAUGUUAAUAAAACCUCUACUUUUGUUUGAAAGUUUUUCUGGAGAGGUUUGUAGAGCAUGCAGUUAUCAGGAAGGACACGUAGGAAGUCUUAAAGCUCCGUAUUUAGUAGUGGGGUUUUCUUUUUUUUUUUUUUUUUUUUUUGAGAAAAAUAAAGCAUUGCUGAAAGAACAGGGAUUAUGUAUAAAUUGUGCUGGGAUUUAAAAGCUUCCAGUGAUUACAUUAGCAGUUUUUACCAGCGGUGUGCAAAUAAGAAUGCGGUGUACACAAAGUGAGCUUGCUAUACCUCCACAACAGGGAAUAUUUUGCUGAAACAUCUGACUGCAUACCUAUUCCCAAUUCCCUAUUCGGCUCACUGCCCAGUAUAGUAUUUUGUCUUAAAUGUUUUUAAUAUUCAUAGUACAUGUGUCAUGUAAUUAAACUUUAACCAAGUAGGACGUGUUAAAAUGAGCUAUAGUUUUUCAUUCAGGCAGAAAGAAUUACAGUACAUUUUAUGGUACUAUUUACUGAUCCAUUGGGUUUUCAGGUUAGAUUGCUUAACAUAUUAAAUUGGUUAUCGCUGAUCCAUUGAUGACAUAAUCUCUGCAUUUUAAAGAGAACAAUCCAGAGCAGAGUGUUUAAAUCAUUCACAGAAACCUUCACAGCAUUAGCUAUCAGUUUGUGUCCUGCUUUAUCCCUCUUCUUUCCAUCUUUGCAUGUGACCCUCCAUUCUGAGAACAAUAAAUAUACUGUUCUCGCAAAAAGUCCAUAAUAACCAAAGUAUUAAAAAAUAUAUAUAUUAUAAAUAAUAAAACGAAGCACUCUAGGCACCAAAACAACUUUGGCUUAUUGAAGUGGCUUUGGUAAAUGGAUCAUGCUCCUGCAACGAUUUUAGAAUUUGCUAUGUUUGUCUUGUAACAACAUUUUCACACAAAAGUAUAUAUUUAUAUAUUGUAGACAUCACAGGCCAUUUACCUAAUGGUAUUUUGAUACUUAUUCCGUAGCCAAUAUCUGAUAAAUAUUUGAUUAAUUUUUUAUUUUUUUUUAGAUUUUUAGUUUUUUGGGGGUUUUUUUUGUGUGUAUUUAAUUUUUUUUAUGUAUACUUCAUAAACCUGAUGUGUGCUACUACUGUGAAAAACAUAACGUGUUCAGCUAAAACUACCGAACUGUAUCCCUAACACAAUAGGAUCCCUCUGCCCCAUGGUUGAGCAUCCAGCUACCCUCAUACUAAUUCUCCUAUCUUAUAAUUUGAGCAAAACAUCUUGAGAAGCUUCCUUGGGUGCUUUUGCAGGAUAUAGCCACUAGCUGAUUAGCUUGCUUUGUCGUUAAUAGAGUAGCGAUGAGCCUCCAGGUGUAAUGGGGUAAUUCAGCACUGGAAACUAACUUUGGUAUUCCCCGAAUCCUCACAUUACGUGCUUUAGCCUCUCUUCCAGGUUGCCCACUUGUAGUGUCAGGUCGACACAGCGCUUUUGUCGCAAGCCCAGGGCAACAUCCGUUGCCGUUUGCGCUGUUCUAGCCCUUCCCAGAUCUUCUUCCACUGCCAGAAUAGGGCUAGUAAGACCACUGCCAUAUCCUCUUGUCUUGCAUCAGAGUCUUAAUAUUGGCCUUAAUGGAUGGAGCAGAAUCUUUCUGCCCUGGGGAUACUUGUGCAAUGGGGCAUACCUACUGAACUGUCGCGAUGUAUGUCUAGUUUGCAUGGGUGGGCUUUGGGAAUUACAAUACGAUGUGCAAUUCUGUUUUCUCAACAUGUUCUGUUGAUUCCAAAUGCAGUGUGGCAUGCUGAUCUGAUGGGCAUUUUGACAUUCUUUCCAAUAGCAUGUUAAAUCCUCUUACUCUCCGGGGGAUUCACACUUUCCCAUCGUUUUUAUUCAGAAAUGUAAAACAUUAUAAAGUUGUUGUUUUUUUCUCCCUAUUCUUAUAUAACCCAUAAUUCUUUUAAUCCAUCACUUCCAAUAUAUUUACAGAUUAUGAGCCCAGCUCUGUUUAAGGACAUGGCCAACAGAACAAAAAAAUACAAAAGAAAGAUUUACUUGAAUGUCAAAAGGUUUACAAAAUAUUAAUUCUCAUGUGUUUAUAGUAGAAAGACAUUUUCAUUUAGCGCAAAUAAUUAUUUCAUAAUGUAUUGUUUACAUGUACAAGAUCCAAACUUUAUUAAUUGCAUGAUUUGCUAAGUAAGUCUUGUUUCCAAGAAAAGUGGCCCAGUUCUUUAUACUGUGCUAGAAGAAAACACUGGGGUUUAUCCAUUCUACAUUUUCUUUUUCGGCUUUAUUUUUUUGUUGUUGUUGUGGUUGUUGUGUAUUAUACUAGAAAGCUCAGCGUUUAGAAUAAACAAAACCUGACGGGUUAAACGUAUUUCCCCAAAACAAGCUAAUUUGGAAGUAUGUUCUACAUUUUAACUGCCUUCUUUUGAAUAAAAAAAAAAAAGAAAAUAAUAUUUUCUUUGCAUCUCUAUGAUACUUGUCUUAUUAAUGUUUUUAUUUGUUUCAGCAAUGGCGACUGAUACCUUAUCUUGCUGCUACAUACGCUUUGGACUAUUUUUCCAAAUGCUUCUUCAUGAAUUUAAUAGAGCUUCAUAUCGGUAUUUUAAUGAAAGAUAAAAGUCAAAGACAGGUAAAGUAUCACAAUAAACAUAUACUCUUAUUUGCAUAAUGUGCAGAUUUAAAGUCUACAUCUGCCAAAAGCUCUUGUGCUCCUAAUUUUAUUUAUUUAUUUUGACUGCGACUGAAUUCCAUCUUGUGUUAAAAAUUGAAAAAAAAUUGAAAAUUCAGUGUAACCAGUUGCAAUAAAGUAUGUUUUUUUCCUCUGUGCGUAUGUUAUGCUAUUCGAUGUCCAAAUAUUAGUGAUGUCAGCAGAAAUUUACUUGUGUUUAUAAAAAGCCAAUUGUGCCUUAGGAUCUCUGUGGUUUGUAUUUUUGAAGUUCGGUGGAUGAAAGAUGAUUUAUUUGUGAUAAUUCCCUGCAAUCUACUGUCUAGACUUUCGAAGUAAUAAUAAAUCUCAACUCUCUGGUCAGAGAAAUUAACUUUGCUGUUUCCUUUUGCAAACGAGGGUGAUUUUUCCAUUUCUCUGAAAUUGCCUUUUUAUUUAUUUCAAGCUACUAUAUGUUCUAUUGCUUGGAAAUUCUUUCAUAAAUCCCAUUUAAACAUUUUCAUUAAUUUCAUAUGUAUUAUACACUUGUAGACAUUACAGACUUAUACAAAUAUAUUGUUUUCUUUAACGCAUAACUCUGUCCAUGGCAUUUGCUUAAAUAAGAGCACCAUGCAAGGUCAAUCUUUCAGAAGCUCUGUAUUUUAUAUCACACCUAAUGGCUGACACAAUAUGAACCGAAUUUUGUUUUCAUUGUGUACAAAAUGGCAACUUUGUCCUUAUGUAUUUCUAAACUACAUACUAGUCUGUUUCCAGUCAAGGAAAAGAAAAUCUAGGAAAAAGUGGAUCACACUGCAAAUUAGGGGGCACUCCAAAUGGCAAAUUUGUUUUGUGUCCCUUAGGUACGUACUGAGAACUCUCUGAAGAACUGCGCAAUUGCUUCUCAAUGCACAUGUUGAAUUCGGUUUUUAUUGGAUGCUAAUACAUUACAUUUUUUGUUUUUCCCAUUACAAAUUGUAAAGGAUAUUGCUUUCUUUUUUUUCCCUUGUAUUUUAUUUGCCUAGAUUCAAGCUUGGUUGGUUUGUAGUUAAAGUUAAUGCAAGAGGGAAGUCUGCUCUGAAAUUUAGAAGUGGAUCCUGUCACAUAUACACUGAACAAAAUUAUAAACGCAACACGUUUGUUUUUGCCCCCAGUUUUCAUGAGUUGAUCUGAAAGAUCUAAGACUUUUUCUAUGUACACAAAAGGUAUAUUUCUCUCCAAUAUUAUUCCUAUAUAUGUGUUAGUGAGCACUUCUCCUUUGCCGGGAUAAUCCAUCCACCUCACAGGAUAUCAAGAUGCUGAUUAUACUGCAUGAUUAUUGCAAAGGUGUGCCUUAGGCUGGCCACAAUAAAAGGCCACUCUAAAAUGUGCAGUUUUAUCACACAGCACAAUGCCACAAGUCUUGAGGCAGUGUGCAAUUGGCAUGCUGACUGCAUGAAUUUCCACCAGAACUGUUGCCUGUGAAUUGAAUGUUCAUUUCUCUACCAUAAGCCUUCUCCAAAGGCGUUUCAGAGAAUUUGGCAGUACAUCCAACUGGCCUCACAACCGCAGACCACGUGUAACCACACCAGCCCAAGACCUCCACAUCCAGCAUCUUUACCUCCAAGAUCGUCUGAGACCAGCCACCCAGACAGCUGCAGCAACAAUCGGUUUGCAUAACCAAAGAAUUUCUGCAUAAACUGUCAGAAACCGUUUUAGGGAAGCUCAUCUGCAUGCUCGUCGUCCUCAUUGGGGUCUCGAUCUGACUGCAGUUCGUCAUCGUAACCGACUUGAUUGGGCAAAUGCUCACAUUCUAUGGCAUCUGGCACUUUGGAGAGGUGUUCUCUUUAUGGAUGAAUCCCGGUUUUCACUGAAUAGGGCAGAUGGCAGACAGUGUAUAUGGCAUCGUGUGGGUGAGCGGUUUGCUGAUGUCAACAUUGUGGAUCGAGUGGUGGUGGGGUUAUGGUAUGGGUAGGCAUAUGUUAUAGACAAUGAACCCAGUGCGUUUUAUUGAUCGCGUUUUGAAUGCACAGAGAUACCGUGACGAGAUCCUGAGGCCCAUUGUUGUGCCAUUCAUCCACGAUCAUCACCUCAUGUUGCAGCAUGAUAAUGCAUGGCCCCAUGUUGCAAGGAUCUGUACACAAUUCCUGGAAGCUGAAAAUAUCCCAGGUUCUUGCAUGGCCAGCAUACUCGCCGGACAUGUCACCCAUUGAGCAUGUUUGGGAUGCUCUGGAUUGUCGUAUACGACAGCGUAUUCAAGGACCUGCCAAUAUCCAGCACCUUCGCAGAGCAAUUGAAGAGGAUUGGACCAACAUUCCACAGGCCCCAAUCAACAACCUAAUCAACUCUAUGCGAAGGAUAUGUGUUGCACUGCGUGAGGCAAAUGGUGGUCACAACAGAUACUGACUGGUUUUCGCAUUCCCCCAGACCUCCCCAAUACAGUAAAACUGCACAUUAUAGACCUUUUAUUGUGGCCAGCCUAAGGCACACCUGUGCAAUAAUCAUGCUGUCUAAUAACCUGUGAGGCGGAUCUUGGCAAAGGAGAAGUGCUCACUAACACAGAUUUAGAGAAAUAGGCCUUUUGUGUACAUAGAAAAAAAUCUUAGAUCUUGGAAUUCAGCUCAUGAAAAAUGAGGACAAAAACAAAAGGGUUGCGUUUAUAGUUUUGUUCAGUGUAGUUGCUGUAAACUGUUCUUGAUGAAGAAUACCAGUAUAGUGUAUAAUUCUUAUUUUUGAAUAUAACUUGCUAGCAAAGCAUAUGUAGCGUAAUUAUAGUAGACUUCUCUGAUUAGUUUUUAUGAGAAGUAUAGAUGUCAUUUAUAGACAUUUUAAUGUUGUUGGUUUUCUUUAAUAGGCUGAGAUGGCAUUGCCAUACACUGCUUUCUGGAGCCCCUUACCUCCCCAGACAUUUAUCAUGUCUUUCCGUAUUACAUUGUUCCUCUUUAUUUGGUCCAUGAACAGCUACUUUUAUUUCCCCACACAUAUGGUGGAUCUAUCAGACCUGCUGGGACCUCUUCCUGGCAUGACAUGACAAUAUAAUGUUAUGAGUCCACGAUCUGUGGUCUUCGUCAAUGACACACCCCGCAAACAGUCAACACAUCGACUAUUUUUUUUUCUCCCUACACCACAAAAUACUUUGAUACGAUCACUCCUAAAGUAUGUCUCUGCCUCUUUUACACCUGUAAAAUUAAAGUAUCCCUCUUUGUCCAUUUGAGAUGUUUUGAGGUAUGGGAUAUGUACUUUAAAAUCGACUAUUGUAACCCAACUCCAUGACCGAAUAAGGUUACAAUCAGCUUGUCUUUUCUGUCUGUUUAAACUGGAUUGCAAAACAAUUCUCUGAUGGAAUAUUAGAGUUACGUCCAAGCAAACAAAACAUAAAACGGUUAAAUUAACCAAAAUAAAGCUGACUGGAUGAACGCCUGGGAACAUUAUCCAUAAAAUUCUCCAUGUGUCAGUUACAAAUCUGGUAACAUUUGUUCUCUUUUUAGCUUAUUUCUGUAUUGCUUCAAUUAAACUUUACCGGCAUUGCCAUUCAGUCUAAUAAGCACAGCAUGUGGAGCACAUUUUUAAUUAUCAUUGGGUCUAGAACUCUUUUUCCAGCACGGUUGUUUGUAUUUUUUUUUUUUUUUUUACAAUAUUCCAAAACAUAUCUUCAACUACCAGAAAACUACAUUCCGUAUUAUUUCUCGUUUUUUACAACUGUUAACAAAUUAUUUUUCUGCAACACCUGUGCUCCUAGUAUAGCAAUGGGAUCGGAAUUUUUUUUUAAUUUUUUUUAUUUUAUGUACUCAAGUUUUUUUAUGUGUUUGUGUCUGACAUGCUCUUUUAACCAGGGGGUAUUGGACUGCAAAUUCUUUUGCGAUUUAGUCAUUUCCAAUACAGCUUUAAUAUUUUGGAUUUCUGUAAUACUAGAACAUAAACAAAAUAUAGGUAUGAAAAAUAUAAAACCAUUAAAUUUACAAUAUGCCAAGAAAGUUAAUUUCUGUGUACACCAGUAAUUUCAAUUAUUAAACUCCACAAUUUACAUGAUGAAGGCCAAAAAGCGCACCUAUUUUCCUUUUAUAUUUUACCGUUGUGAGCUACUUAAAGGAUGCAUUGCAUUUUAUGGGUCAUCCUUCCUUUCUAUGUCUUACAUAUUUUAGGCAGAGCUUGGCAGAGAAAUCCAUGCUUUGUCUUCUGCCGGUAAACCUCUGGCAUCAUGGACAGCACAGCAGGCGGCGCAAGAAUGCCGAGAAGCAUGUGGGGGUCACGGAUUUCUAGCGAGUGAGUAUACAAGAAUGUCAUAUCACAAGGGUGGACAAGAUUUAGACGAAUUGUGAUUUCAUCCAUUAGUCAGCCAGAGUUAAGCAAAACUAUUUCAGCUGGCUGGAUUGUCUUAAAGUAAACUUUUUCAAAAUGAGUAAAAUAGUGUAUGGAUCAAAACAAAAAUUUCAAAAGUGUGAUGGAUAAGCUUUGCACACCAGAUAUACCAGAUUACUCGAAAUACUUGUAACAUUUUCUCAGCAAGCAAGGUUCUUUACUAAAAUGUGGCUUGUCUAAAUCAAAGUUAAUUUACCUUACACAUAUUGAAAACAGACCAGAUUUGGAAACUUUUAUAUUUUGAAAUGAACUUUGAAUACACAUAAUCCACAAUUGUUCUGUUCGGGUUAUAAAUCUGUACCUUUUUGGUACACCGAGUCCACGAAUAUGAUACAGACUAAAGUAAAGCAAGGGUAAAAACAAUGUGUUUUACAUAUAUUUUGUGUUUUAAUGUUUAAAUCUUUUUGUACAAUGAAGGCAAACUGCAUCAGUUAGUUAUUUGCAGAAUAUACUUAUAUAAUGUUCUAAUGAUUGAGAAAUAUGGUUUUAAAAGAUGUACAAACAUUCCACAAGCUAAUCUAAACAAUGUAAACCAGUCAUGUCACAACUGUAACACAAUUAAUAGCCUAUGUUUCAGCUAUUAUAUGCUAAAUUGGUUUAAGAAAGGGAUAGCAAAACCUUUCAGUAGCACUGUGCCAAAAUAAGACUUGGAAAUCCAUUGGCGUGCCAGUCCCAUUUUUUUUUUUUUUUCCUUUGAUGUGUGAGUUCUGCUUUUCUUAUGUACGAGUUCUGUAGCUGCUUUGUGAGGUUGUUUUCAUGUGUAAAUGUGCUGUUAUAUUGUGUGUAAGCAGUCUGUGUGUUACAUGUGGGUUGUGUAUCAUGUUGUGUGGUAUUGUGUAUGUGGAUGAUAGGUCAUAUUGCAUUUGGGGUGAGUGUCGGGGGGGUUAAGGGGAAGUUGCAUGUGUCAUGUACAUUUGUGUGUUUCAAUGGCGUUGUGUCUAAGUGUGGGCUGUUUGUAGCAUUUCUGUGUGGGUUAUGCUUCUUCUGCAGCCUCGUUUGUAUAUCUUGCUGAGUGGAUGGAUUCCUUGCGGUCCACUCGGGCCCAGGCUGGCCAGAUAGAAUAGUUUGGGCUGCGGUAGCUCUUGCUGGCUGCUCUCUUCCAGCGUCAAUUCCCUUUAACAAGUUCUGGGAGAAAGUGAUCAUAAAUCACUUCCUCCAAGUGCUGCAAUGAAUACAUUGAGGACUGCCAUUCACCACCUUCUACAAUCACCACUGGUGCUGAAUGUUCAGUAUCUGAAGAAGUCCCACUAUGGAACAUUCUCAGAUAUCUGCAGCCCCUUGCAUGCCGUGCAAAUUCACUUUGCUGAUCACUGUACCAAGAUAUUGAUCAGUUUUCUGAACUGGAAAAUUGUAUGUAUUAACAUUUUAACCCCUAAUCCUAAAGCUCAACAACAGCAGAACAAAUUGUCAAAUUACCCAAAUAUUUGAAAAUCAGUGAACCAUUAAGGAUUUAUGAGUUUAAAGUGGGCACGCAGAAAUUUAUUCUUAUGACAUAGAUGUAUGUCUACUGUGGAAUCACCAUGUUAUUUAUUCUUUCUACAGUGAACCGUCUAGGAGACAUCCGGAAUGACAACGACCCAAACUGCACAUAUGAAGGAGACAACAACGUGUUGCUUCAACAAACUAGCAACUAUUUACUGAACUUGGCCCCCUCUCUAGGUGAUGGUAAGUAUUUGUAGCACUAUAAAUGUCAGGAAUGUAUCCUGUAACCUGUAGACACAUUUUAGUGUUUAUGGUAACUGUAAUUUUUAGUGAGGUCACUAUGGUCAGUCCAAAAUGGAACACUGCAUACUGAAGAACCUGGUUGAUCAUCUGUAGAAUCAAUACAUUUAAACCAUACAUAAAUAUAAUUAUUUUUUCUAUUUGUUGCAAUAGUUUCUAGGAAGGAAAUGUUGAAAUAUGAGUUUUUUUACAUUUUAUAUAGUCAUUAGUGGUUUAUUAAUAGUCCUUAUUAUGAACCUUUUAAAGGAGCCAAUUGGAAUUUGCUCACUGUCACAGUUUACUUAAAUUUAAUUUCCAGUCCUAUGUUUCCUAAAUUUGUAAAUGCAAACAUCAUGGCUCACAUUGUAUAACGUUUCCUUUACACUGAUUUUCCAGUAGUUAUAGCCCGUGAAAUUCUACUUUUCACAGGAGAAACUCAGUCCUUGGUAUAUAAAGAAAAGUUGCAGGUGUUUCAGUAAAAUAUGUGCUCCGUGUGAAAGGAUAGAAAACGUUUUAUUGCAUAGAAACCCUUGGAGAACGCAUACCUUCUGUUCAUUAUUAAUGGCCGCUUAUAGCAACAGGACAAGCGUUUAGUUAUUGGGUAUUUAAAGCGUUACUCGAAGCACCAUGACCAUUUCACUGAUUUAAAAUGGUCAUGGUGCCUGGAGUCUAAAUAUACAGCAUUUUGCUAUAAAAUGCUGCAAAUAUAGAGAUAAACCUCUCUGCUGGGAUGUCAUUAGCCUGCCCUAAACAAGAGUGGGAGUUUGGUUCAAAUUUGGCAUCUGGUGCCAGACAGCCAAUGAUGGCCUGCCUUCCCUCCAUUUUGCCAAUGUCCUCCCUCAGCCCACCCUUCCUGACAACCCUCCCUUACCGGUUAGUGGAGGAAGAUAGAACUGAGGUGAGGACAAAUGUAGCCUCCGCGCUCGAAAGUAAUGUCUUUUUUUCUUUUUUUUGUAAAUAAACUUUUGACCAACAGAUUUUUACACAUUUUUGUAAAUAUUUUAUUAUAUCUUUUCAUAUGACAACACUGACAAGAAAUGACACCUUUGCUACAAUGUAAAGUAGUAAAUAUAUAACAGUGUAAAUUUGCUGUCCCCUCAAAAUAACUCAACACACAGCCAUUAAUGUCUAAACCGUUGGUAACAAAAGUGAAUACACCCCUAAGUGGAAAUGUCCAAAUUGGGCCCAACUAGCCAUUUUCCCUCCCCGGUGUCAUGUGACUCGUUAGUGUUACAAGGUCUCAGGUGUGAAUGAGGAGCAGGUGUGUUAAAUUUGGUGUUAUCGCUCUCACACUCUCUUAUACUGGUCACUGGAAGUUCAACAUGGCACCUCAUGGCAAAUAACUCUCUGAGGAUCUGAAAAAAAAAAAAGAAUUGUUGCUCUACAUAAAGAUGGCCUAGGCUAUAAGAAGAUUGCCAAGACCCUGAAACUGAGCUGCAGCACGGUGGGCAAGACCAUACAGCGGUUUCACAGGACAGGUUCCACUCAGAACAGACCUCGCCAUGGAUGACCACAGAAGUUGAGUGCACAUGCUCGGCGUCAUAUCCAGAGGCUGUCUUUGGGAAAUAGACGUAUGAGUGCUGCCAGCAUUGCUGCAGAGGUUGAAGGGGUGGGGGAUCAGCCGGUCAGUGCUCAGACUAUACGCCGCACACUGCAUCAAAUUGGUCUGCAUGGCUGUCAUCCCAGAAGUAAGCCUCUACUAAAGAUGAUGCACAAGAAAGCCCACAAACUGUUUGCUGAAAACAAACAGACUAAGGACAUGGAUUACUGGAACCAUGUCCUGUGGUCUGAUGAAACCAAGAUAAACGUAUUUGGUUCAGAUAGUGUCAAGCGUGUGUGGCAGCAACCAGGUGAGCAGUACAAAGACAAGUGUGUCUUGCCUACAGUCAAGCAUGGUGGUGGGAGUGUCAUUGUCUAGGACUGCAUGAGUGCUGCUGGCACUAGGGAGUUCAUUGAGGGAACCAUGAAUUCCAACAUGUACUGUGACAUACUGAAGCAGAGCAUGAUCCCCUCCCUUCGGAGACUAGUCCGCAUGGCAGUAUUCCAACAUGAUAAUGACCCCAAACACACCUCCAUGACGACCAAGUGCCUUGCUAAUGAAGCUGAAGGUAAAGAUGAUGGACUGGCCAAGCAUGUCUUCAGACCUAUACCCUAUUCAGCAUCUGUGGGGCAUCCUCAUACGGAAGGUGGGGGAGUGCAAGGUCUCUAACAUCCACCAGCUCUGUGAUGUCAUGAAGGAGGACUCCAGUGGUAACCUGUGAAGCUCUGGUGAACUCCAUGCCCAUGAGGGUUAAGGCAGUGCUGAAAAAUAAUGGUGGCCAUACAAACUAUUGCCACUUUGGGCUCAAUUUGGACAUUUCCACUUAGGGGUGUACUCACUUUUGUUGCCAACAGUUUAUACAUUAAUGGCUGUGUGUUGUUAUUUUAAGGGGACAGCAAAUUUACAAUAUUAUACAGGCUGUACACUUACUACUUUACAUUGUAGCAGAGUGUCAUUUCUUCAGUCUUGUCACAUGAAAAGAUAUAAUAAAAUAUUUUCAAAAAUGUGAGCGUUGUACUCACUUUUGUGAGAUACUGUAUAUACAUUGUGUAUUCACUGGUGCUUUAAUUUAUUUCACAGAUAAUGUUACGUUUGAGACUCCUCUUGGAUCGGUCCAGUUUCUUAAUGAUUUUAAAAAGAUUUUGGGGCAAACUUUCAAAGCAAAAUCAAUGGAUGAAUGUCUAGAUUGUACAGGUAAAAUUAACUUAAUUGAUUAAUGUAAUUUGGAGUUUACUAUGCAGUGGACUGUUAUUUUCAGUAUAUAAAGAAAAUGUGGUAAGCAUGCAUUUGCUAAUUUUACAUAUUGUGUGUAAGAAAAUCAACUUAUAAAUAUAUAUAUAUAUAUAUAUAUAUAUAUAUAUAUAUAUAUAUACACACACAUACAUAUACAAGUCUAAUUUGGAGGGGGGGUAAAGAAUCAUUACCAUCCAUAAUACAGUUACAGUUCAUGAUGGAAAAAUGUAUUUGUUAUUUAUUUUGUUAAUCUUUGUUGUGGCAGGUUAAAAAAUGUGCCAAACUCAAUCAUUUGUCGGUGCAAAGGUUAGAUGUUACAAGUUUGGGUUUAUGAUAGGGUUAGAUGCAUUCGAGCUAGGUAUUUACAUAUGCCAUAUAGAUUCAUUGUUUUUAAGUUGUUGCUCAUGGAAUUCCAUAAUAACCACAAUCAACUUUUAACUCACUGCUGUCUCGUUCCGCAGUCAAAAGAAAGUGGUGAGAUAAUCCUUUAAUCCUAAUAAACCAGGAGAGAUGAUAGUAAGUAGUCUCUAGGAAGAGAGAGUGCAACAAAACACUGGAUUUAGCGGUUUAAAAUUACCAGUCAUGGCUGGUUCACUUUAAAGGUUACGGGGAUCCUCAUAAUUCCUGACAACCUUUCUCCCUGAUGUAAAGUACGUGUAUUUGGUGAAUUUCAAGUUUAUACUCUUUGCACACCUUUCAUUCAAUAUUGUCAUAAUAAUCCUAUAAAACGCAGGUCUGUGCCUUGUCCUCCCUAUUACAAUGCUAAUCUUUUAGUCUACCAUAUUUAUCCAGGGCAUCCUUUGACAAUAAAUCCUUAAAGGAUCACUAUAGGGUCAGGAACACAAACAUGUAUUCCUGACUCUAUAGUGUUAACACCACCAUCUAGCCCCCCUGGGCCCCUCAUGCCUCCAUAAAUAUAGUAAAAAUCUUACUGUAUUCAAACCUGAAGCUGUAAAUCUGCAUGCUGUUAGACUCAGAAAAACAAGCAGUCUGCUGACAUGUGAUAGCCUGAUCCAAUUACAGUGCUUCCCCAUAGGAUUGGCUGACACCAACAAAGAGGCAGAUCAGGGGCAGAGCCAGCAUGAUUAAAACACUGCCCUGGCCAAUCAGCAUCUUCUCAUAGAGAUGAAUUUAAUCAAUGAAUCUCUAUGGGGAAAGUUCAGUGUCUGCAUGCAGAGGGAGGAGACACAGUGCUGCCCUGUGCUCUGCUGACAGCAGAUCUGAGUGGAUGGUGGCAUAUUAUGCCUCCAUCAACUCCGAAGUCCCUCUGGUUCACUCUGAGUGACUGCAACUGGAGGUGUUCCUAGCUUUCAAUGUAAACAUUGUAUUUUCUCAGAAAAUACAGUGUUUACAUGAGAAAGGCUGCAGGGAGCUGUAGUUAUCACCUGAACAACCUCAUUAAAGGACCACUAUAGUGCCAGGAAAACAUACUCGUUUUCUUGGCACUCUAGUGCCCUGAGGGUGCCCCCACCCUCAGGGUCCCACUCCCGCCGGGCUCUAAGGGGAGGAAAGGGUUAAACUUACCUCUUUCUCCAGCGCCGGGCGGGGAGCUCUCCUCCUCCUCUCCUUAAUUUCUCGGCUGAAUGCGUAUGCGCGGCAGGAGCCACGCGCGCAUUCAGCCAGUCUCAUAGGAAAGCAUUCACAGUGAGAAGCGCGGAAGCCCUCUAGCGGCUGUCAAUGAGACAGCCACUAGAGGCUGGAUUAACCCAUUUAUAAACAUAGCAGUUUCUCUGAAACUGCUAUGUUUAUAGAAAAAAAGGGUUAAACCUAGCUGGACCUGGCACCCAGACCACUUCAUUAAGCUAAAGUGGUCUGGGUGCCUAUAGUGGUCCUUUAAGCUGAAGUUGUUCAGUUGACUAUAGUGUCCCUUUAAGAAUUAUGUCCUUUCCUUUGCAUACUCUGUUACUGCAAUAAAAAAAGGGACAUUCCACUGACCAAUAAAAAAAACAAAAAAAAAAAACUCAGCUGUACCUACAAUGAACACCUGCAUGCAUUCAGGGGUAUAUAUAUCUCUAUCUUGUAUAAGCUGCAGAUGUCUUGUCUAAAGCCUUUCCCUUCUAUCCACACCCAUACUUUUUCUGUGGCUGUCCAAUCACAGACUUUCGAAUGCAGCUCAAUUUUUUGCAAGACAGGUACUCUGGGCAAUUGCUGCCUCUUGAGUCUAGCUCCACUGUGAAAAACAAUCGGGAUGUAAUAGGACUGGUGUGUCUAACAGCCAGGGGGUUGUACCAAUGUUAAUUUAUAAAUGUGUCAAUUAGAGCACUUCAAUAUUUUGCUUACAAACCUACUGUGCACUAAUCUUGCAUAUCAGCUGCCAUAUAAUCUCUUAUCUGGUUGAAAUAAUAACAUGGGUUUAUUUACUGAACCAUGAAUUGCUCUCAAUUGAAGCCACAGUUACAACUGUUAGCAUAAAAUUUCAGACUUGGAAUUACAAGUUGUCUUUUAUGGCCUAUAUGUUGCAUUUUGAUUUUUAUUUCGCCACAAUUUGCUAUUUAGGCCCCCCAGUUACUCAGCUGUCCAGUUCAGACAAUGAGAUCAGUUGAUCCAGCUCAGCGAUAGCUACAUCCUUUUGCCAUCUCAUUGUAGUUGUAUUGCUGGGAGGUGCCUGUUUAUUUUUCAGCAUAGCUCCUCUCCCGUGGGGCCAACAUGAAUAUGAUUAGCACUUGGGUCACGCUCAUCUAUCUAGUGCAGGACAGUAAAAGUUUUUCCCUUGUGAUUUGCUGAGACAUAAACAUGAACUCCACACCCUGACUGCCUGUAAGAUGAGAAGACAAAGUCAGUCUAGACGCCACCUUCUCCUUAGCCGUGGGGCUCAUUUAUUUUUUUGAGCCUGUCACUUGUUGCUAAGCAUUGUAAACAGAUGUGCAAAAUGAAGAUGUUUGUGAAAAACUUUAAGUUGGGUAAAGUUUAUAAUUGUCUGCUUAUGAAAUGUUAAAAAAUAACUUCGGUUUCAAAUAGUGUCAGAAGUAUCAGAUUCAUCAGACAAACACUGCACAUUAUUUUAUACAUGGCCAUGCAUUUUCCGAACUAGUUAAAAUAACAUUUUGCCCGUCAAAUUAUACGUGUCAGCUUAGUCAUUCACCCGGAGACUACAGCUGCUUACAAUGGAUUUUCGCUUGGAGCAGAAUAACCUCUGAAUGCAUACCAGGCUGACGGUACUAGGAAUCUAGGAUAGAACCUGUCAUCCCAAAACAAACAUCCCGUCCCAAGAAAAUGAAAUCUUUUUUUUUAUAAUGAUCUAGCAGUAUUGGUAUCCCAGGGUGUUUUAAAUCUGCUGGUUCUGAAACGUAUUUAAAACAUUAACCCUUCGAUUAUAAGAAGUCUUUGCUUCAAUUGUGGAUAAAACAGUUUGUGAGUUGACGCACUUACUCAUCAGAUCAGGAAUUAUUAUGUAAAAAAAAAAAAACAUUAUAGUUUUGUUCAAAACUAUACAUCCCUGUUAAUAUUAAAAGUUUUUGAAUUUUACCAUAUGUGGUGGUGGUGGAGGCUUAACAAUUGAAGUUUUUUGGGUGACUUAGCCAUUUAUUUUAUUUUGUUUUAUUCAUAUAUAAUCUCUGUUACUCAACUCUCAAAUCACUAUUCGUGACUAAAUCCCCUUUAUUACUUGCUUAACCUUGCAUUUUGGGUGAACAGGAUUCACUUGACUGCUAAUUAAAGGACCACUAUAGGCACCCAGACCACUUCAGCUUAAUGAAGUGGUCUGGGUGCCAGGUCCAUAUAGGUUUAAUAGUAAUGGUAAAUGAAUGAGACAGCACUUGUCAACUGAUAGGCAGCAACCCUUAAAGGGGAAUCCCUCAAAAACCCUUUAAAACAAGAUAAAAAGUAACAAAUAGAAAAGGCUGCACCACAUAAAAUAUAAUAAAAGUAAACAAAGUCCAAGUAAUAAGAAGUCCAACUUGUAUGUCCUUGCGAAUAGUCUUUUUAGGAGGCUGGUAUAGUGGUAGGGUGUUCAAAUAUAGUAGUGGUUCCACUUAUAUAGAAGAUAAAAGAGAGGGACAACCAAUAGUGCAAUAUGUAUAGCUCAAAUAUGGACGUAGUAUAAAAUAAUGGUAGAGAACUCCCAUUUACAAGAGCUUAAAUCCAGCUCUAGGGUAAAGCGCGUACAGUGGUAUAAUCCCCGCUUAUGGGAUAUGUGGUGGGUACCUCUCCGUCAGUGGUGUCCAGUUCUUUUAAAAAAUGAACUGUUCUUUAACCUCUGAUGCUCGCCGUCAAGACUUCUCCAGGGCUGCACCUUUCCUGUGGAAUUCACUUCCCUCCUCUGUUGCUCACCCAGUCUCCACUCCUUUACUCGGAUUAAACGUCUGCAGUAGUUCAGGUGCCAAAAGCUUUUUUUGUGUAGGAGGCAAGUCUGGCUCCUGUGAGAACCAUCUAGGUUUAACCCUAUUUGCUGUAAACAUAGCAGUUUCAGUGAAACUGCUAUGUUUACCUAUGGGUUAAUCCAGCCUAUAGUGGCUGUCUCAUUGACAGCCAUUAGAGGCGCUUCCGCGCUCCUCACUGUGAUUUUCACAGUGAGAAGACGCUGCCGUCCAUAGGAAAGCAUUGAGAAUGCUUUCCUAGGAGACUGGCUGAAUGCGCCCGCGGCUCUUGCCUCGCAUGCGCAUUCAGCCGGUGAUGUCAGAAGAGGGAGGAGAGUCCCAGCGCCGAGGGAGCCCGGCGCUGGAAAAAAGAUAAGGGAUUAACCCCUUCCUCCCCCUUCAGCGCCACGGGAGUGGGACCCUGAGGGUGGGGGCACCCUCAGGGCACUGUAGUGCCAGGAAAACAAGUUUGUUUUCCUGGCACUAUAGUGGUCCUUUAAGGCUAAUGCCAAAACCUAUUGCAUUUCAAAACUAUGGUUUCCUUACAUCAUAUAGUUCCUCUCAAUAAAUAAAUAACAUUUGAAAAAUUAUCCUGUAUUCAGAAAGAACGUGCCAUGAGCACUUAAUGUGUCACAUAAUUAGUGAUAUAAAUGCUAUAUCAUUCACUCUUAUAUCACUAUAUAUCACUGUUGACUAUGGAAAGCUGAAUCUUCGCCUUUACUUUAAAAAAUGAGAUUGAAGUACAAACAUAGGUUUUCCCUUUGUAUAUUCAACAUCCACAAUAUUCGUAGGCCACUCAUACUCUUAGAACCGUCUGGUACUUAAGCAAGUAACUUGUAUUUGUAGUCAACUCCAGCACUUUAACAUCGAGAUUCAAGCUGGCACUAGAUGUCCAUUGAGAGCUUCGUGAAAUAAGGUUCUAUGGUUUACAGGUCCACAGAAUUCCAAGAUACCAUUUGCAAUGGUGGAGUUGCUUAAUGCUCGGUGUCACCAAAUUGUGGAUUACUGUCAAUAUUUCCUGUUGGAAUGUUGAAUGUUGUCCAUCAAACAGUCCAAGAGAUUUUUUGUUUUUAUUUAUUUUUUUGUUUUUUAUGAUUGAGUUGACAUUUCAGUGGAAUUAGCGCACAUCCUAUACACGGUUUUUAAUCCAGAUCUAUUCUUGAAGAAAAAUACAACAUAACAGAUCUGCCUUUAUAACAUGCAAAGAUGUGCUGGACAAUUCUAGGCUUUAAAUUUUUGACAUAUUUGCAGAGACGUUCCUUUCUAAAUAUAACGAACGAUAACCCAAUGUUUAAAAGUGUUGAGUUAUCUCUCUAUCUAUACCCAUUUCCAUUUUGAUCUGAACUAUAUUGAAAGAAUGGAUCAGUAAGUUACAACAGACUUAAAGAACAUAUUAAUACAUAUAGUGAAAGCAUGUAGUUACCCUUCUUACAUCACUUAUAAUAAAUAUGAAAAGACCUAUAUAGAUCUAAAACGGUAUGAGAAACUUCCUCCAUUUUCUUAUCUCUAUCGCAGGAACCUGUGUUUUAAUGUUGUAUCUUAUGUAUGAAAUGUUACAUUGGACAAGCUAAAUGGUUCACUAGUAAAAUAAUGAGAUGUAUAGAUCAGAAUUAGACAUGGUAAUAGGUUAUAAAUAUGGAAACUUAUAUUUGUGCAUCUCAAUAUGUUGUGAAACCACAUUUUAUGUUUGUGAUGUAGUAUGUUAUCUUUCCAAAAUAAAAUAAGAUAAAUAAAAAAAAGUGUUGAGUUAUGGAAAAACUUGAAUAGCCUACCCAAUAGCCCACUAAACAUAGUUUGGAUAAAUUGUGGAACUCCUUCUGCAAAUCAAAUGUCAGAACCAAUCAACCAGCAUUGUACCGGACAUCAUUCAUGCUCUUAAUGGAAGUAAAUCCCAAAUUGUUACAAGUGGGCGGAAUGAUCAAAAGCUAUUUUUCCUAAAAAUUUACUGAUACUUAUGUACUUUAAGAUGCUGUCUGGAACAUUUUUCCAAAGUUUUUUUGUCAUUUGAGUGAUUGCUUGCAUGGUUGUUUUGACCACUCUUUUAAAAAUCAUUCCAUGUUGUGCUUUUAUGCUUGCUAUGUUACAUAGAUAGAUAGAUACAGGUGAUACUCGAAAAAUUAGAAUAUCGUGCAAAAGUUCAUUUAUUUCAGUAAUGCAACGUAAAAGGGGAAACUAAUAUAUGUGAUAGACGCAUUACAUGCAAAGCAAGAUAGUUGUCAUAAGUGCAAUGAUUAUGGCUUACAGCUCAUGAAAACCCCAAAUCCACAAUCUCAGUAAAUUAGAAUAUUACAUGCAAUCAAUAAAACAAGGAGUGUACAUAGAACAAUAUCGGACCUCUGAAAAGUAUAAGCAUGCAUAUGGACUCAGUACUUGGUUUGGGCCCCUUUUGCAGCAAUUCCUGCCUCAAUGUGGCGUGGCAUGGAAGCCAUCAGCCUGUGUCACUGCUGAGGUGUUAUGGAAGACCAGGAUGCUUCAAUAGUGGCCUUCAGCUCUUCUGCAUUGUUCGGUCUAAUGUCUCUCAUCUUUCUCUUGGCAAUGCCCCAUUGAUUCUCAAUGAGGUACAGGUCAGGCCAGUUUGCUGGCCAAUCAAGCACAGUAAUCCCACGGUCAUUGAACCAGGCUUUGGUGCUUUUGGCAGAGUGGGCAGGUACAAGGUCCUGCUGGAAAAUGAAAUCAGCAUCCCCAUAAAGUUAGUCUGCGGAAGGAAGCAUGAAGUGCUCCAAAAUCUCCAGGUAGACGGUUGCGUUGAACCUGGACUUAAUGAAGCACAGUGGACCAACACCAGCAGAUGACAUGGCUCCCCAAAUCUGCACAGACUGUGGAAACUUCACACUGGACUUCAAGCAUCUUGCCGUGUGUGCCUCUCCAUUCUUCCUCCAGACUCUGGGUCCUUGGUUUCCAAAUGAGAUGCAAAAGUUGCUUUCAUCAGAAAAGAGGACUUUGAACCACUGAGCAACAGACCGGGUCUGUUUUUCUUUAGCCCAGGUAAGACGCUUCUGACGCUGUUUGUUGCUCAGGAGCGGCUUGACAAGAGGAAUACGACAUCUGAAGCCCAUGUCCAGGAUCCGUCUUUGUGUGGUGGCUCUUGAUGCACGGACUCCAGCCUCAGUUGACUCCUUGUGAAAGUCCCCAACACUUUUGAAUGGCCUUUUCCUGACAAUCCUCUCCAGGCUGCGGUCAUCCCUGCUGCUUGUGCACCUUUUUCUUCCACACUUUUCCCUUCCACAUAACUUUUUAUUAAUGUGCUUUGAUACAGCACUUUGGGAACAUCCAACUUCCUUCGCAAUUACCUUUUGAGGCUUUCCCUUCUUAUGGAGGGUGUCAAUGAUGGUUUUCUGCACAACGGUCAGGUCAGCAGUCUUCCCCAUGAUUGUGAUUCCUACUGAACCAGACUGAGAGACCAUUUAAAGGCUCAGAAACCCUUUGCAGGUGUUAUGGCUUACUUAGCCGAUUAGAGUGGGACACUGUGAGCCUAGAAUAUUGCACCUUUUCACAAUAUUCUAAUUUACUGAGAUUGUGGAUUUGGGGUUUUCAUGAGCUGUAAGCCAUAAUCAUCUCACUUAUGACAAAUCACGGCUUAAACUAUCUUGCUUUGCAUGCAAUACGUCUAUCUCAUAUAUUAGUUUCCCCUUUUACGUUGCAUUACUGAAAUAUAUGAACUUUUGCACGAUAUUCUAAUUUUUCGAGUAUCACCUGUAGAUGGAUCAGUGUUUACUACUCCAGCUGUAUCUUUAGCAUGCAGAUUUUAUUUGGAGCAUGGUUAUCAUGGCGUCUUUUAUUUUCUUCCCUUUUCCCAAGGUUGAUGAAAUGAGUUCCAUUGAUAUUGGAGAAAAAAAAACAAAUGUAUCUUUCCAUGUUUCAUAUUUUAACUUUUUUGUAGUAGACAUUGGCAUGUGGUUGAUGUUGUUGUUGUUGUUGCUGUUGUUGUAUGGAUAAGGGAAUACACUCUGGAGUACAUAUGUUGACUUCAGCAAAGCUUUUGAAGCAGAUGUCAACAGCUACAUAAGCUCUAAGCUAAUUAAAAAAAAAAAAAAAAAGGUCUUGUUUUUGAUUGUGGUUGAAGUGUUCUUGAAAGAAUGUGAUUAUCUCUGUGUGAAGAACAUUUGUCCUGUUACACCCUUCCCCACCUAAUUAUUUAAAACCGCAUCAGAGAGUUCCUCUGUUUCACUCUGAUUGAGGAUUAAAUGCAUAUAUGUAGCAUUACUGUCUUUCACGUAAAUCACCCAACAGAGAUUCACUUUGAUAAGCAGUUGUUACAGUAAAUGCGGAAUCUUAUCAGAUUAUUUCUAAAUCACAUUAGUGACGCCAUCACAACUAUGAGUCAUAAAAAUCUCUGGCCUCAAUUAGCACCAGAUGUUUUUUGUUUUUUUUUUAUUGGCCCGUAUGGAAGGACUCCAUUUCACUAUUUUUUUUUUUUUUCUGCAAGUAAAAUGUAACCUGUAUAAAUUAUAUAUAAUAUAAACAAUUUAAUCAUAUUUAGAGUAUGGAAUUCACAGCAUGCAUACAUACAUACAUACAUACAUACACACAUAGAUACUGAGCGGACACCACCAGAUAACGCUUUCUCUUUGCCAGUUAAACCCCACCAUAGUCUCAGAGGCAAGGCAUUGGAGUAACAUAUUUAUAGGAAUUGUCUUUAAAAGCUCCUGCAUACAAAGAUGGUGUCUUGGCCUAGUGCUGUUUUUUUCUUCUUUUUUCCUUUUCUCGAAUUUUGUAAUAGUGUUCAGUGUGUGUAGAUUUAGUAGCAGGUCGUAUUGUCAGUACAUACAGGCAGUCCAGGGCAGGCUGGGCCGAGGGGCAGGGAGGCAAUUGCCCCCCAGGCCACCCUAAAUAAUUUUUAAAAAGGCCGCAGCGGGCCGGUCCUAAUGCUGCAGCCGCCUGAGCGCUCUGUUAAGAGCCUCAGGCGGCUGAAGCACAGCUUCUCCCCUCCCCUUCCCUCCUCUUCCCUGUAGCAUGGCCGAGCUCCUCUCCGGUCCACGUAGCCCAUCCGGAGUGAUAGGAAGGUGCACACUCAGUGGGGGGUAAGAAGAACACAGGGAGGAGGGGGGGUAAGAAGAAGAGGUGGGGUAAGAAGAAGGGUGGGGGUAAGAAGAACACAGGGAGGAGGGGGGUAUGAAUAAGGGGAGGGGUAAGAAGAGGUGGGGUAAGAAGAAGGGUGGGUGUAAGAAGAAGAGGGUGGAGUAAGAAGAAUACAGGGAGGAGGGGGGUAAGAAAAAGGGGGGUAAGAAGAAGAGGGUGGAGUAAGAACAACACAGGGAGAAGGGGGGUAAGGAGAAGGGGAGAUGAGGAGAACGGGGGUGUGGAGUGUUGAUCAUUAUUUAAUGUGUAGUUUGCAAUAUAUAUAUGUAUUAUAUGGUAUGGUGCAUAUAUAUAUCUAAUAUGAAUGUACAUUUAGCUGUAUAACAUAGGUGUAUGAAAUAUUGCAGGCCUUUUUGCUUAGAUUUGAAAAAGUUAAAUUUUCAAUGACAUUUCCACAAGGUUAACAGCUAAAAGGUUGAAGUUAAAUUAGAACAAACACAUAUGUUGUCAGUCAAAUGUAUACAAAACACUUCACUUAAUUUUGAAGCUAACUAUAGGCAGAGCCAUCUAGGGUAUAUCCCAAACUUAGAUAUUCAAUACAUUACAUCACGCAACAAGUUAGAAAACCUUUUUGGGAGUAUUACACAGGUGGGGGCUGCUUUAUGGAGGACAUUGUCAUUCACCAUUCAUUCAUUCAUCCAUCUACUCUUACUCUGCCUGCUGUCACCACACAUCUGAAAGGUAUACAGGGACAUAUGCUGUAGCCACUAAUACAUUUGGUAAGAUUAAUUAUUUACUGACUAUUUUUGCAUUCUGUAACAUUCAUUCAAUACACUUUUAUCUUAUAUUUAUUUGAGUCAUUGUUUCAUUUAUUACAAUAUUAUUACAGUGCCUUUUGGGUCUUCAGACACUGGAUUAUUUUAGUGAUAGUCAAGUUAUCAUCUAGAAUGGUUAAGGAAAACAGUAUUUAUAAGUAAUUUGGGAACGGAAGGGUCUGCUCCGUAUACAGCUAUAGAUUGCAUAAAGACACACUAAGCUUAGAAUGACCCGGAGUGACCUUUUGUCGGUAAAGGUCCACAUCAUACCUGAAGCGAGCCAUAACUAUCAAUAUUGAAGGAUCACCGAAAACCGACAGGGGGGACUGAGGGAGACGGGGGGACUGAGAAGAACACGGAGGGUGGGGGGGUAAGAAGAAGAGGGUGGCAUAAGAAGAACACAGGGAGGGGGGUAAGGAGAAGGGGAGAUGAGGAGAACGGGGACUGAGAAGAACACGGAGGGUGGGUGGUGAGGAGAACACAGGAAGGAGAGGGGGUAAGAAGAACACGGGGAUGGGGGAGGUGAGAAGAACACUGGGGGUGAGGAGAACACAUGGGGGGGGGGAGUGAGUAGAACACAGAGAGGGUGGAGGGGGGAGAUGAGAAGAGACCGCUAAGGGAGGGUGGGGGAGAGCUCUAAGGGAGAGAACGGACCGCUCUAUAGGACAGGGGGCAAGACAGGGAGCUCUUUCACACGCGCACACACAAUGCAUUCCUAUACAUACACAGAAACACAACAUGCUUCCCUUACACACAGAGAAACACAACAUGCUUCCCUUACACACAGAGAAACACAACAUGCUUCCCUUACACACAGAGAAACACAACAUGCUUCCCUUACACACACACAAUGCAACCCUUACACACACAGACAAUGCAUCCUUUGCACACAUACACAGGAACACACAAUGCAAAGCCUUACACACACAUGCAAACACACACACUGCAUUUCUUACAUAUACACAGAAACACAAUGCAUCUCUUACACACAUUCAAGGCACACACAUACAUACACACACCUUGCAUCCCUUAUGCAUACAAACACAUAUUCACACAACCAGAAACACACAAUACAUCCCUUGUACACAAAUACACACUGCUUCCACUACAAACACACUGCAUCACCUACACAAACUGGUAUCCCUAUAUACUACAUACCAUAAGCACACAUAUUAUAUCCUCUACAAUAACACAAAACACAUCCCCUACACACUCCACUCCCUGUGAGCGAACUCAUGGGUGGGUGGAGCAUAUAAGUGGUCUUAUGAGUGGGCCUUAUGGGCAUACUCCCCGUCAGACCCUGGGGCUCAGACCUUGAGCUGUGUAAGGGGCCCCAAAAAAUGGAGCUGCUUCCAAUUCUCCCAGAACAUUGAAUUUUGUGACCGCAGUUGCAAACAGCCUCCAGAAAUCCUGUUCUGCACCAGACCAGUGGAGCCAAACUGCAGCCCAUCAUCAUCCUCAUCUGGUUGUAAGUAGGCAAUCUAGUAUGAUAUUAGUGACACUAAUCUAUAAUUUACCUCACAUUAAAGGGACACUAUAGCUUAAUGAAGUGGUUCUGGUGUCUGCAGGCUUUUUAAUGUAAACACACACUGUGUGCAGCACUGGCGUUCGUUCAUAUGGCAGAUCAUAUGGGUGGGGCAUUGUGAUGUCACAUGGCAAAUUUUUCUUUUGCCUCGGGCGGCAAAAAUCCUUGCAUCUGCUCUGAUCCUGUCUACUGGUGACCCACAGGAGGGGAGUGCACUGAUUGCACUGCACUCUCCUCCUGCCCAGACCCAUCUUUACUGCAGUGCAAGUGCCCUCUGCCCCUAAUUUACAGUGGCUCACACUCACAACAAGCAGUGCCUGGAGCCCUUUGCAGAGACGGGAACAAAGAGGUUCUGCGGCAGCUGGCCGUCCUGCAAGCAUUACAUUAAACAGCUGUUCCCCAUGCAGCCACAGGUGGCGCUGUGCUGGGAGAAUGUGAUUACUCUUAACUUCCUCCCAGCCUACAGAGCAGCGCAUGGGAGAGAGAGAAGAGAAGGCAUGGUUUAAUCUUACAACAAAUCCAGUAAGCAAAUCUUUAUAAAUUGGGGGUAUCAGCUCUGUUUCCACAGUUUAUUGGUGUUUACUCUGAUGUCUGUAUUAAUAUUGAGGGAUGUCUAAGUAGGAACAUCAGUGUGUGUCAGCAGGGCCAGACGUUGGGGUGUGCACGCUGUGCGGUCACGCAGGGUUCCAUGACAACAGAGGCGCCCGGCGGCCAACACAGCUCACAAGUUGGGGACACCAGCCUAUUCAGUUUAAACGAUUCGCUGGUGGUCCACGGUGCGCACCAGCAGUAGGUGCAGUCAGAUUAUUUCCUCUCCCUCGUGGUUCCGACGCUCAGUUAGUGAGUCAGAGCACAAGUUCAGAGAUUCUCAGCCUGAGCUCUGACAACAUUGAAAGUCAGAGCCGUGAAGGAGCGGGUAUUAGCAUAACAUCAAUAUCCGUUAUAAAACCAUGAAAAGGUGGGCGUGGAUGGUGAACUGAUUUGGUGGUGCAACGGGCCACUUGACUGGUUUUGCCCCCCAGGCCUAAGGCUGCCAGCCCUCCACUGAUGCAGUCUACUGCAUAAAAAGUCGACCACCUGCUCAUUGCAGUUCAAGUUCAAGGACUGCAUGGUCAAGGGUUAGAAGAAUAGGAAUAUAACUAUGAUGGAGCAUUUUUGUUCAAAACUCAGAAACAAGUUGAGCAGAAACCUGUGUAAACAAGCUUAGAGUGUAAAGGAAGUUGGGAGACCAAAGUGGAAUUUAGUAAGUGCAGGUGAUUGUACUCAGGGCUUAACAUUUGAUACCAUAGGCUACUAGCCAGGCCUUAAAAGAUAUGCACCCCUGCAAGACAUAGUAUACUCAGCAAGGGGAAAAUUCUACUCACCAAGUCUAAAUUUUAACUUGCCAAUGGCUGGUGUUGAGUGGACAUUUUGAGCACUGAUUAUACUUUUAUUUGGUGAGACAGAGGUAUGGACUAUAGUGAAGGGCCAUAGUCGAUUUAAUAUAGAAUCCUUCCAAUAUUGUAUGCCAAGGUAUUAUUUUAUUAACAGCUGCAGACUGUUGGAGAGGUUAUUUAAAGUCAUUCUAGAAGAAUGGGGCAGCCCAUUUUUUUUGGUAAAUUUUAAGUGCCAUCUAUUAUUUGACUGUUUUUAGUUGUUAUCAUGCCAGAUAAUCACCAUCUUCGUAUCUCUAUGAAUCUAUUGAUCUCUAUGAAUAACUGGAUGAGUUAAACGUUUUCGAUUUUCCUUCCCAUAACCAGUUGCACAGUUUGUGUUUACAGGAAAGGUACCCUUUUAGCUUUUUGCUAGUUUCCAAGUACAUCCUGGAUUUUAGAUAUAAUUCCAAAUGGGGUUAGUGUUAGUCUUUAGCCUUGGCAGUAAUGCUUAUUUUAUAAAUUGAUGUCAGAGGUGGGGAGAUUGUUUUUGUUUGCUUUUUCCACAUUUAAAGUUUUAUUCAGGGAAUCAGAUAUGCCAUCAAAUUAAAGUAAAUAUCUGCUAUGGGAAUUGUUAAUUUUAAUUAAACAUGCACUUUACUUAUAUAUUUCAUGUGUCUGGCUUUUUUUAUUGCUCCUUAACAUGGUUAAUAUAUUAUGAUAUAUCCUAUAGGGUAUCAGUGAGAUGCCAUAGCUUACCUAUUUUCCUUCAGAAUAUCCAGAGACUUAGCUAUUGUUAACCUUUUUUUAACACCGGGCCAAAGGUUAGUGUUAAGAUAUUGGGGUUCUUUUUGAGUAAGUGACAACUCAUGAGUAAUGACAAUAUUUGAAACCAGUUGGAAAAUUAGUCACCAAAAUAUGGUUAGCAGCUCCCUUAGAAAAUAAUGGGAGCCAUUAGCCGCUACUUGGCAACUGGCCUUCUAUAGCAGUAGCAGGUAACGCCCAUUCACUACUUAUGAAAUUCUUUAAUUACGACAGGCUUAAUGAGGAAAUUAGAAAUAAGCCUUAACUUGUAGAAUGAAAGUGAGUGGGACAGAACAAAUCUGGAACAAGUUUACUGCGUAUCAAUAAAAAAAGUAAAAAAUACAACAUAUAUCUUUAAGGUAUAUCAUUAGUGCAUAAUCUUAGAAUCACUCUUUAUGUGGUAAUCUCUAGGUCCUAAAUGAAAUUAGUUAAUCCUCGGCCCUCUGUUAGCCAGGGCAUGCAAAUGGUAAAAUCAAUAAUGCCCCAGGAAUGGUGGGUUUGUGGUAUCUGCAAACUAGUCAUUUAACUAAAAAGGCCAAAAGCCUGUUGACAAGAGGCAGCCUCCACAACAGUGGUAAAUCUCUGUAGAACUCCAUCUCAGUCCACUGCUGAUUCCCUUAUUUAUAAGCUUUUAGGGGUGAUGGGAUGGAAAAACUUUAUAUACUUGAGAGUGUUAUAGCAAAGACCUUGUAGAUCAGCUGAAAAGUGUCAACUUGCUUAGGUUACUUAUCAAAGAAAUGGCCAUCAAACCAUUUCAGUCUGGCACAGGCUGCAGUUUCAAUUCUGGAUGAUGUGCCUGGAGCCCUAACUGGCUCGGAGAUAUUAGUUCCAUCUAAUAAUGUGCUUGGUGAUGAGGCAGCAGGAAGCCUAUAAAACGUGGGAGGAACUGAGGGAAUUCAGCUGAACCAAUAGAAUCUGCAAAUCCACUUAUUUUUAAUUGAGUUAAUUGUGUCAUAAUGUUGCCGAUACAGCCAAGAGCAUCAUUUUUAUUGACUUUUCCAUUAAAAAUAACACAUUUCUAUUUAUAUAGUUCGGUUACCAGUAAUUUGUUUAAGAUAUUGACAGUGAUUAGACUUGCUCUUUAGAGAUAGAUGAGUAAUCACAAUCUUCCUAUAUGAGAAUUGUGAUUACUCAUCUAUCUCUAGAGUUAGAAACCUUGAAACUCAUCAGCCAGAUAAGGAGGUUAGAACACCAACUAGAUGGGCAGGAAUUUACUUUAUAAAAACCAAGUGUUUGCAUACCUACAGACACCUCCACCGCUUUGUGAUAUUCCCCCCUCCAUUUAUACUGAGACCUAGACCUGGAACCAAAUUCACAGUUAUGCAGAUGCUGCUGUCAAAUACUCCUUUUAUCAAGAUAUUCAAAAUAAGUCAAAGCAUUUUAAUUAUCUCUGAUUUUUUUUUAAUGAGUAUCUAGUAUCUUUCUAGAUUUUUAUUUUUUGCACUACCUCAUUGAUGUCCCUAGUAUAAAAAGAACAUAGAUUCCACUGUUCAACUUAAUCCAAAUCAUGCUGCUUUUGACAAAGAACUUUAAGUACUUUAAUGUUAUUAAUUUAUAAAGAAUUUCUUCAUCCAGUAAAAAUGCUUUUCUGAAAAAACAAACAUUCUUCAGAUGUUACAUGUGUAGUGUGGCAUAUCGGGAUUAUGUCAUUGAGUGGGGAAGGGUGGCCUAUUUUAGCUUUUCCAAAGAAAGUGCAGAUUAUAGUAAUAAAUUGUUCAAACAUAUACCCAAGACAUUGCUUAGUGAUUUAUUCUUUUUCUCACUAUGUGCUAAUGGUAUAUGUAGUAUAAUUUUGUCUCUUAAUCUGAGUGCCAUUGGAGUGUAAUAUGUGUAAACAUGGUACAUCUAUUUUAAAAAAAUGUUUGCCACCCCUGUCAAAGCUUGUUUCUAUGCUAUUAAUCUAUAACAAUCCCUCCCCACGACCACUAAAGGGCGGCAGGUGCCCCGUGAAUUAUUCCCUAUCUCUCCUCCCCGUGUGUGCCCCAGCGCUUCCCAUAGAUCGAGGGGCCACUCUCUGUAGCUUUGCUGGCUGUCUGGAGCACCCCUGCAUGAACACAUGCCAGUGGGGAUGGUUUAAGAGGCGCACUGCUGGGCGGAAGCAGUAAUUAGGGAUUAUUCUAGCCCUAGUGAUUGAAUAAUCUAAAUUUUAUUAACGACAGGAGGUGAAUAUUUGCUUAUCUUUCUUUACUGAAACUCCCAGCAGCAAAGAAAUAGUUAACAAUAGUGUAAAAACAAUUCAACCAAUCAGAGUGUAUAACAGUAUUAUAUGAUGUCAUCAAACUCCUCCCAAGUCCUCUUUCUUUCUGUAGCCGACGAUAUCAGAGUAUCAACCAUGUAAACUAUAACUAUGAACCGUGACCAAUCCAAGGUCCUGAUGUAGUCAACCAUGUAAACUUUCAACGGGACUGAUGAAUCCAUAUAUCACAAGCGUUGGGAUUCUGCACACUAAAGGGAAGUAGAGAAAAAAACCAUGAGAGUAUAGGUUCUCCUACUAGUUGAAUGCAAGUUUAUGGCAUGCAUACUAGGGACAGCAAUUUCAAUAGAUUUCAUGUAAAAUUAUGUUGAGUAUGUCAAACUCUUGGUUAGAGUGUUGUGGUGUAAACCUAUGACAGAUGAUGUGUGAAUGUGUUUGAAACCGAUCGACUAGAAUUUUUUUUUUUUUUUUUUAGUAACUUACCUUAGGGCGGGUAUAAAUGAUAAUGAAAAACAGAGAAGGGAGGGAAAAUAUUCGCCUCCUGUCGUUAAUAAAAUUUAGAUUAUUCAAUCACUAGGGCUAGAAUAAUCCCUAAUUUUAUGGCAAGACAGGAGGCUUCAUAUUUGCUGUUUUAACGCUCUUAUAUGAUAGAAGAUGCAGCAUGUGGCAUAGGUUUGAAAUAGAAUGUAUGAAAGGUGGACUCCCUGGUCCAAUCUGCAGACGACAAAAUGUCUGAGAGGGAACUACACGAAAGGCUGAGGAUGCGGCUGCUCCUCUGACUGAAUGCGUUUCAAAAGAGGAGUCAAUACCUGCUUGGGCUAGUAUCCAUCUGAUCCACCGCGCGACGGUGGGAGCGGACACCGGUUUGUGUGGUCUGACAUAGGAAACGAGAAGGGGUCCUGUAGGGGAACGCAGAGUGGUUGUGGCAUCUAUAUAGUGCCUUACACAGAGCGCCAUGCAAAGCGACUGUCUAUUCGGAAAGUAAGGGUAGAACACAGAGGAGGAAUUAGUCUUUGUUCGCCUGGUGAUGUGAAAUUUAACGCCCUCAGGCGAAAAAACUGCAGCGUGGAAAUCAAAUGCUCGAAUGUCGGAGACCCUACGGAAGGAUACCAGACAUAGGAGUAAGGCCAGUUUGGCAGAGAGUUGACGUAACGUCAAAUUCUCAUUAGAGGAGUCUAAAAGGGAAAAAACCUGAGUGACGUCCCAGAAAUUGGAAUAUCUUGGAAGAGGGGGUCUGGCUAGCCUGAUCCCUCGUAAAAGUCUACAAACUGAAGGGUGUUUUCCUAUUGAUGCAUUGUCAAUAGGGUUGUGGGUCGCAGAAAUAUCAGAUCUAAAAACAUUAAUUGAUCUAUAGGACUUGCCUUGAUCAAAGAGAGUAGACAGAAAAUUUAGGAUGAUCGUCAGAGGUGCUGAAAAGGGAUCGGUAUCCCUUUCCAAAUACCAGCUGACCCAUGUCUACCAUGCAGCGAGGUAAGCUUGUCUAGUGCCUGGGGCCCAGGAGUCCCAUAGGAGGGCCUGAGCUGUCUCCGAAAGUCCCGAGACAUUCCAGGAUCCCCUGAAAUGGUCCAAGCUACAAGCUAGAGCUGUCCUUGAAGGGCGAGUGGGUGACAGCGCCCUGCUGGAUUCUUGAGGAUGUCUGGGGAUCGAGGUAGUAGAAUUGGACAAUUCACAGACAGUUCUAGCAGGGUUGGAAACCAGGUCUGGGCUCUCCAUAGCGGAGUGACAAUAACUAUCAUCACUACUAGGGCUUUGACCCAGUAAAGGGUGCGCUGGAUCAUGGAGAAAGGCGGGAACGCAUAAGCUCCUGUCUCCGGCCAAGGGUGUAGGGAGGCAUCGACUGCCCAGGACUGGGGAUCUGGGAGCCAGCUGAAAAAAGCCUUCGCCUGGUGAUUCAGCUGAGACGCGAUCAGAUCCAGUGUGAGGGGCCCACGAAGACAAUGAAUUCGAUAGAACAAGCGGGAAUCCAAUUGCCAGUCGCUUACGUCCCUCCUGUGAUGAGAGAACCAAUCUGCGACUAGGUAGUCCAUGCCUGGAAGAUAUUCUGCUCUGAUGGAUAAAUUCCACUCUAGGCAGAAUUGGUAGAGUUCCUUGUUAAGGUUGGACAGUAAUUUGGAUCGGGAACCUCCUAGCCGAUUCACAUAACGCACUGCAGAGACGUUGUCCAUGCGCAGUACUAGUGAACAAUUGAAACAAUCUUUUGCGAAACUGCAAAUCGCAAAAGAUCAUGAAAUCAAUUCUAGGCAAUUGAUGUGCAGUGCUUGUUCAGAGGGGGACCAUAGUCCCCGGGUGGACAUUUCAGCGCACGUAGCGCCCCACCCCAAGAGACUGGCAUCGGAUUCCAGAAUGAAGUCUGGUUGUGAUCCGAAAAUGGCUUUGCCAUUCCAGGUUUCCAUGUUGUGAAGCCACCAAUGAAGUUCCAUACGGACUUCGUCUGUUAGGUAGAUCAGUUGGUCGUAGAAGGUGGACUGGUUUAGAUAGUAAGUCUUGAGCCGUUGCAUGGCUCUGUAAUGUAGGGGUCCUGGAUAAAUGUCUCGGGUAGAGGCAGACAGUAGGCCUAUGGCAUGAGCCAGAUCGAUUAGGCGAAUCUGGUGGGCUGAUAGCAAUUUGCGAAUGUCUUUCUUUAUAGCCUUGACCUUUGUAGAAGGUAGUUGUAAAAUCGCCUGUAUGGAGUCUUUUAGGAAUCCGAGAAACUGAACUUUCUGAGAAGGUUCCAGGUCGGAUUUAUGAAAGUUGAUUACAAAACCUAGGUUUUGUAAUAAUGCCGUCGGCAUGUCCGUGUGUUGACGUAAAAGGUCUGGAUCUUGAGCCGUCGUCCAAAUAUACAAUGGAACGAAUCCCCUGUGAUCGGAAUAGCUCCAUCACUGGUUUCAUCAGCUUUGUGAAACACCAUGUGCGGAACAAAGACCGAACGGGAGGCAUGUGAACUGCCAAACUUCCUCUUGCCAGAGGAAUUGAAAAAAAGCCAGAUGGUUGCGGGCGACAGGGACAGUGAGAUUUGCGUCCUUGAGAUCGAAUCUGGAUAACCAGUCUCCCAGGCAAAGGAAGUCCCUGAGGAGAUGGAUGCCCUCCAUUUUGAAAUGACGAUAUCUGACAUAGUGAUUCAGGUCUUUCAAAUUGAUUAUUGGACGCAGGUCUCCGGAUUUUUUGUGGACCAGAAAAAUAUUGCUUAGAAAGGUAUGUGGGAAGGGUGAUCUUUCUAUCGCCCCUUUUUCCACCAGUUUGUUCAAUUAUGUGUGUAAUGCCAGGUUGUCUGUUGCAGACAUCCAAAAUGGUGUAAAUGGUGUAUCCUGGAAGGGAGUGGAAAGGAAAUCUAUUUUGAACCUCCAUAGAUCCUGUCAAAGCAGUUCCCACAGUUGGAAAAAAUGGGUUAGUCAACCUGCUAUAGGUACAUUGAAAAAAGGAAUGUUUAUUACCUGGAGCAGUGCGUCUGCGUAAGGAAGCAGAUCCACGUCCCCGGGUGGAUCCUCUAUUGGUGAAUAGAGGAUUUCUGAGGGACGAGGCCUGUAGCCUGUGAAGGCAGCUUUGCUGUUCAUUCGGCUUCUAUAACGUCCAGCUCUCCCAGAAAAAUGACCUGACUGGGAGCGAAAUACCCUGCAUAGGGAGGAUUGGGCCUUGUUUAAGGUAGUAAAUACCGCUGCACGUUUGGACAGAUCUGAAAGAGUCCCCAAAUAACAAGCCAUUGGCUUCUGGUCCCAGUUCUCGGGAGCUUAAGUCUGCUAAUUUAGCAUUGAGUUUAUAUAGUGCCGCCCUACCUCUCUCAGUGGAUAUAGCCACAUUUGCAUUGCCCAGGAAACAUAGGGCUCUUUGGGCCCAUUCUUGGUCUGUGUGAGGGUCAAAUUCCCCACUAGUUAUAGCUUCAUCAGCUAGUAUGAAAAUUUGGAUGAUGGGACCAGCGAUAUCCAUGAGCUUGUCCUGGGCUGUCUUAAGACCCUGCUCAAUACCCUUGCGAGGGUCUUUCCCUGUUUUAGAGAGGAAGGUCACAAAUAGUGGGUCAAACUUUGGCGUGAGAGCCACUUUACUUGGUAUAGUUGGCCGAGGGCAUUCGGCUCUGAGUUUAGCCCUUAUUUCUUUUUCAAGGGGCUUACGCAGCCACAUCUUGCAAAAAUUAGAGAUGCGGUCAGGUGGGGCCGUUUGGGCUGAACGUGGAUGUCUAAUGACCCUAGGGUCGAAAUAAGAGACACCCAAGGCAUCCAGAAGGGUGUCUGAGUCGGGUCCCUUGGGCAUAGAGAUGUUUGCAACUGUGUCCUUUUUGGUAAUGAAUGUCUCCUUGACAAAUUCCGAUGGGGUAUCCCCUAGCGCAGUGAUGGCGAACCUUUUUGAGCCCGAGUGCCCAAACCGCAAUACAUGCCAACUUUUUUUCUCCGUAAAGUGCCAACACGACAAUUAAACCCAAAUACCAAGGUUUAAAAAAACAACUCGUACUGUCGUACUGUUGAACUAAUAACUUUUGUUUUAAAGAACACAGAGAGUUCAAUGCUGGGGGGUUAGGGUUACUGCUGGGGUAGGGGUACUGCUGGGGGUUGGGGUACUGCUGGGGGGUUAGGGGUACUGCUGGGGGGUAGGGGUACUGCUGGGGUAGGGGUACUGCUGGGGGGUAGGGGUACUGCUGGGGAUAGGGUACUGGGGGAUGCUGCUGGGGGUAGGGCUACUCUGGGGAUAUAGGGGCUACUCUGGGGGGGAUAGGGGUACUGCUGGGGGGAUAGGGGUACUGCUGGGAGGGAUAGGGGUACUGCUGGGGGGGUAAGGGUGCUGUGUGUCAGUAUACCCCCCUCCCUCCUUCUUACCUUUAAUGAAGUAGAGGGGGGGGGGUACACAGCGAUCCCUGGUGGUCCCGUGGUGGUAAGCACUGCAGGGGGAGGGCUCCAGGAAGCAGCUCCCCUGUCCUCUCGCGCAAUGCUGUGUGGAGCGUUGCCAUGGUAACGCGCGGCACCGCUCCACACAGCAUCGCGCGGGAGGACAGGGCAGCUGCUUCCUAGAGCCCUCCCCCUGCCUCCCGACCCGGAAGCAGAGUAGGCGCCUGCCGUUUCGGGCAGGCAGGCGCCUACUCUGCAUUGAUGGCGAACCUGUGGCCACGUGCCCACAGAAAGGGCCCCGCAUGCCACCUGCCAUAGGUUCGCCAUCACUGCCCUAGCGCAUUCGCCGAGGGUCCUCAUCAGAAUAGCCAAGGUAGUAGUCCUCCACCCCAUCGCCCAUUUGAGAAGUGGAACCCUCCAAGGAGUCGAAUAUAGUUUGGGCGGGGCGAGUGACAGUUAAUUUUUGGGACUUGGCAGGAGCCUUGCCCUUGCCCGCAGACACACUAUUCCCUUUCCAAGGACGUGUGACCUCCUGAUCCGAGGGCUGAGAGUCCUCUGUGUCAGAGAGUAAAUGUGCGGUGGGAUUGACUUCGCCAGGAGUCUUUUCAUUCAGUAAUGGUUGAAACCAGCCAAGUUAAGUUCCUGAGAGAUUGCGGGCUCAGUAUUGUCAGACAUUUUAGUUAGGACUAUAUUCGUGAUUCUGACAAAUAGUCGUAAGACAAGAAUGUUAAAUGGGGUUCACCCAAUUGUGCUUAGUAAAAUUUCUAAGUAGGGGGUCACCCAAAUAAGCGUAGUUUGAUGUAUAAGGGCGGCACACAAUAUUUAGUGGGGUAGACCACUAAAUUUUAUAAGUGGAUUGUACCACUGUAACAAUACGAACUGGGGUUCACCACUCAGUAGUCAGACUUUUAUGAGUAUGUCUGUAAAAUAUUUAAUAAAGUGUGGGGUCACUUUAAAUAAUAUAUUGUAUUAUUUGCAAAGGUGAGGGUCACUCACUUGUAGUAAUGGUGUUGAGACACCUGUCAUAAAUUGAUUAGAAAGUGAAUAAAAGGUGGGGGUCACCCACAACAACAUUCAAUGAAUCAAGUGACAAAGAAAAAGGUGGGGGUCACCCACAAGGCUGUCCUUUAUUUAAUAAUGAUAAGAUACAGUAGGUAUUUUCCUGUCAAGAAAAACAAAUAGGUACAAAGAAUAAUUGGGAAAAAGGUGGUAGCACUUUAAGGGUGCUAUGAGCAACAAGUAAAUAAGAUACUUACCGGAUCCGACGUGAGGUGAAGCGAUCGCACAUAAAUAACAAGGUAAACCGCGGUUUAAGAUGGCCGCCGCCAGCAAAGGGGCGGGAGGAAGCACGUCAGGUAAUUGUAGACGCGAGAAGGCGGGAUCUGAGAAAGGGCACGAAAUUGAGCCGCGGACUCCUGGGAAUUGGGAAUCAGAAUUGAGAGGAAACCGCGGCCACAAAUGUAAUAAAAUCGCAGAGGCAAACCCCGAUGAUUUUUAAAGGGGAACAAUGGAGAUAAAGUUUAAAAACUGUUCAGAGACAUAAAUAAACCAACAUGUUAGGUAUAAUUAUAUGUAGUAAGGGUAUUGUGUACUGAUAAUAAAUUGUGUGAGAAACUAGUGAAAAUGAAUGUUUGAUAAACAAAACAUUACCACAGAAAAUUAUUCAAAAAUGAUAAUAGAGAUAUGGGUGCUAUAAAAAUUAACAAAUUAAUGAGAAAAUUAGUUCAAAUAUUGCAUUAAAGGCAAAAACAUAAGGCAAUAUAAUUGGAGCAGACUCACCUGGGAGACAAGCAGCAAAGAAAGAGGACUUGGGAGGAGUUUGACAUCAUAUAAUACUGUUAUACACUCGGAUUGGUUGAAUUGUUUUUACACUAUUGCUAACUAUUUCUUUUCUGCUGGGAGGUUCAGUAAAGAAAGAUAAGCAAAUAUGAAGCCUCCUGUCUUGCCAUAAAAUUAAACUGCUCACCUAAUGCCUGCCCGAUGUGUACACCCGGCAAAACUGCUGAAAAAUAGGGUACCGCGAAGGCGCAGCUUCCUUGAGCUGCCUCCCCUGCCCUGCGCCUAGAAAAGGUACUGAUCUAAUGGGCUUUGAAUGUCUCCAUCCCCUAACUGUGAAUGGAAGGGAGGGCUGCUUGCUGUGUUUGUGUGUGCAGCGUGUGUGUGUGUGUGUGUGUGUUUUUUUUAAAGAGGUAGGCAGGUGGAGAGCGCACAGUGCUCUGUCUCCUCCCGGUCACUUCAUGUAGCGUGGCCAAGUUGCCUGCACCAUGGUAGAGGAUCUUUAGUGAACAGCUUCCUAUCAAUCCGGGUAGAGGAAACAGAAGCUCAUCUACUGGGGUCCGCUCAGCCACACUACAUAAGGGGACGAUGACGCACACAGAGGGGUUGGGGAAGGGUACAAUGACACAGAGAGGAGCUGGGAAGGGGACAUUGACACAGUGAGGGCUGGGAAGGGGACAAUGACACACACAGAGGAGAUGGGGAAAGACACACAAAGGGGCUGGGGAGAAAGAAACACAAAUGGGAAAGUAAGAGACAAGGCACAGUGGAAAAAUGAUACACUAAAGGUGAUGAAAGAAACAAAAGGAGGGUGAAAUACACAAAAAUGGUCAGACAGUUAAAUAAGAAACACAAAAUGGGUAAGAAAAAUAAAAGGUGGGUUAAGAGACACACAGGUGAAGAUGCAUUUUUUUUGUGGGGGGAGGGACAGUGUCAAACUGCAUAUUCACCUGAAUUGUCAAAAAUACUUGCACUGGCCCUUCAUCCACCACUACUCUACAGGCACCAUGCUCACAUACUCUGCAUACACUAUAUAUAUAUAUAUAUAUAUAUAUAUAUAUAUAUAUAUAUAUAUAUAUACACAUACAUACACACACACACACACAAUGCAUACACUACAUACAGUAUACACACACAGACUCUGCAUAACUAUGCACAAACAAUACAUCCACUACACACACUGCACCUACUACACAAAUGCAUACUCUGCAUUCACUAUACGUACUACAUAACAUAAUGGAUGCUGGUGUGUUUUGGUGGGCAUGGUUUUAGUGGUGGUGUUGGGAAGGGGAACAGCAUUUAAUUCUUGGUCUGAGGGAGCACAAUGUCUUAUAUAUUUUUUUUCCUCUCCGUGUGAAAAAGUCCAGAUUUAAGACUUUUUGUGAACACAAAGCCUGUAUUAAACUGUGUAUCCUUGAUAGGCCAAUAGAAUGUUAUUUUCACAUUAUGCAGCAACUAGUUACCUUUCUCAUUCUAACAGAGCUCAUUUGCUGGCUUACAAAGCAGGCUGCAUGGAGUCUCAACCACCUGCCACCAAAGUUUAAAAUUCAGGCAGGUCCUUUUAUUUCUGUAGUUGUGCGAGUCUGGUGCUGUUGGACCAGUUUGUGAUGUCCCAAUGUCAAUUGCUCCACGUUUCCACAGUCCAAUCCUAUUAUUGGCGGCCCUUAAUUAUAAUUGUUGUGUAUCCCAUAUUUGUCUUUUACAGGAUUCAUGUUACAUCAGUUUGUAUUUUUUUCCUUACCUCUUGACACCAUCAACAAGCUUCAAAAGCAUUAAAUGUUGUGGAAUGUUUUUUUUAUUGGGAGGGGGGAAAGGGGAAUUAAAGAAUCCAUCACCUACCUUUAGUUUGCUAGUACAAUACAACCAAAAGGCCAUUUUCAGUGGAUCCAGUAUAUUCUGAAUCAAUCAUCAUGCACCAUAAGUUGAAUUUUCCUGAAUCUUUGACCUUUUUGUACUCCCUUAUCUGUUGCUAAGAUUACAUCAUACGUCUAGCUCUUUUACUGCACAUCUGUAUAGCUCUGGAGUAUGUGUUAGCAAUUUAUAAUAAAUCAUACUUGUAUAAAACCUUAAUAUAUGGUGAUGUGGAAACACCAAAGCUUUUACAGAUUUGUGAUCAAAUGUGAAAACAUGGAUAUGAAAUGGAAGAAGGCCCUUAAGAGAGAGAUGAAAUCUUUGAAAAUGGUAAAAGGAAUAAACAAGAUUUUCUAAAAAAAAUUUGGCAUUCUCCCUUCUGUUCACUUGCAGUGAGUUCAGGGAUAUCGUGAACCCAAAGGCCCAUAUCUUGGCAGCUUUUGAGAUCUAUCACAGUGUGAUCAACAAGACUUGUGCUAACCAAAUGUUACAAGGGACAUAUAGCAGACAAGGGUGCCUUUAUAUGGCAUCAGUAAAUUAAAAGGGUUAAUUGUGUUGUGCCUUCCAUUCUCACUUGAGAAGUUACAACAAACAAACAAUGAAAGGCUAUCGUGUGACCCCAAAGUUUUGACCUAAAUGGUUAGAGCCUAUCCUUGGCUUUUACACCUGAAACAAAUGGCCACUUACAUUUUACAGCAAGGAAAGCAACAUUAAUGGCCAUAAUUCAUUAAACUAUGGGUGAUGCUCAAUGGUCUAGCUUUCAUUAAAUGGAGACUUUAGCCCACAGAACAACUAAAGCUGUAAUUGUGUGUCUAUAGCAUGUCCCUGUAGGUUCUUUAAUGUAAACAUUGCCUUUUCAGUGUUUGAGUGUUACUAGGCAGUAAUGUAGACGUCCACUAAAUGUGCUUUCUGGGUCAGUGCUGCACACGCUGAACACUCCUCAGAGAGAUGCAUUGAUUCACUGCAUCUCUAUGAGGAGAUGCUGAUUGGCACAGCGUGGUGUUUUUGUCACACUUGCGCAAUAGUCUCGCAAUGCUUUCCUAUGGGAAAGCAUUGGAUUGACGAAGAUGGUUGAAUUUGAUCUCACCCAAGGAGGUGGAGUGGAGCCAGCCACAACGUGACCGGUGUGGAGCUUAAAAACCGUGCUUUUAACCCCUUAAGGACACAACUUCUAAAAUGAAAAGGAAUCAUGAUGGAAUAUUUCCAUCAUGUGUCCUAAAGGGGUUAAAACUAUUGUGUUCUGAAUACAUGUUUGUGUUCCUGACACUAGAGUGUUCCUUUAAGGCAGUAAGAGAGACCUGGAAUUCUUGUCAUGUUUUCAUCUCAGUUUUAUUUGAGGUAUGUGAAAAUCUAUGCAAUUUAUCAAAAUGUGUACAUUACUUGACUUUCCUGAAUUCUUGGUUUGUGGUCUAGGAUGACACAUUCACUAUUAUUGCAGGGUGUAUAUCCUUGACAUUUCCACCAUAUAAGCAAAUAUUUAUACGCAUAUACACUCGCUAGCAGUUUGUGUAUCAUAAUGUGUUAACUCAAAUGUGCCUUAUUUGCGUGAUAAGUUCACUUUAAGGCUUUAGCAUUGCAUGAAAUAGCCGAGGUUAAAGUAAAAUAUAAAAAUGAUAUUAAAAGUCAGCCAAGUGGUUAGACCUGAAAAAAAAUUCCAGCUGCAAACAAAGGAAGUAUGGUCUUUUAUAAGAAAUCUGUGGUUUUAAUAGCUGCUGAUUGGCAUGAUUCAAUUAAGAAUGGGACCAUUUAGCACAGCCAGCGGAAAGCUAUAGGAUUUGGAUUUAUGAAGUACGUGAUGUGAAGCUUGGCCUCUUUGUAGUGUUUUGUUCGUAAAAGCAGGUCUUCAGUUUAAUUGUCCUUCUUAACUAGAGAACCUGCGAACUCCCUGGGGGUAAAUCUCUUAAGUUUUAUAAUGAUUUAAGCAGAAAUAACCCAGGUACGCAGUGACCAUUUUUCAGCCUGUUUUUUUUUUUUUUUAAAUAUAAUUUUGGAACACUGUAUUCACUUAUGCAAAGUCAAGUCACAUUUCCCUGGUUAAAGCACAGUGCUGUGCCGAGAUGUAGGACUGUGUCCGUACUUAGUGUUCUGUUUUCAUGGAAAAAAUGAGCUUUUCAUUUCAUUACUUUCUAGUGCUCACAUUUUAUAAUGCUUAGCAAAAGGAUUGCUGUAAUGACAUCAGUGGAAUAAUUACACACGUAGCACUUGGAAUGAGAAGUUUGGGUUGAAAAUGUCCACAGUAACUAUUUUCUAUCCCAUUUUAUGCUUUUUACACAACAGACUUUUAACCCCUUUGUGAUCCAGCCUUGCAUAUAUGAAAGGAACACUUUAGACGUAUUAACUACUUUACCUCAUUGGUGGUUAUAGUACAUAAAAUACCCUGGUGCCGUCCCUUCAUGCAGUACUAAAGGGAGACUUUAUUGAAAAACAAAUCCCUGUUUAUUAGAUAUCCCCUCAAUGAAAUCAUGUAGGCAUUGAUUUGUGCAUUUAUUAUUUGUGGUAUAUCCAUGGCCAGAUUAAGAGCCCAGUGGGCCUGGUACUGACAAUUAUGAUGGGGCCUAAUUUCAGAAUCUUAAGGACCAAAAACACUAAAACGGUCAUACCUCUCAAGCGUCAUGUAUCUGAUGGAGUUGGUGUUGGAGGGAAACUCAAAGGAUGCAGCUAUAAGAAAACACAUACUCUAUGCUAAUCUCACUCUAAUUUAUGCUUUCAUCUUUCAAGCAAAUCCAUACCCCCUAACAGCAGUGUCCAGUGAAGCAGGAAGUCAAUGGACAGGGGGGUGAGCCAAUGCGUGACCAGAACUGCGAAAAGCGGUGAACAUGCCCAAAAAUGGGGGCAUGACUGUCCAUGACUGUCCAAAGAAUUGGAAGGCCAGCCUGGCAUCAGUGUCCCUAUGUAUCACAGUGUCAGUGUCCCCAUGUCAUAGUGUGUCCCGUAUCACUAGGAAACUAGGGGACAGUGAGAGACCUGGGGACACGGAGACAUGGGGGCACUUGUGGAUACAGACAUGGGGACACUGAGACAUUUCGGGACACAGGGAGAAAUGGGGACACAGACACUAGGGACACAUGGGGACACUGAGACAUUUGGGGACACUGGGAGACUGGGACACUCAGAGACCCUAGGGACACUGGCUGGGAGACAUGGGGACACUUGGAGACAUGGAGACACUGUGUCCCCAGUGUCUCUGUGUCCCAAUGUGUUUUCCAGUGACCCUAUGUCUCACAGGUUCCCUAUGUCUCUCAGCGUCCCCAUGUCUAUGUGUCCCCUGGUGUCUCAGUAUCCCGAUGUCUCCCUGCUGCCUUUCCCCUCAUCCCUCACUUCCCUAAGCUGAAGGCUGUCUCUGCAAGCUGGGAGCUGCUAUCUGGAGUCUCUGUGCUGUGUAGCUGCUCCCCCGUGGAUCAGUGAGUAGAAAGAGGCAGGGAGGGAUAUGCUGUAACUUCCUAUCCCUGCCUCUCUUCCGCAUACAGUGACCCCUACUGGCUGGUGCUGGUAUUGCAGAGUAAUCUCCGUUUAUACUGAGAAAAAUAUCUGCAUUUGUAUUGCCGGUAUUACUGCAAUACCAGCACGCCAGACAGCCUCAAAUACCGGCUGUGCCUGUAAAAUACCAGUUAGGUGGCAAACCUAAGAAUAGUGUUAUUUCAAUUUUUUUUUUUUUUUUUUUUAAAUGGGCCUGGAGCUGCAGCUUCAUCAGCCCCUAUGUUAAUCCGGCCUAAAAACUGUUUGCAAAUGCUGCAGACAUGUUGUCGUCCGCCUUUGCAAGCCAUUCUUUCCCUUGUUUUUGCUGAAGUGCAUUAUGCAUGUGGAAUGGAGCUUUAAACUAUUUUUGAAUGGUUUAAUGCUAAACCAGUGUCCCCAAAAAUUCAUCCCCUCUGUGCUGCUUGGGCUAAUGAGGAAGCAUUAACCUAAGCAGCAAUGAUGACCACUUUCAGCUUAUCUCAGGUGGUCGAUUGCUGAUACUAAAGUGACACUGUAGGCACACAGACCACUUCAGCUCCUUGAAGGGGUCUGGGUGCCAACUCCCAUCACCCUUAACACUGAGCAUGUAAUUAUUGCAGUUUUUAUAAAUGGCAAUAAUUACCUUUCAGGGUUAACUCCUCCUCUAGUGGCUGUCUACAAGACAGCCACUAGAGGAACUUCCGGGUGGAUCGUCGCCUAAACGACGCUGAACGUCUUCACGCUAUUCCUGUAUUAUACUAUUAUAAGACAAUCCAGGAUUUGGAUACCAAAUCUAAUGCAUUCGAUACCAAAUAAAAUGUGUAAUCCCCUCUAUUAUUCAAAGAAUUCAGAUAGAGAGACUUAGUUCAUGCAGAUAAUAUUAUUAUUUUAUUAUUUGUAUAGCACCAUCAAAUUCUGUACCGCUGUACAAUGGGAUAUCUCCUUUAGUUUCCCUAGUUCUAAAAUAGAGAUUGUUUCCCCGACAAAGUGCCAAUAGCAGCAAGCAAAAAUAAGUGUGAAACAAUUUGAAUUCUUGCUGGAAGCUCUGUUGAACCAGAUUUUAAUUUUACCAGUGGUAAUCCAGGCAUUUGACUCACUUGCACAGGUGUUUGCGUCUUGUUUGCAGAAUAUUAAUUUACAACGAUGAAGCCACUGCCCCAUUCACACCUAGGUCUAGGUUCUAUAGACAUGGCGCAGGAUAUUACUUGCUAAAUCUGCUAGUAGUAUAGAAGCACUAGACAGCAUGGGGCUUCUCCAUCCUUGACAUUGGGAAUCAUUUGUACUAUAUGAGAGUCUUUAGGAGUUUGGGUUCUAACAUGUGUUUUGGCUGGCUUGAUAACCAGUUACAGUUUACAUCUUAAGAGUUAAAACCUGGGGGACCUGGCACCCAGACCACUUCAUUGAGCUGAAGUGGUCUGGGUGAUUAUAGUGUCCCUUUAAUAGAAGAUUCCAUUCUCUAACAAUCUUUAGAUGACUUUGUUAUGAAGGCCAUGACAUGUCUUAAACGGUUUAAGUGAACCCUUUUCCUUACUAAUGUUUUUACAUUUUGGCUUAUAGGUUGGUCAGCAACAACACAUGACGACAACCCAAUCGGAAAGUCAAGAUACUUAAUGGCAAACAAAGCCUAAAAACCUUUUAACAAUUAAUUGGGGCUAAGAACAAUACAUUGAUUUUUAUUAAACAUAACAAUGCACUUUGCUCUGUGGAGAUCCAAGUAUAAAUUAAUACAAUUGCUAAGAGUUCCAGUUAAAAGAGACAUUAUAUUCACUAUAACAAUACAAACCCAUAGUUGCGGUUAUAAUUCCUGGAGUCCCUUGGCACAAUCCCUCCAUAAAGUAUAUAAUACAAGCAAUGGGCAUUUAAAGGGAAACUAUUGUGCCAGGGAAACAAACACUAUUCGUGCUUUAUUUAUGGGAAUACAUAUUUAUUUAUGCAUUCGUAUAUGGUUUCCAAAUUGGAGACAAUUACUGAUGAGUGCACUAAGGCAUGCUUUUUAUAUUUGAAAAACAGAUGUGUCCCUCAGCCUUGAGUAUUUUGUUUAUGUCUUAUGCACAAAUAUUACUAUAAUUAGUCUUUUGUUGCUUUUAUCACUGCUAUCUACUCCGUCAUACUGUGCCCUUUCAGAAUGUAUCUAACAAAUGAGUGAAACCAGUUUUAAUAUAAAAAUAGGCAUAUUUAAAAUAGUCAUAAUUCAUAUAGCCAAAUUCAAAUACGUAUUUAUCUCAGAUGUAAGGGAUAAUAUUAUUUAUUUUGGUUUUGAGGGUAUUUUUUCUCAAAAAAAAAGUUUUUGCUUACUUAGAAUUUUUAUUUAUUGACUGUUGCAUGUACAGGAGACUUAUAUUUUAAAACAUUAAAUAUAUAUAUAUAUAUAUGUGUGUGUGUGUGUGUGUGUGUGUGUGUGUGUGUGUGUAUAUAUAGUACAAGAUUCCACUAUAUAUAUAUAUAUAUAUAUAUAUAUAUAUAUAUAUAUAUAUAUAUAGUGGAAUCUUGUACUGGAAAUGGUUAAACUAAAUUGUCAUGAGUGCUAUUUUAUGAGAAAUUGCCUGUUGCAAACAAUUAUAAUACGUUGUGUCUCGUUUUAUAAACUACAAAUGUCUUUACAAGUAAACCGUGUUGAUCAUAUGAGUAUACGGUCUCUGUUUGUGUUUUACAGUCCCCUUGGCAGCUUACAAAUGGCUGGUUUGUUAUUACCUUCGUGAGAGCCACGCUAAACUACAACACGAGAAAGAAAACACAAGUAUUGACUUUGACGCAAGAAACAAUAGCCAGGUACGACUUGCUGAUACGUGCCUUUUGGCUACACAAGUGCAUUUAUUUAUUGUAUAUUUAUAAAACAGACUCCAUGGGAUCACAUUUUAUAAAUGUGUAUAUAUAUUUAAAUCAAAUUCAGUAGGUUUAGAGCGUCAGCUGAGACUCUUCGCAAUGAAUGACUGGAAAUGUUUGCAAAUUUAUCGUAGCUAAAUCAAAAUCUGAAAUCUAUGUUUAAAUAUUCACAAACCCUUUGACCCUUACAGAUGAAUGGCUCCAGGCAUCUCUGGUGGCUGUUGUGCUUAGGCUGCGUCCUUAAUUUCCUAGUUUCCUGCUUGUUUCUACUUCUACUCUAUACUCCGAUACUCCAUAAAUGCAGGAUGCUGCUGCUUCUGUAAGGAGCAAGCUAUUACCCAUCACUUGUUGAUUUGGAUUUAUCUUUUGGCUAUCCUUUUGGUUUAUUGUUGCAUAAUAUCUCUACAUUGAAUUGCAUGAGUGAGGAUCGCACUUUUAUUUAAAACUCUUGGGAAUAGGGUGGUCUGUCACACAUUUGCUGUUUGCACACCUUCAAUGCCUGAUUAGUCUGUCCAUUGGGCACAAUGGGAACGCUGCCACGUUUCUCAGCUUUGUUCCAUCUAAAAAUACAUGAGUUGUCAGGGAUCACCACUGUUUUCAUCUGAAAUUGGCCGAGAUGACCCUUAUAUGCAAACUGAAGUUUUCUGAUUAAAUGUGUGUGAAUUUUCAACUUCAAUCCCAUUUCAAACCAGCCCUGGCACUUUCAAACAGACAGACUAAUAGAGUGCUUUCCUACCGAUACUUGUAGAAUGUAGCAAUAUUUUUUAUUUUGUUUUUUUCUUACUUUAGGUGUAUUAUUGCCGAUCUUUAGCCUUGGCAUUUAUUGAGCAUACUGUAUUACAAAAAUACUAUGACUGUACUCAUGAUUCGAGUACACCGGCCACCCUUCAGCCCGUGCUAAAGAACCUGUGUUCCCUGUAUGGUCUGUGGUCAUUAAGUAAGCAUUUGGCAGUCCUCUAUCAAGGUGAGUCCAUUAAAUUAUUAUUAUUACACCAAAAUAUUCUGCUUAUGUUGUUUAAUGGGUGAAAUUAUAGGAACAGGAAUAAGAUGAUACCGUAAGAUAACACACUGACACAAAAGGACUGGAGCUAUUCACAUUAAGUACUAUACCCACUACAGCCUGUGGCUCCAUUGCCUGUUUCUGGAUUGCCAUGCAGAGCGAAUCCAGUUAUCUCCACUGAGGAAAUCUGGGCUGUGCAAAGCUGCUCUCAUUGGCUGAAAGUGUCAGCUGAGCGCUCUCUGCUUAUAAACAUAGCCUUGCUUAGCUCAGGGGUCACAUCUGACUCAUCCUGCAGGAGAAGCCAGAUGUGGAGUGGGCACCCAGGAGACUCGGGUAAGCUGUUAGUAGCAGGCUGUAGUGCUUAUGGUGCUUGGAGUGUUCCUUUAAUUGGGACACUUUAGUCACCAAAACAACUUUUACUUGUCGUACUGCUCAAUUAUUUGCUAUUUAGGAGUUACAUCACUUUUGUUUCUGUCCAUGCAGCCCUAGCCACACCUCCUCUGGCUGUGACUGACACAGCCUGCAUGGAAAAAAAAGGAUUCAUUAUUAAUCAGAUGUUAACUUGCUUUAUAAGUUCACCUGCUCUGUAAAUUCAACUUAAAUCAAACAUUGUAGGAGAUAAGAAAUUCUAAAUUAAACAGACUGUGCUAUACAGGAUGUUUAAACAGUACAUAUAUAUUUUUACAGGGAGUGUUUUUAAUAAGGCUGUGUAGGUCAAAUGCAAGGAGGUGUGACUAGGAUUGUAUAAACAAGUGAUUUAACUCCUAAAUGGCAGAGAAUUGAGCAGUGAGGCUGCAGGGGCAUGAUCUACACACUGAAACUGCUUCAUUAAGCUAAAGUUGCUUUGGGGACUAUAGUGUCCGUUAAAUAGAAGUAUUUUUUUAAACAUCAUGCAGACAAUUGCUACUAGUUAAGGUAACAAGUCACUCUGCACAAAACACCCGACAGUUGUUAUCAAGUAAGCCAAGUUUGUGAGAUUGGCAGCAAAAAUAAAUAUCAGCAGCUAUCUGAAACGUUAUUUAGGAGUCAGGCAGUUAGGUGGUUUGGUGGGUGAAGAUGAGAUAGGUAGGGCAACCUUGAUUAUUUGUUGUACCUGUGAGAGACAAGUAACGCAUUUGAAUGCCAGAUUUAUAUGUAUAGGAAGUAAGAUAUUGAGGGAUGAGAUAGUGAUUGAAAUUGUAAUUUAUAAACACAUUUAGGAUGUGUUUGAUUGCCAUAUGGUAUUUUCCUGCUUCUGCCCAACUCCACACACAUAACAUGAUUCCAUGGUUUCCUAAUGGCUAUUAUAUAUAAUGCUUGCAGGUGGAUACUGUACUGGUGAAAUGCCUGGAAAAAUCUUAAAGGGAGCCAUCAUAAAUCUCUGCGCAAAGGUACUGACAUGCUCCCGAAUGCAAUGUUACAUGUUAAAUACAAUAAUUAUUGUAAAUAAAUAACUUUUAUUCAGCCUAUAUGUGUGUGUUUAUAUUGCAUUCAUACAUAUAAGAGAACAACUCUCUACAGAGGUUCUAUUGGUUCUUGGGACACUGCUUAUCCAAUCAGUCAUGCUUUUUUGACUGACCAGAGUGGUCAGCAGUUUAAAUUGCAAAUGAAAUCAGGAUCCAGGACACAAACCUUCUGUUAUGCACAUGGUGGUUCGAUAAGCUGCACAUCUGAACAAACAGGACUGAAAUAUGUCAGCUAUCAUUAGAGUACGUCAGUAGUCCUGCCCUGAAAAGUAUUAGACAUUAAAGACCACGUCCUUUUUCAGGGAUUUCUUUAUGUAAAAACAGGUGAUGUUCCAGCUAACAAGGAACAUUUACCAAAUUUGGUUUUGAGUCUAAUCGGUACUUGUGGGGGCAGAAAUAAAUCUCUGAAAAGGAAAUACCACGCCUGGUCUUCUGUCUCUGCUUUAUGACAUUGAGGCAUCUGGUGUUUGUCCAUUCCUGGUUUGUUUGUGCAGUGUCCUACUUUGCAUGUACUGGAAAAAGUACUAUGUAUGAAUUUAAAAUAACACCCUGUAAUACAGGUUAUCUUUUGAAAAGAAAAUCUAAGUACCAUACUUACUAGAGCCCCCUGUAGUGGUUAUGAUACACUGGUAGUAGUGAAAUGUUUAAGGAUGGCUUAACUAAUGUUGACCCAUGAAAGGAGAUCUGUUAGCUCCUCUGAGUUAAGCCCCCAGCACAUUGGCUCUCAGCCUAUGAGCUAAACCUUGUACUGCUUGACUAGCUUAUUGCAGGGAACUUCUAGGCUCUAGCGGAGGUAAUGGGUGCAUGGUUGACUGCAGUUAAAUUGUUAAACUUUUCGUAAACAGUUUGAAAACUUAUGCUGGGAAAAUGUCAGAGCAAUAAUGGCACCAUAACCACUACAGUGGAUCAUAAUGGUUAUGGUGACUAGUGUUCCUUUAUUUAAUGGUAGUGCCAGUUAUACAUAGUUGUAUUUUUGUUUUCUUUCUUUGUUUUUUUUGUUAAUCUUCUUCUUCAUUUACACACAUCUAGAACCUUUUCCAGGUAAAUCUUUUAAGGGAUGCUGUUCAACAGUUCAGUGUAUUUUUACAGAACAGACCUGAUAAAUAAGGUACUUGAUCAGGUAAUUUAGUUUGACGCAGUUUUUAGUUAAAGGGCUAGUGGAUCCAAACAUAAGCUGGGCCUUAAGCUUGGGUUGCAGUAGGUAUUGGAUAAGAAGUGCCAGUGCAUCUUGAGUUUGUUGCCAAGGUCUGUGUGUGUGAAAAUUGAUUGGCAUCAGCUACUUAAUAUUGCCAGAUCUAUUUAAUUUCCAUAUGUUUCAAUUCAGCUGUUCUUCCUCAUUUUGGUUUUGGAGGCCAAUUAAAACACCCAAUAAAGCAGAUUUCUAAGUGAAGUGAUGUAACCACACAUCUUAUUGCACAUUAAACAAAAACAGACAUUUAGUGUUUACACACACAUGCAUUUAAUAACCAGCUCUAGCCAUGCAUACCUACCACUGUGUUUACAUGUUUAGACAUUCAGUAGAUAAUAACUCCCAACAAAGUGGCAGGAGAGGAAAAUCAGUUUUCAUAGCUGAUUAGAACACUUGGAAACUCUGAAAACGGCAGAUUCCAAAACAGUAAAGCUCCAUAAUGGACACUAGUUAAGGAUUUGAACACUCACGUUACACCCUUGUGAAGACCUACAAAUGUUGAUGUCUUUUUGUUUUGUCCUUUGUUACUAUGGAAAGUGAGAAGCUUUGCCAACACUUGUAUCCUUCUCAUGCAGCUGAAAGAUGAUGCAGUCUCUCUCGUGGAUGCUAUUGCUCCUUCAGACUUUAUUUUGAACUCACCUAUUGGCAGAUCCGACGGAGAGGUACAAUUUUGUAGUUUUCUUUAAAACAUGUAUAAGUACAAACAUAUAUUUAAUAUGUGAGUGAAUUUUCUAUAUCUGUCAAAUAAAUUAGAUAUAGGGAAAAUACAUUUUCCCAGGGUCUUUUGGUACAAAAAGUUAAUAGUGUACCAUAUUGUUUGUUAAAUCACUCACGUGUGUCCAGAACUAAAUGUUCAAUCACUUGUAGAAAAUGAAAAGAAAGCAAACAUAAUGAUUUCCCAGACAAUGGUGAUCAGUAUAUAUAAAACACAAAUAACAGAAAAGUAAAAUAUUGAAUGCUCAAAAUCACCAAGUGUGAGUCACUCCAAAUCACACAAACAAUAAAUAACAAAGUAAAAUAAAAUAUGGUGAGAGCACUAUACACCAAAUGUGAACAAGAUAAGAACAUGCAAUGUUACCCUUUAUCUUGAAUUUUCACAUAAAUGUCCUAAAAGUAUAAACUACAUAACAUAGUAUAGCCUGUAUGUAAAGGACAAAUUAAAUAAGAUAUAAAAUAGCCCACUCACGCGGUGAUCAGUGUAGUUUAUGAUGUCAGUGCAUGCUUGGUCUUCAUUCAGCAAAACACGAAUAUAGCAGUGGAUAGCAGAUCCAACAUUAUGAUUGGCAGAAUAAACGACAACACUACUAUAACCUUCACAGUGAACCUGUCAUGCAGAAACAUUUUAUCGAUACCUUAAAACAAGCAGGUCGAACUCAAAGGCCAACAUGGGCCAAAUAAACCAAGUUUACGUUUAUGUGGGCCGCAAAAAAACUAAACCUACAGUUUUCAUAGAAACGUAGGUUUAUUUAGAAAAGUACAGUAUAAAAAAAGGUUCCAAACUGACACUGGACGUCCUCACGCUCGUAUGGCUUCAAAAUAAACAAAAGAGUAAAUUUAUUUUUAUUGAGAUGUGCAUUUGCAUAUAACCAAUGUUUCAGGCCAACUACCUUGACAUAUUAAGAAAAGUUUGUAAAAAAAAGAAAUUAAAAAAUGAAGUUUUCUUGUUGUUUUUGAAGUCCUAUGAGUGUAUUCUUCAAACUAGAUGAUCUCAGCCAAUCCAAUGCUUUCUUAUAGUAAAGCAUUAGGAGGCUACUGUGCAUGUGUGGCAAAAAGCUGCGCGGCCCAUUAGCAUCUCCAUGGGGAGCGUUCAGCGCCUCCAUGCAGACCCAAUCUAACACACUACCCCUCCUCCCACUCAAAUACCCUGCCCACAAAUGCAUUACAUUGCCCCCCUCCAACCAAUCUAAUACCCUGCCCCUCCUCCCUCCACUCUAAUUGAAUAUACUGUCCCUUCUCCCAGCACUCUAAUUUAAUACACUGCCCCCCCAUUCUCCAUAUUUAACACACUGCCUCCUCCCACCACUCUACUACACGGCCUCCCCCUCAUACAACUCUAAUAUACUGGUACCCUCCCUCCCCCAAAUUAAUCCAAUGCCCCCUCCCUAAAAUUAAUACACUGCCCACUCCGUCCCCUAAUUUAAAACACUGGUCCCUCCUUACCUCAAAUUAAUACACUGCCACCCCCUCUUCCUCUACCUUAAGAUGAGUCGCACAUCCUCCAGUUCCAGCUCUGUUCAAGCAGGCCUGACGCUCCUCUGGCACUGCGAGCAGGAGGGAAGGGGGACGGGCUGGCCUGCGAGAGCAUGCAAUUGGCUGUGGGAGGGAAGACAAGAAUCAGACAGGAAAUAUCUUUCAUGUGUUGAGACUUGUCACAGCCACAACACAAAGUGGCCCCAGGGCCGGUGGGCUGAAAAUAUAUCCAUUGUCCCACAGGCCGCAGGUUUGACAUGCUUGCCCUAAAGGGAUAUGCUAAGCACCAAAAGAACUUUCACUUCAUGAAGCAGUUUUGUUGUAUAGAUCAACUCCUUCAGCAUCACCGCUUAAAUCUCUGCCUUUUAGGAGUUAAAUCUCUUUAUUUAUGCAGCUGUGGCCUAUUUAAUUUUCAUGAUUUUUAGUCGUCUGCCACAUAACACGUUAAUUCAAACUGACAUUGUGCUGGUAGAAGCAUUGGGAUGUGCCUGACUGAUUGCUGCUACCUAGUGGAAAUCUGCUUUUACGAUUAAUUUCAGUAAAUAAAGUGAAACUUUACUGUCAAACCUGAUGUAUCCAUUAAACUACUUAUCAAAUAGUGCAAUUUAAAAGAAGAAUUUAUUUUCUUUUUAUAAUCUAGGUUUUAACCCCUUAAGGACACAUGACACGUGUGACAUGUCAUGAUUCCCUUUUAUUCCAGAAGUUUGGUCCUUAAGGGGUUAAUGAAGUUUAAAUUCUCUAUUGUACAAUGUAGACGUGUCAUCUGUAACAGGUUUUUGUAUUUUUGCAGGAUUAAGGUUGGUUACAGAAGAUGUUUCAAAUGUAAAUACAAGGAUAAGGUGCACUGUGCCUUUAAAAACAAUAGUGUAACACUCUUACAUUAAAUAAUGUUAUUGUGUAGUGGUUGCAACCAACUUUUUGACUUGUAUCCAACAACCAAAAAAAACUUUGAACAAAAAAGUGCACUGUGCUCUUUAAAAAUGUCACCCUGUGCCGAAAAAACCCACCAUUUAGCUGAUGUCACAAAUUGUAAAACACAACUAUAAAAGGUCCAAUACACCCUUAAAACACACACAUUAUUUCCUGUUCUGUAUACCAAUAACACAUGUUUAUGUCCAAAGUUGUUGUUUGUUUGUUUUUCCUUGGUUGUUGGGUACAAUUCAAAAAGAUAGUUGCAACCACUACACAUUAACGUUAUUUAGUUUGAGAGUGUUACGCUAUUAUUUUUAAAGGCACAAACCUUGAAUUUAUUAAAUAGUGUGGUUUCGGGUAAAAAUAUUACAUAUAUUUUUAAAGCGCCAUUUAUUCACUUUGUAUUGUAUGAUUGUAAUGUUUUAAAUGGCCAUAUUGACCUUUUAUAAUUACCAGCAUGGUCUUUUGUGCACAUUUUUGUUUUUCUUUGCUUCUGGAUUCAGCGCACACAUUUUUUAAACAACUUAAUUGUUUUGGCAGUUCGAGUUUAUGGCAUAGAAUAUAGAAUCUCAUUUCACAGAAUCUGUCUCUGCAAUUUUUGCCAUUAGUUCUGAAAAUCUUUACUAGACAACACUGACAGUCUUCAACCAGAAUGCCAUCAUUUUAGUUUCAAGAGUUAUUUUAUUUUAUUUUUAACUGAAAGAGAAAAAUCUAAUUUUGACUUGGUUAAAGCAAGGGCAGAUAAUCUGGUCUUUUAGCUACAUUUCUCAAGAUGCUCAGCAAGCCUAAAGGUUACUCAUUGGUUGGCGGAGCAUCACAGGAAAUAUAGCUCAAAACAUGCGCUUUUCUGUCACUUGCGGAUUUACUCACUAAACCACCAAAUUGUAGUGAAUCGAAAACAAAGUUGCAAAAUUAGUCUAAAAUAAUCAAGUUGCAACUCAAGGCAGAAUAUUGCCAAAGUUGGAAAGUUUUUCCAAACCUGUUAACUAAGGCUAAAUGUUGCAAUUUGGUUUUCAAUUCACUACCGUUAUUUGUUUAGUGAAUACACUUUUCAACCAACCAGACCAAGCCUUCACAUUUUAGUAGCCCCAAAUAAUAUGGGGUCGUUCAUCUGAUUUUUUUAAAAUUUAAUUUAUUUAUUUUUCUUAGGAUGUCUGUAAACUUUUUGAGAUUCAGUUCACUUUCUGAUGGAUGUUUUACUUUUAUAUCCUAGCUGUAUAAGAACCUGUGGUCCGCCGUAUUGCAAGGAGACAAGGUGUUGGAAAGGCCAUCUUGGUGGGCGGAAUUCUGUGCCAACAAACCUGUGAUUGGCCAGCUAAAAUCACACUUGUGAUUAUACAUUAAGUAACUGGACAUACAUUUAAAUGAGAUACCGUGUUCUUUACGAAUGGUCUUGAAUGAAAACUGAUUUGCAACCUAGUGUAAAAAUGAAUUAACUAAUCGGCAUAUUUCAUGUUCUAAUAAUAAUAUUGUAUCCUUGAGUCUCCCUAUGGGUGUACAAAGCAUUGUUGACCAAUGUUGUGACAUUUACCAUACCCUCACAUGAUGGAGUACAAUGGAAACAAACUGUAUGUAUGUUUACCGCUGAAAGUGUUUGAACCACUUUGGGCAAUGCCAAUUGUGUACAUGCAUGCAAAGUAGUUGUAGUUGAAGAAGUACUAUUUCAAGUAUCUACAACAUUUUUAGUCUUCAGUCAACAACUGGUUUCUGUCUUAAUACACACUAAAUCAUUCCACACCACAUGGCAUGUGCUAGACAUUUACUAGGCAUGAGCAGUGAGCUCAUGUGGGUGUGUUUGCAUUCUCCUACAGUUUGCAUGUCAUUAUUGUAACAUGCUUGCAGUACAAAUACGGUGUAUACAACGAUGUUGACAUUCUUCGAACAUGUGUCGUAUUAAUUGAGCAGUCUCUGUAAUGUAUUCAUUGAAGAUAAGUUUACCAAGUAGAUGUGAAAAAGACUGUGUAAUUGGCUACCAUAACUUUAAAGGUUUACAUAUUCUAACACACAUCAACCCAUUUCUGCACUUUAGUUCAAUUCUUGAACCUACCCACAUUUAACAUCUUGAUAUGAAGUACCAUUGUAAGCAUCAUUUUAAAGAAGUGAUUUGGGGUGUAGAUCCCCUUCGCCAUGCUGAUGAAAACUGUACCAUGUCUGAGAAACCGCACUUUAAAUCAUGUACCUUUACAUUUUGCAGUUUUCGUGCCUCAGUCACACAGCCACCGGGGGGGGCUUUGAACUAAAAUACGUUCAAAUUUGAAUCUCUUUUCUGCCAAGCAUCAGCAUGAAAUGUAUGGAGAUGCCAGAAGCUUGAUGUGCAUUCAGUGUUACUCUAAAAUGAAGUAUACAGUAGAUGAUUAUGCUAUAUAAAAUCUGCCUUCUGCAAUCCUUCAGUAUCUGCCAACUUGACACCUAACCAGGAAUAUAAAUCUACCUUCAGAAAUAUAACUACUACAUUUGUGAUGUUCAUUUCAUAGUGAGUACCAAAUAAGUCCCUGUUAAACAGGCUUUCCAGAGUUCUUCAAUUUACGCUCUUGGCAUCAGUAAUGAAUGAGCACAUGUCAAUAUAAGGAUUUUUUUUCUCCAAACUACUGUGAUAUGAGGUGUGCAUUAAUAUAAAUGUGGUUAUAACUGUUAAGAACAUAUGGUAAUGUGCUUAAAAGGGAGUGUUUCACUUCCACAAUCCCUUAUUCUUUCUCUUGAAGCAAAUGUUAUUUGUCAGUUAAGUGAAAAUUAUUCAUUUUCUUAUGUAUCUACAGCAAAGCGGUCCAACUCAGUUUCCCUGGUCUCCCAGAAUGUCUAGAUAAUGCUCAACACAUUGCUACGAGAUUCAUAAUUAAUUGGUUAAUUAAUUGUAAGCCUCUGAUAUCAGAUUAUCCAGCCCCUUAAAGCGAUACUACAGUCACCAGAACAACUACAGCUUAAUGUAGUGUUUCUGGUGUCUAUAAUUACUGUCACUGUUCACAUUACUGCCUACUGACACCUCUAGUUGCAGUAGGCAGACAGUCACUACAGGUGCUUUCUGGGUCAGUGCUGCGCAGUGUGCAUGGAGACACUGUCCACUCCACAUAGAUGCUUAUUGGCGCAGUGCAGCGUUUUGGUGCAUAUGCACAAUGGCCUCCCUCCUAUGGAAAAGCAUUGGAUUGGUCGAGAUUUGCAGCCACAGUGAGACCAGAGCGGUACUGGAAAAAAGGUUAAUGAAAUUAAUUUUUAAUGUAAAGAGAGGGGGGGGAAAGGGAACCUAAAUAGGGAUUUUGCCACUAUGUAUCAGGAAUACAUGUGUUACUUUAAAUCAAAUGGGAAGACAUCCCUUAUAAAGUGAUGUGCUCCAAAAUCUGCUCAAUUAAAUGUCCCCAAGCAACAGAGACAAAUAAUACAGAAGACCCAGAACAAUUUACAAAGCUAUUAAACUAAAUCUAGUCUGUUAUGAUUUCCUCAAUGUAAAUGAUUACUUGAAAUAUAAUGGAAACCCAGGCUAGUCCUCAUGUACUUAAAUUCAAGCGUUAUCAUUCAUUUCGUAACACAUUUGGAAAAUUCCAAAAUCCACCAUCAGGAGUUCUUGGGAACCACCAAAGCCGAGUGGUCGUCCCAAGUGAUUAUGUAAUAUCACAAUGUAUGAAUGUAGUACCAGUUUCUUUUAGUCCGUUAAGUGCCUUGAGCUUGGGUUCCCCUAAGACCCUGUCAGACAAUACUUCAAAAUUUGCAGGGUGCUAUAGAUUCAUGAAUGUCCUAGCCCAGUGGUUUCCAAACAUGUCCUCAAUGAGCACCCCUACCAGUCCAAGAUUUAGAGAUUAUCCAGUUGUGUCUAAGAUUAUUUUUUUUUCUUUCUGAAAACACCUUAGACACAACUGGGUAAUCCAUAAAUCCUGGGCUGGUAGGGGUGUGUUGAGGACUGGUUUGGGAACCACUGUUCUAGUCCACCAGCAUCUGAAGAGCUACAAUUGGACAUUCAAGCCACAGUGUAUUUCUUUUGAUUUUGAAAGUCAACUUGUUGAGUAAACAUACUUGCUAUUGUGUAAUUUAUUAUCAUCUAUAAAGAUAAACACAUAGAAUACUGAUAUUGAUUGUGUUGGUAUUUCCCUGAAAAUGUAAAUGCUGUCAAAAACUUUCAUAACUCAAAGUAGGGAUUGCUUAGUCAUGUGAAAAAUGACAAACUUGAUGAAAGGCAGAGCUUCUGCUAUCAAGUUUAGUCAGCUAGUGACAGCAGUGAACCUGGUAUUAUCUUAUUGUGAGACACAUUCUAUGGAGGUUGCCACAGUUUCGGAGUAUCCUCCGCAGACCUUCUUAUUGUACUCUCACAUAUGUGCUGUGGUACCGUACUGAUGUGGUUCCUAACGACAGCUGAAGCAACAGAAACUGAAGGCAGAAGAGAGAACAGCUUCAGGUAAGUAUAACUUACUUCUGCAGCACCCUUGAGGCAUCACAUCCCAAGCAGUGUUGUCACCAUCAGGAAUCUUAGCAAAAUAUGUAAAUCGAAGGUGACAAAGCCACAUGAACAACAUUUCAUGUUUUGACUAUGGCUUUUGGAAUAAUACAAAAAUGGCUAAUAAGUUCCUGAUAAAAUACAUUUACCUUUUACCUGAUAUUAUAACAAUGUUUGUUAUAUAACGGUUUUGAUUUUUAGCCGUCCAUUUUUAUAUAAAUUAAAAUUUGUUGAAUAUGAUGUAUUUUUCACAAAGAAUGGUAAUUGUUUAACAAUCCUUAUUAAAAAAAUAAAUAAUAAAAU